GCGAAUCCCUGUGGGGUACCUCAUCCUCGGCAUCGCGGUCGGACUUUCAGUCGGUACGGAGAAAGCGUUAGAGGAGUUUGGCAUUAACGUUUUUGCAGGCACAUUUGCGGAAAUCGUAUCUCAGUACAAAUACAUAAUAAAGAAAUCGCUGAUUCCUGUAACGGCGAUUGCACUCGCGAAACGAUUUUUUUUGGUAAGUAUAAUAUAGAAUUAUAACACAGUUGCUCGUAGUUUAAAAUUGUAUAUAUAUAUGUAUAUAAUUUAUUGAAGAAAUAAAAAAGUUAAAAUUACUCGUAGAUUGUAUUAAUGUUAUGAUGGAUUUUUUUUUUUGAGAUUCUGAGUGCUGUGGGAAAUUUAUUGUGCCGGUAAACCACUUUUCAACCAAAAAUCUUAUCGUACAUUUUUUUUCCAGACGAAAAAUAACAUUGACUUUUUUGUUCAAUUUUGAAUCUAGUUGGUACAUUAAGUAGGUUGUUUUUUGGUUUUCUAGCGGUUUUCGUAAUAAUUGGGGAAAAACCGAACAAAACGUAUAAGAAAAACGAGCAAAUAAUUACGCCGUUUACGAUUUAAUUUGUUUGGUUUUUAUUUUUUACUAGAAAUUUCAUAUUGAAGUGUAAGUGUAUAUAUUUUCUGAAACAAAAUUUUGUCUACAUUGUAUAUAAGAAAAUACCUUAUUAAAACUAAAAAAAUUUAGGAAAAGAGGAAAAGUUUACGUCAUUAACGAAUUUGUUAUAUUUAAUGUUGUUAUUAUUAUUUUAUUUAUUUAUAAUUUGAUUAAAAAUAUUCGUAAAGACAUGGAACUUUCAAAGAAGAAUAGUUACUUAGGUAUAUAAGUUUAAAGAAAAUUUUCUUGGUGUGGUUAAAUCGUGGAAAAAUUCUGGCGAUUAUUGAACUAUUUAUAGGCAUUUAAUAAUUUCGAGUUUAUUAAACUUUUUAAAGUAGAUAAAGUUUUUUUGCUAAACAGAAAUGUUUGUAAAUUUAUUAAUUUAACUAAGUAUUGAAAAAAAGCUGAAUGCAAUGAAGUAGUUUUUUUUACGUUUUAUAUUUAAACGAAAAUCGAAAAUAAUUUUAUGUAUUCUAUUUUCUCAACCUAUGGUAGUGUGAUACACUCAUCUUCGGCAAGAAUCGGCUUUGUGUUUUCAUAAUAUUAUAGGUUACUUUUGUCAUGUCUGCAGUUUAUUUUGGAACUGAUAAUACAUAAAAAAUGGUAUUAGGUACAGAAAAUAUGUAUGUUUAUUGAUAACAAUAAUACAUUUUUGUUCUAUAAUUGUUGACGGGUUUUUUUAUGCACACAAUUACAUAACAUACGUUUAGAUCUUGAGAAAAUAAACUCGGAUACAAGGCCAAUUUAAUUCAUUUUUUAAUAAUAAUUUAUUGUUCUGGUUAUCAAUCUCACCUCCGAUUGAUUCAGUGUAUGCCAUACACGCAUUAUGUUUUUUUCUGUCUUACAAACGCGUACGAAAUAGCGAAUUUGCUAAACCAAUUUUGUACUUGUUUUAAUUUUAGUUUAGAUAAAUUAACUUAUAACCGAAAUUAAAGGCAAGUACAAUAGUAUACGUAGGCAGUUUUGAUAUUUUAAUUUCAAAACGAGAUAUAAGCAUUUUCAAAUGGUAAUAUUUCGCAUUCUUGCGUUAAUAUUAAAAAAAAAAAAUAAAAAAUAAAGCAACUAAGUUAAAUUUAAUAAUGGCGCAAAAUUGUUUCUGCCGAACGAAAAUUUGCUAUGUCGUUUAUAAGGUGGAGACGACGAAUGAGUGUGUUGCGUACUCUCAUCACUAAAACGCUAAAAGCUCUGUAAGUAUGAACCACUCCCUCUAGGUUUUACUGAUUUUUUCACACAAUUUAUUGACAUGAGUUUAACGAGUACCACGAUAACGUAACGUCAACGAGUUCACUUAUGUUAUAUUAUUCGAUGUGAUGAAAAGUAUUACGCUACAAUUAAUUAUUGUACAUACUAUUAUAACGUAUUUUUAUAGAAGUUGUCACGUUAGAUAUUAAUUUCGUUUAAUUUAUCUCAUUUGGGCCGUAUUAUUGUUAAAAUUAUAUUACUUAUGACAAGGGAGUGGAAAAAAAAAAAAGAAAGAAAAAAUUGGAGCAAUACAGUAUCGAUACUUUUGUUUUAUAAAGGCCUUACAAUUACCUUUAUUAAUUUCGAUCUAUUAACUAAAUAUUGUAUUUAUCUCGUAAUGUAUUAAGACGACGAGAUUUUUUUUGCAUUUUAUCAGAAAAAAAUUCGCAACGUUAAAUCAAUUUUCAUUAUCCAAUGUUAAGAUAUAUUAAUUUAUAGGUAGCUGCAUGUUAUUUAAAAAGAAAGAAAAUCCAAAAUUCCAUCGAAUAUAUUUGUAUAUUUACUGGACGAACAUAAUAAUUACAUAAAUAUAUUACAGUAUUUGCACUAACAAUAUUAUUGAAAAUAUGAUAAUUUGUCGGUAGAUAUGUAAUAUCUGUGAAUGGUGAUAAGCUGAUAAUAACGUGCUAUGAAGUUGGCCCACUUACCUUAUUAAAAACUGACAAAACUAGUGUCAAUAUAGCAAGAAUUUAUAAAUUUGAUUUUGAAAUUUACAUAUUAUUGUUUUAUGUUUAUAUUUGUGAUAAAAAUAAAAAAGGUAGGCUAAUUUCAUGUUGACCAACUACUUAAACCAUUGUGGAAGAACAUCCACGUAUCGUAUAAGAAUGGAAAAUUAUAUUCUCAAACUACUCGUAUCCGUAUAUAAACUUCGUUUCAAUCUUCCGGUUUAAAGUGGGUGACAUAAGUUAAGUUGGCGUUUUUUAAAUUUUUAUCGAUAAUGUGAAAAUAAUGACUUGCAAAUUCUUGCUAAUUACUUGCUAAAUAUUGACACUAGUUUCGUCGAUUUCUGUUAAUGUUGUAUUCCAGUGACGUGUGUCGUGUGCUAUUUGUCGUAUUCUGAUUGACCAUUAUAGUCUUGAAAAUACAGUAACCUGCAAGAUCUACCGGGAAAUGUCUAAAGUCGGACUGGGUUUGUGUUUUCUUUCGUUUGGAUUACAAUGAUGGCCACUGGUCAGUUGUUAUACUUUUGUAGUUUUUGUAAACACAACACGACAAACAGCGUCGCUGAAAAUUGCCCGGAACGGAAUACCACAUUAAGAUGCUAUACGUAUAGAAAAAAUAUAGUGGACAUAUUAUGAUAUAAGCAAACAAUGCAUAACACGAUUAACCCUAGUGAUGUGCAUUUCCGAAUAGUGAUUUUACUAUCUAUUUAUAGUUUUUGAUAGUUUAGAUGAUCUAUUGAAUAUUUCAAUCCAUCAAAUGAAGGACCAAUUAUGCAUUGAAAGGGAAAAAACAGAUUCCUUUCAUAUGUCACCUAUAUUUUAAUAUUAAUAAUAUUUUGAUCGACCAUCCCCCGAUUAUUCAAUGGUUUCUUCAAUCUCUUGAUAUUCAAAAGAUGUCUGUCCACAUCAUUAGGUUUCUUUUCUUUCCUCGGGGCGGUUCCUUUGAUUCUUCUUUUAGCUAGGAUCUAGUUUCGUGAUCCUUCUUACUUUACUAGAGUGUAUAUGCUAUUUUAUGUUUCUUUUUAUUCCACUGAUUAUAGCAAUAAUCAUUCUCUAUACCGCAUGCUUCAAAAUUAUAAUAUCAGGCAGUUAGUUAUAGUGAUACUUUCAUUUCUUAUGCUAGGUUUUCAUUAAAUAAAUUUGUAUCUGUAAGUGUUCCAUAUGGGAUUCUUAUAAUGAUUUCCAUUGGUGUUAAUAAAAAAAAAAAAAAAACAAAAAAAACAAAUAAAAUAUUUCGAAAAACUUAAAAGUAGUUUUUCAUAACUAAUUUAUUCUAACAGUUUUCAAUUUGUCGAAUAUUUCGAAUGUGAUCAACUCUUGAAUAGAUCGAAUCUAUAAUGACUCUAUGGCUGUGAAAAACACUAAUAUUAAUACUUGUAUCUAAAACUUAAUUUUUGAUAUACAAAAAUAUACGGUUAAAUUUUGAAUAUUGAUUCGGUGUGAUUUUUAUUUGACGUCGCUAAUUUCGGAUAUUUCGAUUAUUGACAAUGAAAAUGCCGCUGUAGUACCCGACAGCAGUAGGUACCUAUAUUAUUGUAGUUUUACUAAAUUAACACACAUCGAUAUUUGUUUUCUGGUUGAACUUGUGCUAUAAUUUUGAUAUUAAUUUUUUACGGUUUAGCUCUAUAUACAUAAGAUAACAACACUAUCUAUAUUAUUUUUGACGCAUAUGUUUAAAAUGUAAUCCACGAUCGUAUCGUCCAUUUUAAAUUGAAUACUUAUACAACACGACGCAUUGUAUCUAUAAUAUACCACAGCGUUUUAAUACAAUUUGUAUUAGUUUUAACUUUACUUUUAAGAUUUUCAGUAUAGAUUAUAAACCCGAAUCCACGAGGCCUGUAAAUAAAAAUAAUCAAACUAAUAAAUGAAAAUAAUAUUAUACAGUUAGAACGUUUUCCUAGGAACCAGUUAAAAACCGCAUAUUAAGUGGGAAAUCAAUAUAGGAAAAUUAAUACGUGACAAAAAAAUAGUACAUACUUGAGCAUAGUAAAUUAUUAUUACAUUAAAUUUAUACUUUUAUCAUUUAAACUCCCAUCAUUAGCAAAGGAUUAGCUUGGUAUAGUUUACACGACCAGCGUCCUUCCUCCGAAAAGAAGCGUAUUUAGUCACGCCCAAGCCUUAAAAUCGUUUUACAUAAAUUACUUCUCCAACUUCGAUCAUAUCAGUAACCUGAGACGCUCAGAUCUAUCGGAGUUAACUACUAUUAAACUAAGACCCUUACAGUGAGUCCUUCAUUAUUAAACCAUCAUUAACCAUAAUUAUUCCAGUAAAUGCGUUAGCCUGGUAUGGAUGACCUUUGAGUUUCAUAUACAGCAAAGUAAGGAUUUAGUCACAGUUUCAAAUUUUCAAAUCGAUAACUACUCAAACUACUGGAUAUUUGAAGAACCAAAGACAUGAAGACAAAUCCAAUAUUUACGACGACCAGCCAGCAGCCAAUAUCGACCGCCGACUAUAAGUCACCUAAGUCGAGGACAAUGAAGCAACCUUCGGCUUCUCGCUGCAACGAUCCACCAGAUCGUUGACUCCUGACUGGGCUCCAUUAAGGUUAACUAUCGAAACGUGUUGUCUUGUUUAAGUGGCCUAAUCUGACACGCCCUGAAAUAAUUAUUAGUCAUUGUCCGUUGUGACAUUAGCGAAUGGUGUAUUCCAGGUUGUCUAUCCAAAUCGAAGUGCUGGCUCAAACUUUAUUUUCCGGCCCAGCGUCAGUAUACAAACGCGACAUUUCCAAUCAAGCCUAUGAUCAUCGUAUUCCUUCAUCCCUUCUAGAUUGUCUGGAAAUAAUAAGGCACCCGAACUUGACAUUAACAAGUUGGAUAACCGAACAUCUGCGUAAGCCACGUCAAAUGGCCUUGGCCCCUCUGCCCCAGUUAUAUUAAUUAAUCAUUUCAAAAUAACAAAACAGAAUACGUGAUACUGAUAACUCUUGUGGUAUUUAAUUUUACGAGGCGGUUUUGCACUAAUACGUAGGCACCGAUUCAAGUACUUACAUCAGAAAAUAAAAUCUUAUCAGUAAUUAUAUGAAUAUUAUAUUAUUCAAACAUAAUCCAACUGGUUGGUUAAUUUAAAGUUAAAAAUAAGUACUAAAAAAAAAAACGGAUAAAAUGAUGUAAUAUUAUAGGCAAUGAGAUAUUUCGAAGUGACAUUCUUGUAAAUCAUAAUUUUUUAUUGUAUCGCUUGUUAUUUUUUAAAUAAUAAUCGAAAAAAAAAAUAAAAAUUUAAAUUAGUUUAUUUUGUAAUCUUUUAUUAUAUUUGUAAUGACAUUAUAACGACGAUUAUAAAGUAUAUUUACGUGCCUAUCUAUACAUAUUAAUUCUAAUACCUACUAUAUUUAUUCAAUUCUGAACACAUCUAGAAAUGUAUUGGUUUUAUUAUAAUAAUAAAACAAACACGAAAUUAUUAAAAUCGUUAAUAUUCGUAAAUAAAUAUAUAAAUAAAAAAGAAACAAAUGAAUGAAUGUGUCGUCUGGAGUAUUAUGAUAAGUGUAUAUACGACCGAACUAAAAAUUCAUCAUUAGGUAUAUCACAGUCAAUAUGUAAAACGCGACUGAAUAUAAAAAAAAUAAAUGGAGGAAUACAUAGAAAAAAAUUAUACAAAUUGGUCAUUUUACAUAGAAAUAAUUUAUUUUAAUAGGAGAGAUUAUUUAAAUUGGAUUAUUAUUAGAUAAAGAAAUGUUAAGAAACAUAAAUUAUUUGAUAAAUAUUUAUUAUCUAUUAUUUUUUAAAUAGGUUUGUGUAAUUAAAAUGUCAUUAAAAUUAUUUUUCUUUAUUUCAUUGUAUUUAUGUAAUUCUUCUAAAACUGAAUUGAUGUAAAUACUAUUUUGAGUAUUUAAUAUUUCUAAGUCAGUAUUAAUAUCAAAGCUUUUAGCGAAAUUUGAAUUAGUGGCAGACUUUUUUAAUUUUAUUUCAGAAAUGUGUUCUUUAUAUCUUAUUUUAAAAUUUCUAUUUGUCUUACCUGUAUAAAAUGUAUUACAGUUAUAUUUAAGUUUAUACAUACCAGCAUAGUAGCAUUUUCAAAAGAAGGAGGAUUUUUGUGAAGUUUUCAGUGCUAUUGUUUAUGUGUUUGAUUAAAUUAUUAUUAGUCUUAAAAGCAAAUUUUACAUUGCUUGUAUUAUUCUUUAGAAUUUUAGCGAAUUUGUUUGACAUAUUAUUUUGAUUUCAUACUACAAUAGUUAACAACAUUAUUCGGUGAGUUAUGUAUUAUUAGAUUCCGAGCGUAGCGAGGGAUCUAUUGGUUUUACUAAGAUGUUUAUUUCUUUUUUUUUCUAGUCUGUGGAAAUUUUUUUUCCUAAUAAACUUGCUCAGAUUUUAACGCGUAGCAACUUUUCUGAAAGCUCAAGUAAUCAUUUCCAGAUUUUCGAUACCAUUUUUUAAAAAAAGCACGUAAGUGGAAAAAACGUAGGAAAACGUAAGGAAAACGUACAAUUUCACGAUUUCAUUAUUUUAUAAAAACACAGAUGUUUUCUACCAGAAAAAAUUAUUUAAUCGAAAAAUCACAAAAUACCUUUUAUUGUUGCCUUUUUGAUUUAAUUUCUUACGGUAUCAUCGCCAAAACUUUUGAGUCACAUUUGAGAUAUUAAGGAAUUUUAAUUUUUGGUAGUUUUUUUGCUGUAACUCAGUUAUUAAUACACGUAGAGAUUUUAAAUUUGAUAAUAAUACUUAUAUUGGACUUAUCUAGACGUUGUAAAAUUUUCAAAAUCAUCAGACGACAAUUUCCUUUUUUUAAUUUUUUUACAAUGGCAUUUUAUUUUUUUUUUUAUACUGUAGACUACUUUUAUCCUAGAAAACUUGCUCCAAUGUAUAAGUAUAGCAACUUUUCUGAAACUAAAAUUUAUCUACUUGGUAAAUACAUGGGUCAUUUUUUGAUUUUCGAAACGAUAUUUAGAAUAAAAACGAUUAACUGGGAAAAAUAAUACGAUUUCGUUAUUUUAUAUAAGUACCUACCACGUUUUCCAGUACAAAUAUGGUUCCAAUUGAAAAACGACAAGAGACCAUAUUUUUGUUGAAUUUUUUUUUAAUAGGUGUUUUGAAAUCAAAUUUAAACGAAAAUCGUAAAAAAAAUUACGGCACUUCAAAUUAUGUAUUACCGAACUGCGCUCGAACUGCGUUGCUUACAGAUAUAAAUAAAAUAACCUUAUGUAUUCUACCUUCUCAACUUCCCACCUACAACAGUGGCUGCACCCGUCCCCAGUAUCAGCUUUUUUUCUUUAAUACGUUUGUGUAUUUUUUUAAUAGUAUUUAAAUUGAAAUUAUUUCUAUGGGCUUUAUUAUAGAUAAUAUUAAGCUCGUGUUAUUAAUUAAAUUUAUUUAACGAAAUACGUUCAAGCCUAUAGAAUAUUGAAUUAAAAAAUUAUAUUUUUUUAAAAUUAGUGUGAUUAGAAUCAUGUGGUAUUGUAGUGUGUAGGUUUUCUGUAAAUACUAAAAUCAAAUUAAUUGUUUAUUAUGGAAAUUGUAAGAUCUAAGAAAUUUAAUUUAUUAUUAAUUUUUUUCUCGAAUGAUUGAACGAAAAAUUGAAUGUUUUUAUUUAUUUUAUUUAAGAAGUUAACUAAAUUUUCUACUUGUCUAUUUGAUCCUCUAAAUAAAAUGAAAGUGUCAUCAACAUAUUUAUAAUAUGCUUUUAUAUAUGGACUGUAUAUUUUGUUGUUAAUAAUAUUAUUAGUUUCAUAAUUUUGCAUGUAAAUUUCAGAUAAAAAGGGCACUUAAAGGACCACCCAUAACUAACCCUUCUUUUUACCAAUAUAAUUUAUUAUUAUAUUAGAAAUAGUUUUGAUCAAUAAUUACAUUGAUUGAUUGAAUAACUUUUCGUUAGUAUUAAAUUUAUUACUAUGUAUAAGUUUAUUUUUAAAAAAAUUACUGUUUCGUGUUUAGGAAAUAGGAAUGGAUGUAUAUACAUUUUUGACGGAAAGAUAAAUCAUUUUGUAACUUGGCUCAAUAAUAAUUUUAUUAAUUUUUUUAAGAAAAUCAGAAGUGUUUUUUGAUAGAAAUAUCAGUAUUCAUGUUUAAUUUUUCUUUUAUGAUAAAGUCUAAAUAUUUAUCAAGGUUAUAUUAUAUAUUAUAAGCUGGAGCAGUUUUAAAAUUAAUUAAUGGACGAAUCGGAUUAUCUUGUUUAUGUAAUUUUAUGAAUAGAAGUAAGUGUAGAGCCUCUAUUUUGUAAUCAGAUGUUAAUAAUAUUUUUCUUUGGACUUAAGCUAUUAUUUCUUUCGAAUUUGUUAUCAGUUUAUUAAUUUAUUCAGUGAAAAUUAUAGUUGGGUCAUGCGUUAAGUUUCGAAUAUUAUUAUUAUUUAUAAAAUCUAAAGUUUUUUUUUAUGAAUUUUAUUAGUAUAAAUGACAACAUUAGAUUUAUCCACCGGCACUAUUUCUGAAUUAUUUGUUUUUUAUUUAUUCACUAUAUUGUUAAUAAUUGUAUUUUAUCGUUUAACUAUUCUAUUUUGUUUUAAUAUUUUAUCAGGCUUAUUUUUGUAGUUUUUAUUGGUGUUGUUUAUUAAGUUACAGCUUGUUCUAUAUAAUCCUAUAUAAUUCUAUAUAGUUUUUUAACCGAUUCAUAUUGUAUUAAUUGUUUUUUAAAUUUAUUGAAAGUUUAAUUUUUGAUACGUAUUGAAUUUAUUACCUUUAUUUAAUAAAUUGUUUUCAGCUUCAUCAUAAUACUUUAAGUGAUGCAAUUGUUCAUUUAUUUAUUUUUUUCUUUUAUAUACCCAUACAUUUUUUAUUAAUAUAUUUAUUAUAAUAUUAUGUGUGCUUUUGUGAAUGUCUGAAAACAACUGUUUUAUCGGAAAUCUUUCUCCGGAUUUCAAAUCUAGCAUAUUUUUUGAAAGAAAAUUAUUUCUAGUUAAUGAAUUAGACGGGUUAUUAUUUUUUCUUACUAUUUUGAUAAUAAUAAGUACAGACCGGUAAAGUUAACGGAAAUAACGAUUUUAUUAUGGUAUACAAGAAUUCAUAGACGACUAUAAAAUCAUAACCUUAACACAGUAUAUAUUUUAAAAACCGAAGAGUAGUAGGAGUUCAAAGGAUACGUGUGAAUAUUACCUCGAUGGUCGUCAUCCAAACACGACACAAUGAUCACGUACAACCCAGCGGCCACCCAGUCAUAAUUCGACGACAGUUCAUAGAUUCUGACCUCUUGUUGGGAAAUGUUUUAUUUUCCCCCUAUUAUUAUCUAAAUCUAGAGGCAUUUAGGAAAGUGACCUUUUUUAAAAUAUUAUCUAAAUUCACAAUAUUUCAAAAAAAAGUUUUUUUGAAGUUUUUGAUUGGAUUGGAUGAUGCCAUCAAGUUAAAAACCUGAACUGCAAUCCGAUAAUCGAAAAGUUGACAUCAAAGGAUUUCUGCACACCUGAAAAUUCCUGUAUAAUAAAAAAAAAACACAAACGUGCCGUUACAUAUAUACAGUAACGUGCUGGCUUAACUGCUUCAAACUCGUUGAAUUUAUUUUAAACGUAUACCUGAUAACCUUAGAAUUUGACCGUCACAAUGACCGUAAUGACGUAAGUACCCAUCUGCUGUCUAUAUAUAAUGAACGUAUUUUAUAUUAUAAUAAUAUCGUCUUUUAUCCGACCAAAAUUGUACUCGUAACCGUCAUCAGUCACACACGAAAAUUGUCGAGUAGAUAGAUAAUUCAAUUUUCAUAUCGAUUUCAUAUAAUAUUAUUUGGUAUACCUAACAAUACGUUUUGGGCGUUUCAUAGGCAAUUUCGUUACACGCGUGUGCAUAUUAGGUUUUUGAACGCGUUUGCCAAUAAUAGUUCUAAACUUUCAAAUCAGAUUUCGAUUUUUUUUUUUUUUUAGAUUCGGAGAGUAGUGAGAGAUCUAUUGAUUUUACUAUAUGGUGUGCUCAAUUCUGAGCGAAUAGAGGAAUAUAAAGGUUUUAAAAUGAUGUUUAUUUAGCUUUGUACUAUUUUUUUUUUUAUCUGUAAACAAAUUUUCUACCAGAAAUCUUGCUCCGAUUUUCAAGUGUAGGACUUUUCCUAAAAGAAAAUUUUAUCUGGGUGGUAUUUUAUGGAGGUAAUUACUUGGUUUACAAAAUAUAAGUAUUGUAAUAUCAAAUAUUGAUGAAAAUCGUAAAUAUUACGGCCUUUUAAAACACGUACAACCGAAUUCCGCUCAGUAUCGUUUUUCGUUAGCAAUUACUAUUCUUUGCGUACAAAUAUACCUUAAAUUUUCCUUCUACUUUUCCAACUUCCUACUUACGACAGUGGCGCCACAUAUCAACACUAUAAGCUCUUUAUAAAAUUAUAAUAACUAGAACUACAGAUAAUAAAGUCCCUUGUCGUCUGUCUCUCUUCCUUAAAGUUACUGUGGAACAUUACAGUACGUACAUUCCUAGCUGAACUCUGAAUCUAAAAAUAGUAUGACGCGCAUUUUAGAAAACUUUAUAUCUACUCGAAGAACCUUUGUUUUUUUCUAUUCGAUACUAAUUAUUCAAUACAUUUGUCGACAUUUCCAGAAGGUGAAUAUUAUUAAUGGUGUCUGCACACACUAUACGCUCUGUCGCUCUGGUGACGGGACGGGACUAUUUGGCAAUCGCUGUCGAAUGCUUCGAUUAAAUUGUUUUUCGACGGUUGGUGCCUUCUUUUUUUUUUUGAAAUAUUAUUUACCAUAAAAAGGAAAAAAUCUAACUUACUGGAAAACAAUAAACUCAACAAUAUUAUUAUGUAAUGUAUACGCGAAGAAUAUAUUUUGCAUAAGAGUGCAACGCGGUUUAAAAUAUACGAUAAUAUUUUUAAAUUUGUAUUUUAUGAAUUCUAGGCUAUACGUUGUAGAUGUAUACAUAUUAUACAAUUGAAUUUAUAUUUCGAAAAGAAAGAAAAGGUAAUAUUCGUAUAAAAACAAUACUUAUGUGCAAACGGCGGGUAUUGUUGGGUUCUCACUACUCUCGCUUAUGUUAUUGCAUUUUCCACGAUGACGAUCGAAAUAUAAUAUUUAUUUUGUAAAUCCAAAUACAACAACACUUUCGUUCGUCACAAUUGACUGUUCAAAUCAGUGGCGUUUGUAAGAAUUAUUUUCACCGAACGGGCCAAUUUACCGCCACCAGCAUCUGGGAUUUAUAAUCCCGGAAUAUUAUAAUAUGCCAUAACAAUUACAAUAGCAGAUAUACAUUUCCUCGUUGAUUCCUUAAGAACGUUUUUAUUCAACCUAUGAUAUAGGUCGAACAACUCUUUUUAAUAGUUGUAGUGGUAACGUUUAUGGGUAUACAAUAGAACAUGACGUUGGAAAUUUAGGGGGAAAUUCAUCUGUGUUACAUUUCUUGAAAUCUUCAAUAGUAUUUUUUUUUUUUUUGGAAUACUGUUAGAACUUAAGAAAAUACUUAGUUUCCAGUUACUGAUAUACAGUUUCCAUUUAUCUUUCAUAAUUUAUGAAUUUAUAAGUUAACUUCAUAAAAUGUUUUUAUUUAACCUAAAAUUUUACUAUGGGCGAUGGCCCAGGUGCUUCUUACCCCCAUAUAUAUAUAUAUAUAGAGAGAGAGAGGUGUGUGUUUCUCGUUAAAAUAUUAUUUAACUCCACGGUAUACGAUGUCUGGUGUAUAAAUUGUUUUUUAAUAAACGUCAUCAUAAAAUCACACGAUUGAGGAUUUUGCAAGCUUCUAUACCAAUAAGUGCCUCCAUCUAUUUCGACCUAUUGGAUUCUACAUUUUAACUGACUCUUAGAUAUCCCUUAUAUCUUUUGUUUACAAUUUAUUUACUUUUUCUAUUUCCAACCACCACUGGCGUUGUCAUGUCCUUGGCUUUUUUUUUAAAAAGAUUUCUGUCAACUCGCCAAAUAUAGCCAGCCCACUCCAAUCUUUUUGCCCGGAGAAACAUUCUGAUAUUUGGUCUGUUGUACAACCUACCUGGUAAAAUCAUAUAAAUUAAAUUAAACGCUGUUUACAUCCUAUUGUAUAUAAAAACGAACGAAGAUAAAUGUAUACAUUUAACACGCGGUAAGUUGUUUUUCGUUUAAAACACCUACGUUUAAGGUGCUCAAAUACUUUGCAGUUAUAACAAAAAACAUAUACGAAAUGUAUAUGUUACAAAAUGUGUAUUGUGCAUUCUGUUGAUAACGGCAAACAAAUAUUGAACGCCCUAUAUAAUUACUAUAACACUUGGCGACGGUCUACUAACAUACACAGCUGAAUAAAACUUUAAAUUAAAUUUCCGUUCGAGUGUAAUCGCAUGAUGAAAUAGCUACUAUUUUCUGCUCCUUAUUUUGAUAAUAAGUCGGACAUUGUAACAUUAUUAUUUUUUUUUAAAUAUUAUUUUCCACAGCGUUACGAAAGAGAGAAUAUAUAUAAUACGAGAUUUUAGCCUCUCUUCUCAACGUAGUUACCGACGCUGAAAUAAUUUUUCUAUUACAAUAAUAUUACACAAAAAAAUAAAAAUAAAAAAGUAGAUUCCUUGCGAAUAAAAAUUUUCGUUCUUCGUACUGAAAUUAUUUGAUCGGCAGGUUUCAUUUAAUUGUUCUAAAUAAAACAAGGGAACACAUUUUAUGAUUUGUGUUGUAAAUUUGUUCGUACAAAAUGCCCAAACAAAAGAGACACAAAAAUGAACUCAUCGAGUGUAAUUAAUAAUACCUAUCUAAAAAUAUGUUACACUCAAUAAAAAGCACCUAAUAAGAUAAAAAUAUUUCCAUUAGGACAUUUUGAUCCAUUGAAUAUUCUUUAAGAUUAAUAAUUUCUUAGUACCACAAUAGGCGUUAAAUGAUAAUUGGAAGGUAAAUAAUAAAUAGUUAUUCCGCGUGGUUUAGUCAUCUGCCUCAAUCGUAUUCAAAUUAUUUAAAACAGUUACCUAAAAAUUCAAACGUCAUAAUGAACGCUAAUCUUAAUAAAAAUAAUCAAUAUACAUAAAAGCUGAUACUGCUGAUGGGUGCACCACUGUUGUAGGUGGGAAGUUGUAAAGGUAUAAAGGUAUAAACACAUAAAGUUAUUUAAUUUGUAUACAUAACUAAACGAUAAACUAGUGCUAACGAAAAACGUUUCUGAGCGAAGUUUGAUUAUACAUGGUUUGAAAGGCCGUAAUAUAUACGAUUUUCUUCAAAAUUUGAUCUUAAAACCAUUAAACGAAAUUACUAUAUUACACGUACAUUUUUUUUUUGACCACUUAGUACAACAUAUAAUUAAUCUCCUGUUAAAUUGUUAAGCAUUUCGGCUUACUUAAAUAAUUAUAUCUACAUAGUACCUACCAAAUAAAAACUUCAUAUAAAAACUCACCAAUAUAAAAUGCCUAUAAAAAGCUCAAAAAUGGGAAAAAUAUUUUAAACAUUUUACUACGAUUAGAAAAAGUAAAUAUAAGUUUUCUCUUUAAAUUUCAAGUCUCCACGAAUAUUUUCAACUAAAUUUUAAUAAAAAAAUAAAACUUUUCAUUAGCAAUAGUUUAUCGUUACUCACCGAUAUAAAUUAAAUAACUUUAAUCCAUCCUACCUUCCUAACUUUCCAUUAUAUGACAGUGACACAUCCAUCAGCAGUAUUAGCUCUUUUUAUUUUAAUUUAAAUCAGUUUUUUUUAUGCAUUAACCGAUGACUGAAAACGUACAAAAACCCUAUACUGAUAUGCUAAGGUAUAAAAAAUAAUAUUUCAUAUAUUAAGUCAGUUUAAUUUUGUACGUAAUAAAUUUAAUUAUUUCAAACAUUUAAUUUAUGUACCUAAUGGUUUUUAUUAAAAAGCUCAUAACUUAUAACUACUUAUUUGGUAAAAAUACCUUAAUAAUUUAAUUGAAUAUUAAUGUUUAUUCACAAAGAUUUUUAAAGUAAAUUUAGAAAUCUUGAAGUAGGUAUAAAAAAUAUAUAGGUUACUAACAAGUUAAACAAGUUUAAGCAAAAUGAAACUAACCAAUUAUUAUUAUUCUUUUCGUAAUUUCGAAGAAGAUAAAAAUUAAAUUAAAAUUAAAUCAAAAAUUAUGUUAUUAAACUACUAAUUAAAAUAAGAGUUAUAAAUUAUUGAUUUUAAUAAUUCAAAUUUAUUAUGUUUUAUUAUUAUUAUUUGCUUGUAGAAUUAACUUACCAUGGUAAAAACCAAAAUACAACUUUUAUAGUUUUAUUACUUUUAAUUACUUUUAAUCGUCAAACCGAUGUUUGAUAAAAACUAAAGAAAUUAACUAAAGAAUUAACUCGAUAGUUUUAUUAAUAGCGCGCCUAUAUUUAUUAAUAAUGAUAAAAUGUGUAUUUAAUAAUACAUACAAUAUAUUUUUUAUAAAAAUAUAUAAAAUCAUUUCAUUAAGUGUAUGCCCGCAUUAAGACAAUUAGAGGUCUAAAUCCCAAGGCUAAACUUUUCAACGAAUCUUUCGUUGAAAGACUAAUAUUAUAACAUUUUAAACAUAUUUAGUUAUUAAUAUGUUUUAACAAAAGAAAAUUAAUAAAUAGUAUGGACAUCAUAUACCAUAGAUAAAGAUUCAAAAGCCACAAGUAUUGUUUAAAUAAAUAAAUGUAUUAUUUUUAACAAAAUUAGUAUAUUUUCUACUAUGUAAUAAUACGAAUAAGAGUAGCCAGUACGGGCCAGUACGGGCCUACUUGUAGGAGAGUUCGACUUCCCGGCGAUCUUGAUUCCCUCAGCUCAAAUCGUCAGGGAGUUGAAAUCAUUAAUUACACUGGGUCACAUGGACAAAAUUGUUUUUAAAUAUUUCAAAAAUUUGUUCAAAAAAAGGUUCAGACUAUUUGCUAUCAAAGGAUAGGUAUCAAAUAUUAUAUUGAAAAAAUUAAUUUCUUUUUCAGCGUUCAGUCUAGAAUAAAUAAAUUCAGCUGAAUCAAAUUCCUACAAAUACGCGUAAGAGUCAACUAUAACUGCAACUGCUACAGUAUGGACUAUAUAAGGGAGUUUGAUAUACGAUUAGACAAAGAAAUGUUUUACGCCGGAGAACUUUUGGAAGGUCACGUGGUUUUGGACACGAUCGAAAACUUCAAGUUAAAAGGUAAGUAUCACUUGAAAAGAUAUUUUUCUAAUUUUAUUUUAAUUCGUCUACAUUAAAGAUGUACUCACUAACAACACGUAGGAAAUCACAUGACAAAUUAGACAAGAACUAACAUUUUGGGUGGGCAGAAUUAUAUUAAUUAAAUCCGAGCAAGUCUGCUGGUAGAAAAUUUCCGGACAGAUAAAAAAAAAAUUAACAUCUUUGUAAAACUAUACGCUAAAUCCGAAUCUAAAAAUAACAUGUAAAAUUCUAGAGCUGCUUGUUUCUUAAAUUAUCUAUAAUGAGUGUCUUACGAUAGAUUAAUUACCUUGUAUAUAAUUAUUUGUUUUGGGUUACUGUGCGAGAGCUCAAUAAUCAUCAAUCAUAUUUAAAUUAUACACAAUUAUACUCAGAGAUUGCCUAUAAAAAUUCAUCUCUCGAAACCGUCCGGUUGUUAUCCCAGAAAUCUCAACUACACAUCCAAUAAACGCCAAAACGAGUCUAUAAAAUUCCUCCUAUUCAAAAAUCAUACAUUUGUGUGCAACAAAAUGUCAAACGACCUCGUGCGAACAAAAGAUCUAUAGUAUUAUUAUUUAUGAAUAAGAACACAAUAUACAUUUAUUUUUUGAACAUUUUACUGAACGCAUAUAUUUUAUAGACAUAGACAAGUAUUAUUACUUAUUUUUUUUAUUGAAAUACAUUUACAGCAGUUACGGUCAUUGGAGUUAAAAUAAUACAAUAUACAAUAUUACUCUUAAAACUAAUUACCUACAUUUACAUAUGAUUUUAUUAUUAUUAUUAAUUUAAGUUUUCUAUUUUGAAUUUCUUUUAAGAUUUGUAUUUUAAUAUUAUUUUACGUUUAGUUUGUUCUAAAUGUUAUUGCCUUGUGAUAAAGCUCACAAUGCAAAAUUAACGAUUAGUACAGGAAAUAAAAUGCUUUAUGAUUCUGUAAACCAAAACAUAUCAAAACUGUAUAACUUUGAAGUUUGAAGUAAAUGGUCUCAUAUAUAUAUUUGUAUUACAGCGAUGUAACUGAAAUCUUAUAUCUCGUGUUGAGUCUUCGAGGGUACACUGGCACUUUGUUCUCCUCCCUCGGUCCUGUAACAUUAUUCCGGCUUUGCAUCCGCGCCGUCGCUUCGUGUCCUGUAUACUUCCGUCUCACCGAGUAGUGUAACCAUUUACCGGAACAACGUUUCCUAAAUGACUAAAAUAUAUCCUUACUCACGAGGACGAUAUCACAUCGUUUGAAUCAACCGGCCCUUAGUCCACUCUGUAGUUGAUUUUCCUCCUUAAGAACUUUCCUAAAACAACAUUUUCAAACUUUUUUUUUCAUUCCCUACAUAGUUGUAGUAGUAAUUAUUUUGUACUGGUUCACUGCUCAGUAACCAAAAUCAUGGUGAUAUUCGUGGCAUAAGGUGAAUUGCGUACCAUUAUCGCCUAUAAUCACCAAAAAUACUGGGGACGCAAUUUACCUAGUCACUACAACAUUUUUUUUCCGAACGUAAUUUAUCAAGUGUGAUAUUUUUUAAUCAAUUUUAACAAUUUUUCUGUAAACAAUUCAGUAAUUUAUCCGUAAACAAAAUCUCUGUACUUUUUGUUAUCGAUUUUUUAUCAACAUUUUUCUGGGCUUGCAGAGAUUUUUGACAUAGUAUAGAAUAUAGAUAGGUACUUAUAGUACAAAAAAAUUUUCAUUUUAUUUAAUGAUAAACUAUCUGUAUCAAAUUAGUAAAAAAACGGACAGAGAUUUUGGUUACUAAUUCUGUAUAAAAUAUUAUUACUAUAUUAAAAUAACUUAGUUCCCUCUACUUUUAAAUCUCUGCACUUGCACUGCGCUCCAAGUACGUGAUUGUUCAUUAAUAAUUCAAGAGAUAUUUUUUUUACACGAUGAUACGAACCGUUUUAGACAAAUUUCAUUUUAUAAAGUUUUUUCCGCCAAUAACCUUCUAUUUUUUUUCUCGCGUAUCUCGUCAGACUCACGUUACAUAUUGUAUUACCCUUGUUGCGAAACUAAUAUUGUCGGACUGGUAAUAUUUUGUUUUUGUCAUGUACCGUCACCGCCAGUGCCGUAUUUAGGCGGGGGAGUGUAGAAAACACACGGUGUUGUCAGUGUAAGUAUGCACUUUAAGUAUAUUGACUGCGGCGGGCACCGCGAAAUUCGCUCGUUGCUAAGCGAUUGCAGACCGAUAUUCGCGUCAUUCCCGGCCGCGUUUCUUAUACGUUUUCGACAUGUCGUCGGACUAGUUCACGGGGUUCCUGUAGGAAAAAAAUAAAAUUAGAUUUAUAGUUUUAGACUGUUGACACUUUGGCAGUGUAGCUGGUAUAGACUUACCGGGCGCACGUAUAGUAUUAUUGUGUCAGUCGUUAUACCCGCCACCGUACCAGGUGCCUAUAUAAUAGUGACGGUAUGCAUCCGUUAACUUCCGACUCAAACUUAAUAGCAUUGGUGUGCACAGGAUUUUGUGCCUGUUGCAGUACGCUUUUUUAACCGGCUCAAACAGAACAAUAAACAGCUCACUUUAUUAUCUGGGCGUAUCCACGUGGACAGUAAUCGGGUGACCCCCUGGGAAUAUUAAAAAAAAAAUUAUCAUAUGAUAUGAUACUAAUAAAUAAACCGAUUAAGGGUUUAAUAAUCUAAACCGAUUAUUUCAAAUAUUUAUUAGUAGAUAAUAUUCUAUUAAAAUUGUAAUUACCCCCCCCCCCUUGAAUUAUUUCUGGAUCUCUUAGCACUUCAUUAAGCCACAGAUAUAUUAAAUACAAUAAAUAAAAAUGCAUGUAUAAGUACAUUUAAAGAAAAUGUAUGAACAGGUAAUACGAUAUUAUUUAUUGAUUGAUAAUUUUUCAUUUGAUCGAUAUUUAUUUUAAUUUAAAUAUUCGUUAAAAAAAAAAUAUAGGUACUUUUAUAGCCUUUUAAAUAAAUAUCAGUAAAAUAAAUAAAUAUUCAUCGGCCCACUAAAUCCAAAACCAAUUAUCAGGUGUGGUUAAAACACUAUUAAUUGAUGCAUGCUAUGUGUACACGCCUAUAUAUAAUACUAGCUGUCCCGCUCGGCCUUGCCCGUGACAAUUUUUAUUAUUUCUUUUACCCAUAUUCCUUUUUGGUUUUGACCGCGUCAGUAAUGAACAAAAGCAAAUAGGCGGAAAGUGGGUGGUCCACCUUCGACGGACUGAAAGUAUUCUGUUAUGAUAUGUAUUUUUAAAUUUUAAACAUAAAGUCUGUAGUCUUGAUCAGCAGAAGUUUCAUUACUACGUAUCAAGCGUACUCUUUUAGCAUUUGUCGUAUUGCGUCCUACAUUGGAUCUUUGUUUAGGCAUGACUAAAACGUAAACAAACUUUUAAGGCAGUUUAAAGUUUUGUCGCAUAAUAUAAUAUGGUACAUAUAUCUUUAUAAUUAUUUGUAUUAAUAUUAAUUACCAGAUAUCAUAUUAUAGAUAUCAUAGAUACGUUUUGACCAACUUUUUACAUUUUUUUUUUUUAAAUUUCAUUUGUGUUACUAAGACAAUCCAAAUAAAUAAAUAAUGAUAAUACCUAAAAACCGAAUUUCAGGGGAUAGCUAUAAACGUUCUCCUCGAUAAGCCCUUCAAUUUAAAAAUAAUAUCAUAACGAUCGAUUUAGUAGUUUCCGAGAACAUAGAACUCAAAUGUUUUCAUUUUUACAUUUAUACAUUAAGAUUGAUCCGUUUGUGUCAUGUAUUAUAAACCUGCAAAAAACUUUGGAAAAAAAGACCAAUCUUAAACUAUCCCCAUUAUAGUGGCCAAUAAAAAUUAUUAUGCCCAUAGAUUGUGUUUAUAAUAAUUUCAGAACACCACAUUUAAAACCGUAUGAGCUCUAUGCGAGUGAAUUAUUUAACACUAUGCGGUUUUACCGUUUCACAUUUUACGAGUAAAUAAAUCAUGUCCUCGACUCACAGCUUUUAUACGGCAGCAUAAAAUAACAUAAAAUACUAUUUGACUGUUUCAACUACAUAUACGGGAUAACUGGACAAUAAGAAGUGUUACAAUAAAAUAUGAUUGAAAAAUUUAAUAACCUUGUAGUAUAGAAGUCUUUCUCUAAACGUAUAGUUCUUCCCGUAUCAUAAUAAAAAUAAUAUAAAAAAAAAUUUGAAUUUAUUCCCAUAAAUUAUCGGUACAAUUUCAAUGACUACGAUUUAAUGACGCCGAGGAAAAAUGUUUCCUAUUCCUGUGACUUAACUAAAGUGGAUUUUCUAUUUCCAUUUCACUUGCUUUAUAUAAUGUGAAUAGUACUUCUAUUGAUUUUUCGAGCAUUUUUUUACGAUUUAUUUUUUCUACCAGAAAUCAUAAUAACCAUUGCUCUAAUCAAAAAAAUGACCAGAGACCUUUUUUGUUGCAUUUUCGGUUUAGUUAUAUCAAGUCAUUGUAAAGUCAAAUAAGUCGUAUUAUGACAAACCGGAAAAAGGCGUAAAAUACAAAUGACCGAAUUUACGGUAUUAUAACUAUUUCGUUAUUAUUUUAAAUCUUUUCUAAUUUUCUCUUCUACCAAAAAUACUGCUCCAAAUAUCAAGAGUGGCAGCUUUAAAAAUAAAGAAUCUGAACGAAAAUUGUGCAUAGUUGGAGAGUAAAAAAGUAGGUUUUUUUAAUUUACAGAGUAGUUUUCUAGGAAAAACGUAGAAAAACAAAGUAAUAUUUUAUUUUUGCUUAGAGAUAAAAAUUAAAUAACUUUAUUAUGUGUUCUACCUUUUGAAGUUUUUUUUUAUUUCCAUUUAGGACUCCCCGUUUGCGAGUACGUUAUUUUUUCGUUGCGCCAUUCGCGCAAAAUCGAUUGUGCCAAUAAUGUAUUGCAAUAAUAUUCGAUUGCCUCGCUUUCGACGUGACGCUACACACACUACACACACACAACCAAUCUAAAAUUUUGCCAUAAUAAAUUACAUAAUUCGCACAAUGUUAUCCGCUCUUUGUGCCGGUCAUGCAUUGGGAUCAUCGGAUUUGACCGUUUCAAUAGCCGAGUACACCGGGUCGUCAUCCCUUCGUUUCUCCCGUUCUCCGUACCUCUAUAUACAUUUAUUAUACAGGGUACAUCGAAUACUGUAUAGAAAUAUUGCACUACACUUGUCGUAUUUUACAACAAACCGGCAGGUGUAAAAUAAUUAAAGCGUAAGCGCAGUGUAAUCUACUGAGUAAAAUAUCAUAUUACGAUUAUUAUGAUGGUAUAUCUCUAGAACAGUGUUCCUCAACCCGCGAGGCGCGACCCCUUUGGGGGUCACCAGCUAAUUAUUUAGGGUCCCCAAAAAUACAAAAUAUUAAGCCACCGUGUUGUAUAAGAUGUUUAUUUAAGGGUCACUAAAAAAUGAAAUAUUCGUUUAGGGGGUCGCGACGGAAAAAAGGUUGUUGAAUCACAGCUUUAGAAGAUGAUGACUACUGUUACCACCAUAUUCAGUACGACGAGUAUGUGAUGUUAUUGCUGCGUACAUCGUUUUUUGUACACCAACAUUUUGCGUAAAAUUAUCAACAGUAGUGGUAUAUUUUUAAUGCUAAGUGUGGCGAAGAUGCUGUUAGUUUUAAAAAGACGUCGAUGUGUUUUUUUCUCGGAAAAUAUACUUUUUCGGUUAUUGAUAAAUAAAUUAAAUGUUUAUUUUAAUUCCUUCUCCGCCUAAAAAAAAUGUUCAUAUAUAAACUGUAGCGCUGAGACAUACUAAUUAUUUAAAAAAAAUGUACAUCAAAAAUAUUGAAUAGAACAAAAGUUAUUGCAUUUGUCGAAUCCUCGUGGGGCGCUCUUUAUACCGUUUAUAAUUGCGUUUCGAAUAUAAAGCAUAAAUUCUGCAAUAGAAAUACAAAUCAGCAGCAUUAGAAAUUUCACAAACGACUCUUUGCACCACGACUUGUGCAUUUCAACAUUAAAUAAACUUGAUACCUACAAAAUAUUAUCACCCACCCAAACCCUCCAUCAAAAGUCUAUCAUACAAGUAAAUCCUAGGUGACCCAUAUAAAUAUAUACAAAAUAACUGGUGUGGGAACUUGGUUUCUUUUUAAAAAUCUUCUUCUUGGAGUGCCACUAAUAGGCCGUUGUAGUUGUCUCGACCUGUUUUUUCCCAGACUUUUUUCUCACAUUUGUUUACUGUAAUAUUUAAAUUACAGAUUGUAAAUAUAUUUUUAUAAUAAAAAAUAAAAAGAUUUACGUAGUUUAAAAACAAAAAAAAAAAAAAAUGUGUACACAUAAAUAUAGGUACCUACAAACGAUAACAUCAUAAUAAAGAUAGAUGAUUGUAAUAUGAUAAUCGCCAAUCGCCAGGCAUUGAGCGCAGUAGGUAGCAAAUAGAUUGCAUACGAUUUUAAAUUAUUAGAAUACAAGCGUAAGAGGGUUUUUUUUUUCAUUACAUAAAAUCACGAGCGUAUUACAAUAAUCACGGGGUGUUUAAGAAAAUCAAGUGACAAAAAAGAAAAUCGAAAAAAUAAUCACAUUUAUUUUCUUACAAUUAAAUAUGACAUCGUUGUAUGACAUUAUAAUAAUAUAUUUAAUUAAUUGAAAACGUCAAGUGGGGAAAAUGGAAAUUUCAGAGAUAAUGAGAAACGAUGUUGAUUUUAAAUCAAGACGCAGCCAUAAUACAUAUUUAACAUCAUCGGUAUACUAUAAUAUACCAUUGUUCCUGCAGUACAUGUUUUGAUAACUGAAAUUAUAUUCUGAAGUUUUUUUCAAACAAUUGAUUUUUUAAAACAUCUCAAUCGUUUUUAUGUUUAUGCAAUUCAUUUUCAUUUACCCAAAAUCCAUAAUAAGUGAAAACUUAAUGAUAUACUUCCAUUUUUUUCAUAGUCAACGUUUCGAGUGGGGCAAAAGGAAAUAGGCAUAUACUGUUUAGUCUCACGUGAUAACAAAAUAAUGUUGGCUAUGACCGUUUUCAUUUAAACUAGAAUUACAACGCAUACAAUCCAAACUGUUUCUUUCCAAUUGCCCCAAUAGUUUUUUUAAAAUUAAUUAUUUUAUAAAUACCUAUUUUUUUAAUACAACCUCCAGCUAAAUAAAUUAUUAUAUUUACGUCAUGUAUACCUUUAAAACGCAAAUAUUAUUAAGUUUAUACAAAUUGACCUAUUACCAAACUUAAAGGUAAGUAGAUCAUAUUAUUUAUCCUAUAGCUUUGACGGUUUGUGAGUAUGUGAAAUAUAACAAUUUAAAAAUGAUUAUAUAUCACCUAAAAAUUAAAAUAUCGAAAAAACAUCAAUUCUAGGACACAGCUGAUAAUCUUAUAACUACUUACUUUUAAGUUUGGUAAUAGGUCGAUUUGCUUUAAUAAUGAAACUAACGGUAAGCAACGAUAAACCAUUACUUACGAAAAAACGAUUCUGAUCAGAAUUCAUUUGAUAGUGAUGCUUUGUCAACAAUAUAUAUGUCUUUUUGUAGUAAAAUAAUUAAACAGGCUUUGUAUAUUUUCAUUUUAAUAUAUUUUAUAUUUUAAUAAAAUUUGUUUAAUUUUUUUCCAAUUUUCCCAGUUUUCCUACGAUUUUCUCUGUUUUCCCAUGUUUUAUACUGGUUUUUCACAUUUUCUGGAAAAACUUUGGGAAAAUCAAAAAUUGACCUCUUUAAAGUACCUUCUUAGUGAAGGUUUCUUUUAGAAAUAUUUCUAUUAUUAAAAAUUGGAGCAAAAUUGCUGGUAGAAAAGUUGUCCACAGAAAAAAAAAUCGUAAAUUAUAUUUAUUAUAUUUCGUAAAUUUUCCUUUUUUUUUUUUUUUUUUUUCGGUUUUUCGCAUUUAAUGAGAAAACUUUUGAGAAAAUCGAAAAAUAACCUCCUCUAAGUACUUCUUCUUGAUGAUUUCCUUUUAGAAAAGAUAUUACAAGUAGAAAUCCGAGCAAGUCUUCCGGUAGAAAACUUCCACACAACAAAACUAUAAACUUCUUUGUUCCACUCAGAAUCUAAAACAAUAUUAUUUAUUUUAGAUAACAAUUAUUAUUUUACAUUUAUCUGGAUAAAAUAUAAUAUAAGUAAAAUAUAUUUAUCUAGAUAAUUAGAGACAGAUAAAAUACAAUAAUUUUUCUUCAAAAUAAUAACAAUAUGUAUUAUUAAUAUGAACACAAUAUAUUAUUAUAUACCUAUUUGUAGUUAAUCUGCCUGGUAAUAAAUUUCACGAUUUGGGACUCAAAACGUAUCGAACUUACUCACGCGUGUUUACAAUGCCGAUUAGAAUCGUCGAGUUUGCAGUUUAUUUUAGAUUUAAGGUGAACGUGCAUAUUAUUAUUAUUCACUGGGUAAAUACAAAGGAAAUUAAUUUAGUGGGUAUAAUAUAGGUGUGUACCUACAAUGCAAUAAUAUAUAAUAUUCGUGAACGUUCACUGCAAUUUAAAUACAAAAUCGUCACGUCCUUUUUGAUUGUAUAGUUAUCUAUAGUAAAUUAAAUUCACGUUAUUAUUUUGAGUAAUAUGCAAUAUAAGAAGAUAAACAAUUUUUUUACCUUUACUAUCUAUUAAAAAUUCAAAUAUAUUCAUUUAAUUACACGUUAUUGGCUGCACGGUAUAAUGGUGUGACCGUAAAAUUUACGAAUUCGAUUAGCAUUUUACCUAGUAUACUUAUGCAUAAUUAUAAGUACUACAAUAGUAAAACUUGUAGAUGUGAACCAGUGGCAAACGGGGACCAUGCCCCCCUCCACAUUGGCCGUAUUUUAAAAUAUUUUUAUUAUUAUCUUUUCAUGGUGGUUAUUUUACUUUAUGCGGUGUAUUUAAAAACUGGGUAAGUUAGUCAUUAAUUUCGACUAGUUAAAGUAAAGUUAGUUUAGUAUAAAACCUGACUAAGUUAGAAUAUAAGUUAGUUUUAACAAUUUUCUAAAUUUAUAACUUAGUUAGAAGUUAGGUGAAAAUAGUACUUUAAGUUAGAGUAGAAGUUCGAAAUUAGUUAAAAAUAUAAAUUGAAAAACAAGCUUAAAUGUAAAGUAUUAUGUAAAUUAUUUACCUUAGUAGGUAACUAACUUAAAUUAUUGGUGAUGAUUGAAAAAUUAAACUGAAUUGAUCAAAACUUUCAAAUAGAUAGGUAAUAACUUUAACUUCUUGAAAAUAAAUCGGUUGAAAAUAUCAGUUAUUAAAACAUAAAAAGUUUAAUAAAAUAAGAAAUAUACAAGCAGUGUUACAUUUUAUUUGUCUAUGUUGACAUAAUCAUAAUAAUAUAAAUAUAAUCAAAUAAACAUUCAUGAUAAGAUGAAAUAUGAAUGUAUGAUACAUAAUAUUAAUGUAAUAUAGCCUAAUAUUACCUAUAUUGCAUAUAUUGGUUAUAUUACAUAGUUUUAUUAUAAAAAUAGGCCACGAACAUAUUACAAUAAUCUAUAGGCUGUAUGUCUAUAAUGCGUCGUGGGUAUCGUGUAUUACCAAUUACUAUUGACCACUGAAAUAGAUAAAAAUAUAAUAUAGAGUAUAUUCGUAUCUAUCUCAGUGCCAUAGACAUAUAAAAACCAAGGUUUAUCGAAUAUAAAGGUUAUCUCAUAAUCAUAUAAACAAAGCAAGUCCCUCGCAGUGUUUAUAACGUUCGUGACGUCACCGGCCGUACACAUUUUGUGGCGGCAAUGAGCAGACUAUACGUAAUACAUCUCGCAUGAUGCCACACCAUAUGUACUCUUCCACUGCAAUGAAAUUUAAGUUGUUAUCGUAAUUUAAAAAAUAAUAAAAAUAUGUACCUAUUUAGUAUAGGUACAAAUAAAUGAUUUCUGAAUAUCAUUGGGAUUUGAGAUUUAAAACAAAUACUACGCACAGGUAUUUAUAUGAAGAUACUCAUAUCUACCUACAUUCAGAGAUGGAGCCCUCCCCAAACACUAUUUUUUAUAUUUUGUUUACUCUUCUAUGUUAAUUAAAUAUUAAUAAACUUAACUUAAUAAAUGAUUUACAAAACAUUAUUAUUAAUAAUUAAUUUAGGUAGAUAAAUAAAUAUUUUAAAAUUUUUGACUUACGUCUUUUAGUAUACAAAAACUACAAAUUAUACUGUAUUAUCUUUGGAUUUAUGACUAAAACUUAAAUUAAAUUCUUGUGUUUUUAAUUUGAUGUUAAAGGUUAUUAAAGAUCACUUUUAACAAAUAACAAUUUUAUGGAUAUUAAUACACCUUAAGGUUUUUUUAAUUUCCAUACUAAAAACGAAGUUAUUAGAUUAUGUGUGUAUGUAAAUGUAUAUUAAAUAUUUUAUCACCAAUUUAAAAAUUCAUGAAAAUUGGUAAAUAGGUACAAGUUUUCUACCAUUAUGGUUUAUAUAUCUAUAACAGCUAUGUGUAUGUAGUAUACAGUAAUAUAUAUUUAUUAUUCAAAUACAAAAAUACAAAAUAUAUAAAAUUUAUAUGAAUUUAUAUUUAAAUUAUAUAAAAUAAAAUAAAAUUAGUACAUUUUUAGCAAACAUAUUAAACACAAUUUUAAGUCAUAACUUUUUUUGGUUUUGAAAGUUUUUGUAAUUGAAUUUUAGUCUUAUUUCUAUUUUUAAAUAACAUUGCAUUUUGACUAAAAUGUUUCAUACGGAUUAGUAUUCGCUGUUUACUAUACGUUUGUAUUGAAUUUUUUCAAUUUUUCGAUGUUAAUUCUAUACACAAUUUUAUUUGUUAACUGUUUCACAAUGUUUGGCCCUUUAGGAAUCGUCUUCUUAGUAAAUUUGUUAAACAACUGCUCAACUCGAAAAAUUAUCUUUAUAAAUUCAGAGAUAGGUACUAUUAACCCACCAUAUGAAACAUGGUUGAUCCAUGAUUUCAUAAUCAUGGCUGAGCGUAUUUAUAAUAAUAUUAUUGUUCACUUGAGCUGUACUAUUGCUAAUUUCUGGUAUAUUCGAUAAUAUAACUCAAUAAUAAGAAUAACUCAAACUAAUUUUACAUAAGCGUGUAUUUUGUGUCAUGUCAAACAAAAAUAAGUGAACAACGGUUAGGUUAGGUUAGGUUUAAAUCAGAGAUACUGAGCAAUGAUUAUUAUAAGAACUAGAAAUAAUAACUGAUGAAAAUUAUCUAGAGGUUUCUUAUUAGGAUCAUUUAGGGAGCGGAAAUUUCAAAAUUAAAACCCGAUAUCACUUUCAUAUAUUUUUAUUAUAUUGGUAAUAUUAUAUUCAAAAUAAUAACGUAUACCUAUGUAUACGUAUAGGUACUGGAAAUAAAAAUACGGAACAUAAUACUCCCACGAGACUAUAUUAUACACGGAUAGAUAUAAUAUGUGUACAUAUAUAUCUAUUCUCCGUAAUAUAUGCGUACGAUAUAUAUAUAUAUAUAUACGUUUGCCCAUAAAUAUUUACGGACGAAUAAAUAUGUGUGUUUUUUUGUAUGGAUGUAUCAUAUUGCUACCUAUACCGUACGCGGUGAAUGAAUUUUAAAAUUAAAGGAUACAUUUUUGGAAAAAUAAAAACCUAUAUGGAUUGUGAUUUGCGGAAGCGUAUUUACAAACCCUAUCCGAGUUUGGCCCAAGAGGUAUAUUUAAAUAAGCAACCCAUCGGGGUUUUCCAUCGACUAGGUAUAAGGUUUACGCUUAUAGGACACUAACAUUCUUGGGCGACCCGGUUAGGGCUAAUAGACGAGUUAUUUCCCUUCUAAUGACAAUUUGUAGACAAAUGUUCUUUUUAUGAAACUGUAUUGAUAGGUGUAGGUUAAAUAAAAAUAAAAAACCUUAAGUAUCUGUUUGUUGUGGGCCGAAGGCCAAAAAUUAAGAGAGUCAGGGCUUCCUCUUUAUUUUAAAUGAUUGUAAACGUUAUAAAUAAGCAAUGUGGAUGCAGGAGGAAGGAUGACCUGUAAGGUCAUAGUUCCCCCUACAACGCCACGAUUCAACUACAAAGAAAGUCGCAGGUUGACGUUUGAAAAUCAAUUUAAGCUGAGGGUAAACAUUUGAAAAUGGUGUUAAAAUAAAGCUUGAACAAGUCCCACAAUGAUGGUGAAAAAAACGGAAAUCCAAUUUACCUGAAAUUCUCUGAGAAAUUUGCUGGAUGAUGACGAUAAAAGAAUCACUCUGAAUAAUAUUGUCUCAUGUUCGUAUAUAUUGCCUCCGGUACUUGCAGUACCGAUAUUCGAUUUCAAUCUUGAGCACGUGAUGUGUAGACACCGAUUUUACCUUUUACAGCGACAAAUUAGGAAUAUCCUGUGGAAUUCGAAAACAAUAAAAUAUGUAUGAGUGAAAAAAAAAAAAACGAAAAAAUAAAUAUACUGAAGAGGAGGCCGGGGAUUAUUUGAACACUUUUUUUCUUUUUGUUUGUUUAUAUUUGUUUACAAAUCUUUUGAAUAACCAUUUUAAAAUAAUUCUACUGAAUAUAUAGGUUUCUAUAAUGCAACAGUUAUUCUAGAAUCCAGUCAUGCCUUAUGAUCAAUGAAUAGUGUCGUAACUAUAGACAAUGUUGGGGGGGGGGCUGCAAGUCAAAUUUAUGAAACCUAGGUACCUACCAAAAACUACCGAAAGUUGUAGGUAUGAUUACAUGUACGAUUAGUUAAGUAUCUUACACGCAAUAUUUUAUAGGGGAAACAGAGUAUAUUAUUAUUAAAAAAAAAAAAAUGAAAUAUAUCAAACUUAUAACAAUAAAUAAUCUGCCAUAUUAACAUAUUUUCAUAUGGACUUACAUAAGUUUAUAAAAUAUUAUUUAAAAACGAUUUUAUUGUCUUCCUUUUAAAUUACAAAAAUGGGGGUACAUCCCCUCAUCCCACUUAUUUUCAACGUAUUUGUGUAGUAUUUUAGUUACCUAUACCUAAUUAAAAAUUCUCCUUGCCUGGUCUUAUCAGAUGUAACAUCGGUGAAUGUUAAAAGAAACGUAGGUACAUACUUAAUCAUACGUUGAUUCUUAGCUUUUCGUUUUUAUGUACGCGCUUACAAUUGAAUAAAAUACUAUUACCCAGUAUAAUGUAGUUGUCGAAUUUUUUUUUGGCGUUAGGGGAAGGGGCCCGGGUCAUUCGCUAAUUUCUUAAAACGAUAGUAGCAUAUUAUUAUGAUGAUACGUAAUGAUGUCACGUUCUAUGACUCUACGCACGACAAUACAAUAAUUUAUAAAGUCGACGGUAUCGCGUAAGUUGGUGUCGGUAGAAAUUGGUCAAGCUAGUUUACCACGCCCCGCGCCCUGCUUUUCGCGCGCCGCACUAACGAUUGGAGCGAGUGGCAUUGGACUUCUACCCUCGUUCUCGUCCUGAAGUUUUAUUUUCCACAUUUAUAGUUUGGUAUUUUUACGUCAUCGCGAUUUUCAUUUUUGCACGUCCCGCGGCCACAUCGACGUGUCGUGUAACGGCCUGUUCGCUAAUUCGAGAGAUUGUAAUAUUCUGUCAAUUCGUAUUUUAUUUCUAUCUUGAGAUACGCAAGCGCUUUGUCCUCGUACCUUGGCGACGGUGACUGCGUGCGUGUUUUUUGCACGUUCGUCCGACAGGCGGCGGCGUCUGCGGCACGGGCUAUGUUUAUGUGAAUUUUUAGGUAGUAUAAUUAUCAAAUUAUCAAAUCGUUCUAUAACGGAUAUUGUCGUACGUUUUUUAUGAAGACUUCCGUAAUUGUCCGCGGCUCGUUGGCGAACGAGCUGCGCUUCUUCGCGAUCCAAACAGUAUACCUGCCGGUCUUGGAUGCUGACCGGAGGUUGCCGUACACAUAAUAUAGUGCCGUGUGUAUCUUUCGAUACCUAACUGUUCUACCUACAUAUAUCGAGGUAGAGAUAGACAAUGAAUCUCGUUGUAUUAUAUGUAUGAUAGUAAAUUCUUAAUAUCAAAUUUAAUACCCUAGCCAUGCAGCACAUUAUAACACUCGACGAAGAGAAACAUAUUUUAUGUGGAAUUUAUUCAAUAACCGUAACAGUUUUGAUGCUAUCUCUAUAAAGUGUGGUCGGCCAAAGGUUUACCACCAAAAGUUUUGCUGUGAGCACCGGAUUGAACCACAAUAAACCGUCGUCGUUGUUAUUUCUACCAUCACCGUCGCCGUCGCUCGGUAAACUGCUAAUCGAAUUUCGAUUUUUCGAAUAAACAAAUUAUACGCGGCUCAUAAGAAGACCAAAAAAUUGUUAUAAUAAAACGCCAUCACUAAAGUAUAAACGAUCGGGGAGAAAGAGAAAUAAGUCAAGUCUCUAAAGCAAUAUUUGCAGUGCAGAAUCAAUUUCCUAUACACACAUAUAUAUUAUCUGAAAAAGAAUAGUAUUCGUAGAUAAAGUGCGUUGAUAUUAUGUACAAACUUUAAGUAUUUGCUACGCAAACCUUGACAGUCCUUUUUAACCCUUUAGAAGUUGUUUUAUCUUUUCUAAGCGACGGCUAACAUUGUAUAAUGAAACCUCUGAGCACAAUUUCAUGCUUCAAGAUACAGUUGUUUAGACUGUUCGUUGAUAUGCCAGUUUCUUUUUUUUUUAACUCAAUGUGUCAAAUAUUAUUAACUAGUGUUAAAAACGCGAAAAAUAAUAUUAAAAUAAUUAAUAAAUAAAUGCGAAAAAUCAACAAUAAAUUACUGCAAUAAAAUCAAAAAUUUCAAAAAAAAUAUUGCACAAAAAAUGUUUAAAUUGUAACACAUACAUCUACUUCCGCGACUCGGAUUUAAAACUUAUACUACUCGACAAUCGGUAUAGAAAACAAUUUACAAAAUAAUUCAACAGUUAUACGUCCUCAUAAUUGUCUUACUUAUAAAAAGUUGAAUUAUGUUAUAACUGGGAUUCGUAUAGUAUUUGUCCGAUGGACGUUUUGCUGUAUAUACAGCGUAGGUGUACCUAUCCAAACACCGUUAUUUAAAUUUGCUAUCGGUACCUUAUUACCGAAUUUAAUAUUUCACUGAAACCCAAAAAUCACUAGUUCUAAGUGUCCCGCAUGCGUUGAUGAAAUCGUCUGAACCGAAUAAUUACGAUCGUUACUGAUAUUAUUUUACACGAAGAAACAGUUAAAUAUAAUGAGCGUCAAUUUUCGCAGUUACUCCGAUAUCGGUGUAGUUUUUAGCUUAAAACUUACCUUACGGGAAAUACUUUCAUAUCUCAUAAAAUGGUUCGUUUUUAACGACCACACUUUUUGGUGGGAAGAGGAAAAGUUCUUCCAUUGAACUCCGUUUUUCUGCAAUAUUUUAACCUUAAACUUAUAUCAUGUCUAUAGGGAAAAGUUAAUUUUAUGUUUUUUUGUAUACCAUUAUUAUUAGGAAUUGAUUGAAAAAUUAGAGUUAAACGCUUUAAAUGUUGUUGUUUAUCUAUUAAAAAACAAAACGAUACACAAAUGUUGAACGGACAUUGAGUGAUCCCCAUUGAGUGAUUACAUUGAAGUAAUUUAUUCGUUCGUAAAAACAGCGCUUCCCCCUAAAUGGAUAAUAUUGGGCAGUAAAUUAGUGGACAUUUUCUAUUAUUAUCUAACUGGGCGGCCAUUAAAAUGUUUAAAAAUAAUUUUAAAAUUUUACAAAAUUAGAAAAAUAUCGAAAACUCGCAAUGUCUCUACCAAAAAAAAAAAAAAAAAAAAAUGUAUAUCUUGUUUUGAAUAUUAUAAUAUUUUCGCAGCCGUUAUAUGAAAAAAAUAUGUAAAUGCAACAAGUCUCCGAUCCCCAGUAGAACAAUACGUUAUAAUUUUAAAUAUAAUUUUUUUAAACCAUUCUCCUUCUCCUCAUUCUUCUUCCAUUCUUGCACUCCCAGGGCUUAAAGAUCCUUUUCUACUACGUCUAGCCACAUCUUUCUCGGUUUGCCCCGAGACCAUUUCCUUUCUGGUUUCCAUUUCAUAUAAUCGCUUUGAUGAUUUCUUCUUCGCUGCUUUUCAUCAUAUGGCCCGGCCACCGAGUUCUUUGUCAUUUUAUGUAACUAAUGUACUGGUGCUUGGCGCAGCUCUUCUUGAAGUUCUGUUUUGAACUUCCUUCUCUAUUAAUUGGAUUUACUUUUUAAGCCAUUAGUUGUAGAAAAUUUCGUUUGAACAUCGCAGACAAUAAUAAUACUAUACGCGAGUAUGCUGUUAUUAUUAUUAUUAUUAUUAUCAUCCAAACUAACUUUUAUAUAAAUAAAAUAAUAAGAACGCCCGAGUCGAAAACGCGCGUACGUCGUGAUUUUAAAAUAAAAACCGACAUCAGAUAUAUAUAUAUAGUUUAAUGUAUAAUAUAAUAAUAUUAUAGACUUAUAUACAUUUUUGAAUCAAUAUUCCAGUCGCGACGGCCGUCGUCGUCGGUAGUUUUAUAUAUAUAUAUAUACAUACACUAUAAAAUAGUAUAGCAAAAGCUAAACUUUGGGAAUUUCGAGAGAUGUAGAAAAAAAAAAAAGUUGCCGUUCGUCCUACAUUCGACGUGCGCAAUAUAUAAUGUUAUAUAUACUCCUAUAUUAUAUUCGCCUCGAGGCGUCGUCGUAGACUCACGGAUUUAUUAUUAUUUUUCACAGGGUUCCGCAGUACAACGCGACGUAAUUUCCUCACCCACCUAUACGUAUAACAUAAUAAUAAUAUAUAUAGUAAAUAAGCCCUUGGUUUUUUAUUUUUUUUUUUAUUUUUUAUUAUAUGCUACUGUCGCGUCAUACGAGUAAACAAAAAGCGAUUUUAUAUCAUAUACAGAGUGAUCAAUCUAACGGUAGUAUAUAUGGAGAUAAUAUUAUCACCGUCAUUAUCCGAAAGGAAGUGCAAUGUAGAAAUUCUCUGAAUAUUAGGGGAAAAGAGCGUAUUAUUGAUACAGUUAUUAUUUGAUCGAAAUGUGGUAAACUUGAAUGACACUUAGUAAGACAUACAACUUCUUCAUAAUCGAUAUAACGGAAGGAAGAAUCAAUAAACGUAAAGGAAGAGGAAGACCGAGGAAGACAUUCAUAAAAGACAUGAUUGAAAUGGCUCGACGCAACAGUUAUUUACAUAUUGAGACUCUGGCAUUAAAGAAGGAGAAAUGGAAGUCUAUAUAUUCGCCAUAUCCUUUAGUAAAAGAAAAAGAUUAUUAUCGUGGAAAGUCUUAAUUUUUUGAAGGAAUUUUCAUUUUAGAAAAUAAUAUUCUAGAAAUAAGCAUCUCGGAAACGCUUAAAUCUCUACAUUUACUCUUGUGUUCGAGGGAUGAAAUCGCUAUCCGUCUUUUGAUUUUCAAAUGUAUUUCCAUUGUUUUCAACAGCAAAUACAACGAAUUUAAAUUUGGAUAAUCCAUUUGCGAGAUAUUGUAGCUCUGUCGCGUAUGUAAUUUAGAACUUUAGAAUUUAGGAUGCAACAUAGAAGACGCUUUGCGGUAUCGUCGAGAAGUAGUUGUAGUACGAUUACAUCCAUAAUAUCGUAUUGUCUUACAAUAUGAACCAAACUUUGACAGUGAAUAACUAGGUAUCUAAAUAUUAUAAAAUAUAACGCAUGAAUGAAAAAUUAAAAUUAAAACGCUAAUUAUUUAUUUAUUAAUAUUUUAUUAUUUAUUGUAUACAAUGCUGUUUAAAAAUCAAAAUAUAGUUAUGGUUUUACCCUAGCUAUAAAGAAUUUUCCUUUAAUAAUUAAGAGGGAAGUGAAAAAAUUUAGAACGGCUCUUGUUUCUUAUAUUUUUUAAAUGAAAAAUAAAUAAAUGCGAAACAUUUUCGGAGAUAAUAAGUGUCUUACGGUAGAUUGAUCACUCUGUAUAAUAAAACAUUAUAGUUUGCUGCAAUCAACACAAUAAACAUGGAGAUAUUUGACCAUUGUGAAAACAUUGUGAUAUCCCGUGGCUAUCCAGAACUUAUUGGAAGGAACGAAGUAUAAUAUAAUAUUAUUAAAAUCCCCUGCAGCCUUAUAUUAUAUCAUCGUGCUAUUUUUAUUUAUAGUUUAACGCCCGAAAAAUCAAUUCUCAUCAAUAUUUUUCGUAAAUAUAACAUGAGCUAAAUAUUGUUUUUUUUUUUUUUGGUAUAGUAUACUGUUGCAAAAUAUUUUUAUUACUAACAAGUAUAUUGUGACUAGAACUGGCAAUUUAAUUAUUUUAAUAUUUUAAUGUUCCAUAAAACCCCAAAAAUGAUAUUAAAAAAAAAUAUGCUUUUAUGCCCUAAAAUUUUCAAAUAAUACACUUAUAAAAUACACUAAAAAAUGAUGUUAAAAUCAAAAAUUGUCAAAAUCGAGUAAGUGGUCUACAGUAUAAAAAAAACAAUUUAAAAAAAGAAAAAAGUCGUCCAUAGAUUUUGGAAAUUUUAUCACUUGCAGCUAAGUUCAAUAUAAGUAUUAUUACCAAGUUAUAUAUCAAGUCUCUUUGUGUAUUUGUGAAAUUAAAUCAAAAGGUGUCUUGUUAUUUUUCUAUUAAAUCAUUUUUUCUGGUAGAAAACUUCGUCCGUGUUUUUAUAAAAUAAUGAAAUCGUGAAAUUGUACGUUUUCCUACGUUAUUCCUACAUGUGUGCUUUUAUUUAAAAAAUGGCGUCGAAAAUCAAAAAAUGACAAUCUAAACAACUUGAGGUUUCAGAAAAGUUGCUACACCUAAAAAUCGAAGCAAGUUUACUAAGAAAAAUUGGUCCACAGACUAGAACAAAGGAAAAAAGGAAUUAACAGUUUAGUAAAACCAAUAGCUCCUUUGCUACGUUCGGAAUCUAAAAGAGCAGCACACAGAAAGUUUUAGAAGGAAAGUUUCAAAAAUAUUUAAUUGAUUAUUAUUUAGGUAGGUACUUAUUUAAAAAAUAGUCUACGUAUAAAUUUAAACAUUUAUCAUUUUGAGUAUUUUGACCGCUCCCACACAAUAUAAAUUUCAGAUACGAUCGUGGGCUGUAAUGGUGAUGGCUUCAGCAGUGGCAUAACCAAGAUUUCCCAAUGAGGGGAGCGAUAAAAAAACCUUAUACAAAAUGAAUUUGCAUUGUUUUAAUUUAUUUGUAUACUCAUAAUAUGACCAGAUAAAAUACUAAAUACAUACUGCUAAAACGAAAAAUAAUAUUGAACAACUUUUCAUGUAUAAUAAUUUAUUACUAACAACUUAAAUAAUUAUAAAGUAAAUAUUCUUAAUGAGUUACUUAUUUCUUAUGGUUUAUGAUAAACUACAGGGGCAAAAUAUUUAAAUUUCCAACUAAAAUAUUGCUCUUUUUUUCCUGUUUAACUCCAAAAAAUUACAUUUUUCAAUAACAGUAUAUCCAUUUUAGUUUAUAUAUGUAUACAAGAAGAUUGUCGGAAACAUUCAGGUUAAAAAAACUAUACGUGACUAUACACAAGAAGAAAUCGCGAUUACGGUUCUCGAAACGUCGAGACAAAUUCCGAUUUUGUUCACUACGGGAUUUCUGCAGAUGAUAGCAGUGUCCGAUCGAGUUUUCGAUAACUUUUUGCCCCCGGUUGGGUUAAUGUGUUUUUGUCACUUCGAUGGCCUUUAGAAAAAAAAAAAUCAACAUGUAUUAUACAAUGCAUAUGAUCGGUUUGUAAUUUGUUAUGGUGGACUUCGUCGCUCGUACUAAAGUUCUGCUUGUUAAUUUAUCAUCGAGUUAAUAAAACAUAAAAUCGGAAUAUACUAGAUUGCUAACUAGCACGGCCUUAGAUGACAAGAUUAAACUUUGUUAGAAUAUUAAUGGUGAUAAAGGUUCCUUUUUCUCUCUCUCUCUCUUAUCAAAAUGUAAUAUACCUUAUUAAUAUCUGUUAUCAUAAUAAUAUAUAGGUGCAUAACAGUAUUCAAAUCACAAAUAAUAUAAAUAAGUUCAACCAAAUUUUAAAUUUAGAUGCUUAAAUAAACAUCCUGUAAACUACUUAAAAAUAUUUUCGAUAUUUGUAUAAAAAAAACCUUAUAAAGAUCCCGUAUUUAAUUUUUUGAGCAUUUAACAAGUAUAUUUCAAAAACUUUUAUUCACAAAAAACCAAAAAGAACUAAAAUUCUAAACAUUGUGUAUAUAGGUAGCAAAAAAAAUUUUUAAUAUUUUAAAAAUUUGUGCACAUUUAAAAAUUGCCUUUGUUAGUAUUCGCCACUCGGUGAUAAUUUUAUCUCUUUAUUCAUUGAAUACUUACAUAAAAACAAAAUCAUAACUAACAAAACUAUUAAAGCGUAAAUAUUCCUUUUACAAUUUCCGACUUUCACUAUUAUUAAGAAAAAUCAAAAAAGUAUCUUUAGGGAUAUCCACAUGUAAAAUGAUGAAAUAUGCAAUCAUAACAAACCCUUGAAGUAGGUAGAUGAUUGGCGUAUGAUAUCUGAUUUAAAAUGUGUUUACAAAGAAAAAAAAACAAACAUGUUUGUGUGCUCUAUAAGUUUUAAAAAUGGCUCUACACUCUCACCCCGCGUUAUCUUUUUCUGUUCGUCCCUGCCGUGAUACUGUCCCCUUACUUCAUAUUUUAGAAUAAUUUUAGAUAUAGAUAAUAUAAUGAUAACAUUAUUUACGGUUGUAGUAUUGUGAUACAAAGAAUGAGUAUAACAAUGUUUUGUAUACCAAUAAGUAAAAAAACAAAACCUUUUUGACGUAUAUUAAUCAAACGAUUUGGUAUACUGGCAUAAAUUACAAAAUAUAUACCUACUUAUUUAGACACACCAAUAAAAGCAAAAGUAUUUAUAAAAUGUAAAAUGUAAAAAAAUAAUGUCUAAAUAAAACAUUUGGAUGGUGAUUUUUUUAAAAAUAAAGACAUUAAAAUAUAGCAUCUCCGUCGUGACCUUCAACUCAAACUAAAAAUAUAUUUGCCAGUCCUAGACAAAAAACAUACAAUAUUUAACUGCAGCUUUACGACAGCUAUAUGUGCACGUAAUAUUUCACAAUAUUUUACGUUCGUUUAAAAAUUAUAUGUUGCCAAUAUAAAACAAUAAUCAUUACCCAACACAAUGAUUGUUUUUAUUUCAAACAAUAAAUUUUAUACAAUAAUAAUAAUAUUUAUUUAUAGUUAACGCCGGCUAUACAAUAAUAAUAACUAAUUGUGAUCGUUGAUUGUUGAUAUGAUCAAUGUUUUUUAUGAGCACUGAGAUUUCGAUGCAAUAUUAAUUUAAUUUUUGUAGAAGAAAAUUGAAAUUUUGUGAAAAUCGCCCUAAAACUAAAUAGCAAAUCUGAGCUGAAUUUGUCAAAAAAUAUAAAAUAAAAAUAUUUAAGGUCACACUUACAACUAAUAUAAAAUAUAAUUUCUACUUAGUGGUAUUAGUGUAGUGAUCAUUAUCAAAAAUUAAAGCUCCUCUCUUAGUAAAAAAAAAUCCUAGCUACACCAGAGGUAUCAAAGUAGAUGCAAAGUCUAGAUCUAGAAAUAUGUCAAUGUCUGGAGUAGGUAUAUUAUUGCAUUUCACUCAAUUCAUUUCUAAAUUACUUUUAUUUCAAAAUAAUAUUUUAAGAAUAUACUCUUCUCGUAUCUCUAGAGGCAACAAAUUAAUUUUAAUCAAAUUAUGUCUCUUUCCAUAAUUUUAUUAUUUAUUCCAAGCCUGCAGGGUCACACUUCAUAUGCGCAGAGCAAAUCAUUUUGUUCACAACAUGCUUGUUUAUUUAGUCAUGAAGCUGUGCCGACGAUCAAAAUGCUUCAAAUGAUUUUCAGAAAAUCCGUUACCGCUAUAAAGCGGUUAUUUGAAAAUAUCAUUUUCAAUUCGGAAACCUUAUUAAAACAAGCAAAGAUAAUAAUAAUAUAUGUGAAUAUUUUAAACACCAUACUUUGUAUAACUUCAUUAUGAUACUAUAUUUACAUAAAACUUUGCGAACUCGAAAUAGUGGUGUCUACGCAUUUUAAAAUGAAUACAUUAAUAAUAUGGUAAUGUAUACUCGAAUAACAUUAUUUCAAUGUACAAAAGUUUUUGUGUUCUAGGACUUGGGGUAUAGCUGAUAUCCGCGCGAAUGAACUCUUGACUUUUGCAAGGCCCUUUCCGUUUAGACAUUUGUUUUUUGUCAUUCGGACACGGAAAGUAAAUCAUUAUUAUUUACACAUUAUAAAUGACCACAUCGUCGUCAUCUUGACAAAAUAGUAAAAUUAAUAUUAAUAUAAUUUUUUGUUACAAAAUAUACAUUCUUAAAAAUAUGUUUUGAUCCUAACGAAUGUAUAUGAUAUAUUUAUAAAAUGGUCCAAAAUAUUAUAGGUCAUGGGUUGUUUUAUUAUUUCCUUCCUCAUCCAAGGAAUCACCCUAUUGUUGAGUAGAACCGAAUAGUUUUAAGUUCAAAGUCCGUUUAGGGGGCGGAAUGGUGCGAAAACCAGGAAGCAGGGACGGAUCUAGAGAGGGCCAAGUGGCCUAGGCACCCCAGACAUAUUAUUUAUCCGAUUUUUUUUUUUUAUAAUUCUAUUGAUCCUGAUAUUACUAUAUUUCAAUCAUUGAUUUGUAUGAUGAAAUAAUGUACAUAAUGCAUUAUAAUAUAUGUAAAUUUGAUUUGUCUUGUAAAAAAAUUGUUUGUUGCUCCCCCCCUCCAUCCCCAAAUCUUUGCUCGUGCCUGCCAGGAAGAGUGUGCCCUGUGCACACAAUUGAUGUUUUACAUGGGUAAGUAUAUAACAGAAAAGAGAUUAAUGAUGUCCUAUGACUGGCAUCACUCGACCGUUGAAAAAACCGAUCCCAAAAUACCUAAGUACGUAUACUAAUAUUUAUAUCGAUCUUCGUUUUUGACGGCAAAAUACGGUAAGAACGUUCUAGAAAAAUACGGCAAUAUGACCCUAUAAUAAUAAUAAUAAAAAAAAAAAUAAAAACAAGGCUGAUCCUAGUGAUUGGUUAGAUUACAUUGUUAUAAGUGAUGAAAGGUCUAGGAUAUAAAGGGGAUGAUUAAGUUUAAAUCCCGGAUGCGACAAUAAAUCAAAAUAUGCACAGACAAAAAAACGAUUAUCUGAUUUUUAUGUUAAAAUACAAUUCGAAAACUUAUCCUAUUAAUAACUGUACAUGUACUUGUACAUUAUAACUGUACAAAAAUACUUGUAAUAAUAUUUCUACAAUUUCAGAUGAAAUUUUUUAGCGAGUUUCGUUAAAAUUUGGUAUACAAACUCUAUAUAUGUCAAAAAAAAAAAAAAGAUCGCAACCUUAUUCCGUUCGAAUUUUUUUUUGCCAAUAGAUACAACCUAUAUAAUGAACGUAUAUCAAAUUAUUAAUAAAAUUUUGAUGUAAUGUGCGAAAUAUUUGAAUUAUAUGUAAUCCAAAAUUUAAAUGACUACAUAAAAUUAUAAAACUAAAAAAUUCAUAAUCCGUUUGAGCACAUAAUAUAGCCAAUGUUCAGUACAGUAUUCAGAAUAGAGUAUGUCGGCAAAAGAGCACUAAUAAUUAUUCUAUUACCUAAUAUUUUUUAGAACAUAAAAACAUAAAAAUAAUCGAAAUAAUUAAUAAAACAAAUAAUUUCAGAGGGGGCACGCGCUCUAAAUUCUCCCUCUCCACGCCAAGAAGCUAUGUUAUUUAUUAAAAAAAGUGUGUAAUUUUGAUAUUGAAUAAAAUAUGAUUGUAUAAUUAUUUAUACGAGAGAGAAAUUAAUAUUUAGCUCCUCUUUAAAACACAUUCGUACCAUAACUGUCUAAAAAAACGUACAAUUUUUGUUGAAAUAAACAAAGCUAAUUAAUAUAUAUAUGGGAGGUAAAACAAUGAUUAAUUUAUUUAUUAGCACAGUUUCACUUAAGUCAAUUUUUUCAGUUGUUUAUUGUUUUAGCAGAACUAAUAAAUCAUUAAUAAUUGAAUGAUGAUAACAAAUUUAAAAGUUCUGAUCGAACUAAAAAUUGUUACGAAUGUAUUAACUAUAAUAUUAAAUGACGAAAAUCGUCCUCACCGUUGAUAUCUAUCUAUUUAUUUUAUUGGUCAAGGAAUUCAGUGUUAAUUCAAGUGUUCAAAGAUUUGUUUUGGGUGCAGUUUACUUCCUGUUGCUGAAAAUAAAUGGAAGUACCUUUUUUGAUCAUAAUAAAAAUCCGGGUGCAGCUUUUGUUUUUACAUUUAAAAAAAAAGGGCUUUUCGAGCGCAGUUUAUGUAUAUUUUCUCGAUCCUCGGCUCAAAAUGUAAAACCGAUCGUACGCUCAUAGUUAAAACCCCAUGGUGAACCAGGCACGAAUCCAAAGCAAAGAUCUGGAGGGGGAGCCGAACAAUUUUUUUGUAACAAAUACAAUUAAAAUAUAAUAUAACACAUUAUGUAUAUUAUUUUCUCAUACAAAAGUCUCACUCAAAAAUCGGAGAAAUAAUAUGUCUGGAGGGGGUCUGGGCCCUUAAGACCCCCCCUGGAUUCGUCCUGCGGUGAACGAUGACAAUAACUAUAAUAAUAUUAUUACAUAUUUGCAUGAUAUCUAAACCUAGUAAAUUAUUAUAAAAUGACGAUUUCAAUAUUGCGAAAGUAAGAACGAAACAAAAAUGAAUACAAAAUUAUGCUUGUAUAAGUACGAUUUAAUCACAUCAGAUAAUUUUUAAACGCACAAUUAAAUUACGAAAACGUCCAGUGAUUUUAAUAAUAGUUGUAUUAUUGUUCAGCAGUCAUCAACGGUAAUGAUUAUUAUAAUUUUAUAUAGGUACGUGAUAUGUAUAUAUUGGUGUUAUAGCCGCCAUGGAUGACACGACUGUAAAAAAAAACAAAAAAAACAGACGAGAUUAAUACAAAUAAAAGCGAGUAUAUUAUACUUGUUGUUGCGAAAAAACAGAUAAUAAUUUAUUGCACAGAACCUUACAACAAAUAAAGUUUCAUUUGACUUUACAUUUACCGUUUCUUCAAGAUCCGAGUUGUUUAGCUAUUUUAACUUAUGGUGUUUGGAUUUAUCUUGUUUUUUCGAGCAGAAUUAUUGUCAAGAAUUUUGUUUAAUCACGUUAGAACUUCGCAUUUACGGAUUAUCGGAUUUGUCUCGUUAUCGCAUUAAAAAUACAAGAAUAAUAUUUUCUCCAUCAGAAAUAACCAAAACACGAAUUUCACUGAAACGUGGAGCUGUUCGGUUAUUGCGAAAAACCCGUCAAUAAUAAUUAUUUACAUCAUAGAUAUAUUAUAUGUGUAUUUUGUUUUAUUUAUCCGUUACUAUUUAUGGGUAUUGUAUAAUAAUUAUUAAUUAUCAAUGUUGCCAUCAAAGGUUUUUUUUUUUUUUUAUCAGAGGUACCUACCUAAUAUUAUUUACAAGGUGAUUUAUUGAACGUAAAACACUUAUUAUUUCGCAAAAUAAUGACUUUUUAAAAGGAUUUUUUUUUUUUUGAAAAUUUAAAAAACCUGCAUUAGCUUUAAAAUAUUACAUUACCUUUAUUUUUUGUCACCCUUAUUUUUAGGGAUGAAAUAAUAAUACUUUAUUAAUUUUCAAAUGGAAACCUAUAUAAAAAAUUCCAUAAAUAGAUGAGUGUUAGUUUAAAUCAAUUUUGAUAUUGAAAUAUUUGACGGAACCGAAAAUAGUCAUUACUUUUCAAAAUAACGACAGAGUUCUACGAUAAACAAAAUUACCUUGUGUAUAUAAUCUAUCUGUAAAAUAAGAUUUCCAAAAGUGCACAAUCAGAAAGGGACAUCGCCACCGUGCAGUUUUGAUUACGAACAUAAUAAUACGGUGUAACCGGUUUAUAAUUACAGAUUUUCUGCUGUUUUGUUGUUUUUUGAUUUAUAAAUAAAUUAUUGUAUUUACUUAUUUUGUGUUUAUUGGUUUAAAUAUGAUGUUUUUUCUGACUGUCAGCUUAUUUCUAUCAGAAAUCUUGAUCUAAUAUUCUAGAGUAACAUCUUUCCCAAAAACAAAAUUUAAAAAAAUAAUAAUGCACGACAAUUAACAUGGGUUUUGGGAACCCCCCCGAAAUGUCCUACUAACCGUAGGGAAGCCUUGAGGGUUUUCACUGAUUUUCUGGGGUUUCACUGUAACGUUAUCAUGCCACUAGUAGGAAAUAUACCGUUUACGAACGUAAUAGAAAGAUUGCAUUAUAGACAGCUCGAUAUACGUGGAAAGAUAGCUGUCCUUAAGGGACCUUAACAUUUUGUCCUUCGAGACGAGGUGUUUUAGGGUUAAGGUAGGUUCCACUGUGUAUUAAAAAUUAAAAUAUAUGAUAUUAUAUAUAGGUCCAGUGUGAUGUCAAACGAAAUGUCUCCCGUGACAAUUCAUAAGGUAUGGUCGUAUCUACUUCAGAGAAGGGGGGGGAUAUUAUUAGAAUUUGACGAAUAGGUACAAGAUUUUUCCAUUUAUAAUGUGGUCUUCGUUGCACUACGUUAUUUUCGAAGUAUACUCUUAUAAUAUCAUAAAAACAUAAAUUUGUUUUUAAUUGUCUAAAUGAAUAAUUCUAUUUUCUAUUAUAUCUAUCAGCACUACUGUUGUCGGGAAAUAUUUUCGCCCCACGAAUCGUUUUUAUCUUCACUUUUUUAUCGGACGGUGAAUGGGUGAUAAAAUACGUUUAAAUGUAUAUCAAAUAGGCAGUGAUUAGUAUUAUAAUAAUAAUAGUUUACAAUAUUCUUCUUCUCUUUCACCUUCGUCCCAACUAUUUGGAGUCAGUCACUCUCGUUCUUAACUUCUACUUAACCUGAUCUUCCACCUCGUAUACAUCAGCUAUCCUCAAAUUAUUCUCAAUCGCAACCAACCACCACAUGUCGGUCUUCCUCUCCAUUUCUUUCCUUCUACGUUUAAUUUCAUUAAAAUUCUUACUGCUUCAGAUUCCAUUUCAAUCUAUUUUUUCUCAUUUUGCCUAUUACCAUACCUAAGUUACCUCUUAAGUACUUAUUCUUUAUCUUAUCCCCUUCGUUAAUAUACUAACCUAAGUAUUAUUAUCUCUACUACACUCACCCUCUAUUUUAUUUUUCUGUCUACACUCUACAGCCAAACACUUCGAAUUAUGCAACAUAGUCUUACCACAUUUUUUUUGAACCUAUAACUAAGUCUCAUUGGAAUUCUCACAUGAAACACAUAACGGUUCUAACUACUUUAUCCAACCAAAUUAAACCCUAUAUUUCACAUUCACACGAAAGACACCAUUAUUUUUUUACAAAAGAUCCUAGAUACUGGGGGCUUUAAAUUUCACCAAAAAUUAUUUUUUCGUGUACUAUUUUUUUUUUUAUUUUUUUUAGAUAACUACAUAUUAUUACAAACAAACUAAAAAGACCUUUUUUUGGUACUUAUGCAAUUUUUCCAAAAUGGAUUUUUCCACAAAUUUAAACCUUCCCCUAUACAAAAUGUACGACUUAUAUCUUAAUAAUAAGAUCAAUUACAGAUAUCUGUACAUUGUACUAUAGUACAUUAUAAUAACAUAAAAUAUUAUAUAGUGUAAUUUUAAUAUAGAAUGGUUUGUAUUUUACCAUGGUUAAAAUUUUGAAUAAUAACAACGAAUAUUAAUAAAAUAUUAUAAUAUAUUUUUGUUUUGAUAAAAAAUGUAAGGUACAUUGUUAUUUUUAUUUCGAAAAUGUAAUAAUUUAACGUAAUUUUAUUAUGUUUAUUGCAAUACAUAUUAGUUAAAUCCGUCCAACUAACGUAAUACCAGGAAUAUCAUAUUUCUUAUGGGUAGGCGUACAUACCCGUAUUAUCCGAAAUGACAAAAUAAUGUAAUUAUAUUGAUUAAUUUUGAGAGUUACGUAACAUUUUUAUUCGAAUAAUGAAAUAAUUUGGUUCGUAUCAAUACAAUGACAUAAAAGAAUAAUGCAUGUUCGUUUAAUUUCCGUCUCUCUCUCUCUCUCUUUUUUUCUUUGGAAUAAUGGCGAAAAUGAGUGAAAAUCAUACACAGAAUCUAUAAAAUUAGUAUGCUCAAAAUGAGCCACUUUAUUUUUUUUAAUAAUGAAAUAUUUUAACUCGAAAUUUCCUUCUGGAUCAAAAACAGUAGGUAUUAUAUACAGUAGUGAAUCGUUCAUAAAUUCGGAUAUCGAUUUCUCAAUUUUUUUUUUUUUGUAACAAUUAUAGGAAUAUUCCUUGCCAAAAUAUACAAAUCAUUCUUGUAAAUUAACAUAAUCGCAGACAAUAAAUGAACAAUUUACUGAUGAAUGACCAGCGGAGGGAGGUUAUAGAUACUUCACACAUCUAGCUCUGACAUGCCUGGCUUAGGCAAAAAAAGUUUAAAAGAAGUUCUUUCUUUCCCGUUUUCCCAUCGGUAAGUAUACGUUCUAAAAUCAGACAAAAAUAAUGAAGUAAAAUGACGAGCAACUUUGAAUUUGCGAUAUAAACAAAUCGCGUAUCUUAUUAUAAUGUAAUAAUUUAUUAUUCAUUGUACGAUUUUGCGGCCAACCACCGGAAUCUAAAACCGUUUUUUUGCAAAUCUUUGUUCAAUAUAUAAGUGAUCGAUUGCAAAAAAAGCACAGAAUCUCAACGUGAGUUGGGACUGGGACUGAAGGGAAAAAUGAUUACGGGUGAACGAUUAAGAACCGUUGCUAUUAACUAAUUUUUAUUUUUACUCCCACAAAAAAAAACCCCCGGUCGAAAAAAAAGCGUGAUUAAUUUUAUAUUUCGUUCUUGCAGUGUACGAUUUUUUUUCCGAAUACCAGCUUGUUGUGCUCAAUAGCCCAGCACAUAUUAUUAUAAAUGAUGAUAAAAGCGUCCCUUUUAUUUGAGUACAUACAUACUGACUGUUUUAAUAUUAAUAAUAAAUUCCAUUUUAAAUCUCUCCUGUAUAUAUGUAAAUAAAAAAUCUGUUUUUAUAUUUUUUAGCGAUCGCAAAUUGCAGCAAUAAUACAAAUCAUCUAAAUUAAAAAAUACAAAUAAAGAAUAAUUAUUUUAAUAAUAAAAAUAAAUAUGGGUACUUAAAAAAGCUUUGAUAUAUAAUGUUGGCUUAAAAACACUACGUGAAGUGUCAAAACGAACCUAACAUAAUCCAGGAACAACCUAUGAUCUACUGGCCAACCAAAAUUUCCAAAAUUUUUAUCUAUUUUUAUUAAAUUAUUUUCAUGUUGAAAACCUACCCACCCUUAAAUUAAAUCAGAACGUAUAUAAGAGCUUUGGUUUCUUUACACAAAUAUCGUUUCAUACGGAAACUAAAGGAUUUCGGUUUAAUUAAAUGGUUGUGCUUUGACAAAACGUGUUUGCCAGCAUUUUUACUAAUGCCAAUAAAACACAUAUGAAAUUAUAGUAACUAGCGAACACAACCACUAACCUAACACAAUUCAGAAGAUUGAACGUCAUCAAAUUAAUAGCGUGCACAGGGGAUGAAGGUUAGUGGUUAUAACCUUCCCUCAUUAUUGGCACUUUAUCGGCUUAAAAAUAAAAAAAAAAUUAAGUAAUUUAGUAUCGAAAUGCAUAUUACAUUUCAGCCAAGUUACGAGGAAAAGCUUUAUGUAUUUAUUAGAAAUUGGCUUUUUUUAGAAUCCGGCUUUUAAAUUACUAGUUCCAAUAGUUUAAUUGGGUAGAGAAGAUGAUUUUACGAUUCUUAUUUGCUUACAUCACCUUCCAUUGAAAAUUCCUGGACACGCCACUACUUCGCAAAAAUUGUAAAAAAAAAAAAACCCAGUGAUGCAAUUUCAAAUAAUUCGAGUAAAAUUAUUAGAAUAAUUUGACGACAAGAGAGUGUAAAGAACUUAUACGAUAUUUCUACUAUUAAAAUGUAUUUAAAAUGGCAGUGAUAUUUUCUUUCAUAUCCGAAAUUGUUUGAUGAAACUAUAGAUCGGGUUUGUCAAAUCCAAAAUCACGAUGUUUUUAAAUUAACAAAAAAAAUGCAUUUGCGUUCUGAUAAAUAAAUCUUUUAUUUGUAUGACUACUGAAACAAAUUUAAAUUGUCCGACUUCAUACUCAGACUAGUUUGAUAAUGGUACAUUCUAAUUCGUGCUAAUUUGCUUUUUUUUAAAUGCAUACACUAUAUACAAUUCAUGGUUUUAAAAACAGAUUUUAUGUAAGAGUUGUUUAUGUAUUUUUGAAUGAUAAAUUUGAAUCAACAUAAAUUUCGAAAUGUGGCAAUUUGUGAAAGAAUUUCACUUAAAACACACGGAUCAGACAUUUUCUCAAUGUAAACUACAUAUUGAUUUCGAAAUAUGGGUGCAUAACACUAUAAAGCAAAUUUUUUCAAACGUACAACUUAUCGGAUAUCAAUGUCAUUUAAGUCAAGCCUGUUGGCGUUAUGAAUGUAUUUUUAAUUUAGUAUUUUAGAUAUAUUAAACAUAUCAUUUUUUAAAUAUGUAUAUUAAUUUAGCAAAUUUAAAUGGUUUACAUAGAUAAAUGCAAAUAGAAAAUUGAGACAAGCAUAUUCGGAUGACACGAAUGAUUUGGUGGGACUUUGAAUUGGCUUCGUAUGUGUGGUACUCAUUUUCGUACGGAAUCGUACUGAUUUAAGAGUCAGCUUGUAAAAAUGACCCUUUUUGCCAAACGUACAAAAUCGUAUAUACUGUGCCGUCACACAAAUGAUACGCCACCACACACCCCCUACAAAAAUGUAAAAGCGGAAUAUCUCGUCAACAGGUUGAUAGAAAUCAGAAAUUUCAAAACUAAAAUUUAUUUAAACUAAUCCCUCAUCAAUUUAUGAAAAUUGGUUUAUAAGUUUCCAUUUGAAAAUCAAAAUUAAGCAGUUGUUUCACUCUUCAAAACAAGAGUGACAAAAAAUAACCGUAAUCUAAUAUUUUAGAGCUACUUAUAUUUCUUGAAUGAACUAAAAACCAAAUUCCGUAAAGUUUAUACUUUCCGAGAUAAUGAGUGUCUUACGUUAUGUUGGUUAUUCUGUAUAUAAAUAUUCGAUGACAUUUCUAACUUACAUAAUUAUUUUCCACCGAAUUACAACGAACAAUAAAAUCUUAUACGACACAAACCAUUACUGUGUAAAUAUUACUGUUGUUCCGGCGUUUUUCUCGGGUUUUCACCAUUAUGAUGAAAACUACAAGAAAAAUUAUAAAAAUAACAUCCUUAUUGCACCAAAUAUGAGACAGCAUUUUAUAUCAUAAACUAUUACCCUUAAAGUUGAUAAUCGGGGUAAGAUUUAAAUUAGAAAAGUAGAUUACAGAUUUACAGAAAAAACCACAUAUAAUAUAAUAGUAACCUAUCAUAGUAGAAUCUGAAAUAAAUAUAUAAAUAAGUAAGUAAAAACUGAAUCUGCAAUAAUGUUAUUAAAUAGGGUUUUUUUUUAUCAACUAUUAAUUAUUGAUUUAUGUUUAAAAAAAAACGGACAUAUUUUGUUCGAUGCGUGGGCUACUGAUGUAGGUGAAAAGUUGGAAAGUAGGAAAAAUCAGAAAGGAAUUUCAUGUAUAUUUGUAUGCGUUACUAUUCAACCAUAAAUCUUUGCUAAUGAAAAACAAUUUUGAACGGAGUUCCAUUAUACAUGUUUUUAUGGUUUUAAAAGGCUGUAAUAUUUAUGAUUUGAUAUUAAAAUUAAAAAAAAUAAUAAUAAAUAAAUAAUGUAACAUUAAUCUCAACUUUUUCUUGUUUAUCACUAAACAUAACUUAUAAAAAAGCACUUGUUAAAUUUGCAAGCAUUUCUGUUUAGUCAAACAACUUUAUCCAUAGAGUUUUACAGAAUAAAAACUACGUACGCAAAUAUAUAUUUUUGUCUAAAUUUCAAGUUUCUACGAUUAUUUCAAAUUGAAUUUUACAGAAAUAAAACAAAUUUGAAAAAUAAUACGAGCAUUAUUUUCGUAAAUUCCUCAUUUUUAUCGGUUUUUCCCAAUUAUUAUGACAUCUGUUUGAAAAAAUUCAAAAAAUUACUUCCUUACAGUAUCAACUAGAUAAAACUAUUUCUCGAGAAAGGUGCUACGUUUGAUACAUCGGAGUAAGAUUUCUGGUAGAAUUUUUAUAUACAGUAUAAAAAAAAUAAUUAAACAUCAUUGUAAAACUAAAACAUUCCUCGCUUCGCUGAGAGUCUAAAAUUUGUGUAUGUGGAUUUGGAUAUGGAAGACGUAGCCUUCCACGAAGUAGGUUGAGUUAAAUAAAUAUAACGGACGCGUCAUUCAUUUUGUUUAAGUCUUUUAGUUUUGUAUAGACGUUUAGUCUCUCUGCUUUAAUUUUUCCAAUUCGAGGUCUGGGCAAACUUUAAUAAGAUUGGUCGGUAACAGGGAAGAAAGACAGAAGUAGGUAUGGGAAAAGGAUGUAACAUCCGCCAUAAAAUAGGGAAUCGUAAAAAUACAAAACUAAUUUCUUUACAAAAAAACACCAAAAUUUACGCAUUCAUACAGAAUUUCGUAAUGAGCUAUCUAACGAUCAAUAAAUAGGGUUUUUUUUUUUAGAUAAAAGAGCUACUCAGAGACGUAAUUUUAGAAUUGAAAAGGUAAACAUAUUUCUAUCGCAUACGGAUUUUUUUUUUUUCAUAACUUUAUACAAGUUUCGACAAAAAUCAAUUGGCAUUUUCAGAUAUAUUUUUAUUUUUAUAUAAUAGCAAAAUGAAAAAAAAAAAAACUGAAAAAUUGUAAUUUGGUAUCUAUUUAAAAUCAUCGCAUAAGUUUUUGUUGUUGGAUUACCAACGACUCGUCGACACAGAUUAACAUCAAAAUUAAAUUUAUAAAAACAACAUGGACUUUACUAGCGAACCGAGCAGCAUAUAUAGGUUAAAAAUCAAAAUUUGUAUGGUGACCUAUAGAAAAAAAAUCUGAAUCUGAACCUAUGCGCGAAGUCCCCGCAAAUGUAUUUCCUGCAGUGGCAAGCGCAAAAUUCGAUUAUGUGACAAACGAAUAAUUCGACUGGAACACGUACCUAUCUAUAUAUUUACAGGAAUAAUAAAUCGGAGUGCCCAAAAAGAGUUUUCUCUAAUGCCGGGUUGUACCAAAUAUUUACACGGAAAUAAACUUGUUUUUCAUGGGGUUAAAAUAAAUUCUGUUGCAUAAGUCACGUUUUAAAUUUUAUCGAUUGAAAAAAUGUACUUUAUCAAAAGUUAAAUUACAGGCCCAUUUAUCGUUAUAUAAAAAUGUAUAUACAGUUAGAUUUCGUUUUCAGUGUUUAGUGUUACUUAAACUUCUGGUAUCUAUAAUAUAAAUCUCUUUAUAUGUCUAUGCCGGUACAGUGAAACUAUUUAUUCGUUAACCAGUAUUCUAGUAAUAACCUGAAUAUUAAACAGUGAUUGAACAACAUAGGUAAAUUUAACACAUGUCAAAAUUUUAAUUUAUUAACCGUCAGUUUGUUAUUAUAAAUAUAUUUUAACGCGGAAUUUAUCAAUAUGUAACGACAAAUUUGGUGCCACCGGGCAUAAAGGCUUGACUGGUAUCCAGAUCGUUAACGUCGGAAGCUAUAGAGUGUACUAAAUUACUAGACAUAAACUCAGGCGCGUGUAAAAAAGGGGGGAUUGAAGUUCAUCCCCCCUCCCUCUACGAAAUUUCAUGAAAAUUAUAAUGAGAGUAGAUUUAUAAUAGAGUUUCAAAAGUGAUUUCUGUGAAUGAAGAAGAUAAAUAGAAUUUUGGUUUUAUUUUUAUUAUUUUACUUGAUAUAGUAGGUAUAAAUUGUUAUUAUUGUCAUUUCUAAUUUGUUGUGGUUUUCCUGCUUUCAGACAAUUAUAACUGAUACUACGAUAUUGCAUAGUCCGCAUUAUCAUCACAAUAAUAUAAAUUACGUUAUCAUUUAGACUGUAUUGAGUAUUCACUAAAAAAAUAUUAAGUGUAAAAUUUAGUAAUAGGUACCUAAAAUACUAAAAAUGAAUGUUAUGAAAUAUUGACAUUUUUAAUGCAAAAUAAAUAAUCUUGCAAUUUAAAGUAUGUAAAUUUCUUUGUUAUAAUAUAAUAGUUAUGUUAUUAUAUAAUAUAAUAAUUUGUUAUGGAAUAAUAUAAGCAGACUUUUAAUAUUAUGCAACAGAAUGUCAAGUUGAAUAUACACGAGACAUAUUUUAUUAUUAUAAUUUGCGUAGUUUUGGAGAAAACCAAUCCAAUAAUGCGACCCUCGAUGGAAAAUUAAUGCAUGUACGCGUGUCGUACAUAAAUGGUUACCGGUAGCUUUUGGAUUAUACAUACAGGGUGUUUUAAUUUUAUCGUGAUUUAGCGAUUAUUUACGAAGAUUUUGAGUGAAACUGGUUUUCGUUUUUUCCUGUUAUUAUUUUCCCGUAUUAUUUAACAAAUUUUCAAAAUCUCACCCUUAUUCUGUAUUCCAUUAACACAUAAUCUUUUUCUCAAAAUGUUUACUAGCGUAAUAACACUAUUAUUUAGAGAAAAUAAUGAGUUACAAUUGUAACUCAUAAAUAAUAAAUCGGCUUUACUGUUAACAACAUAAAAUGUAUACAGAAGAAAUAAGGAAGGGUUAUCAUUUAGAAAUAAAUAUGAAAUUUAUUAUCCUUUCUGACAUUCUUCUGGUCUAUAUUUUGAAUUGUUAUUUCAUCAACUCUGUUAUAACAUAAUAUUAUAAGUGCUGUAACUAACAUUUUUUGAAAACCAUACUUUUUUCGAAAAUGGUUUGAAAACCACGGUGGAAGUUGUUAUUGGAAAAUUAAAAGUUAAUAUCUACUCAUUUAAUAAUUAUAAAUAAACAAAUUUAAAAUAAAACCUAAACAAUUCCAAUGGUACAAAAACAGAAACUAAAUAAUUUACUUAAAAUCGGGCUUGAAAAUUGUUGGAUCAUGAUAAAAUAGUUACACUGUAUAUUAGCCUCCUGUAUUGUCGUCAUCUCGGUACUCUAUAGUCUAUUUUACUUUUAAGCACGUUCUGUAAGCUCCGUAUAAUAAUAUAAUACACGUAUGCAGUAUACACAGAGUUUUUACUUUUUACAGUAAUAAACUCGGAGACCGGAGGAUCGUCUAAAAUUUGAAAACAAUGUGUUCUAUGACAAAAACUAAAAAAUAAUACUUAUGGACGUAUACAUUCGAUAAAUAAUAAUAUAGCAAUUACGUACAUCAAAUAUUUGUGUGUAUUUAGUUUUAAGUUUAAAUUUUAAAAAUUACUAUCGUAUAUCUGCGGGUACUCAAAGUAUAAAACGCGACUAAAUAUAAAACUGAACAAAAUUAUUGAUUUUUGGAGUAUUAUUAGACUUUUGUUUUAAGAUUACAGCAGUGGCCGCUCCCAUCUCUAAUUUCAGCUAAUUUUAAGUUGUGUCAUGAAUAAAUCGGAUCUUUUUUACUAACUGAAAAAGUAUUCUUCGAAAAACUUACUUUUUAGUUAAACGAAUAGCCUUGUUCUAACACUCGGAAUUUGAAAAUCGAAUAACUUAUCUUCGCUACACUCCGAAUUAAAAGUAAAUGGUUAUUAAUAACGUAAACCUAUUAUAUAGUGUCAAUUUAAGUCAUACGACAUCGGUAAUGAUCUCAAACGCCACUAUAGUACCUCUAUACGUAUAUUAUGUUGUUUUUCGUCGUGUCGUAGUAGCGUAGUUUAAGCUUUUACAACGAUAAACAAACUCGAGGAUUGUUAAUAAUUAUUUUUGGCAGUCGGUCGAUCGAGAGUAGUUUCCAGUUGGUCGGUCUUAUAAUACGCAUUAAAUUGGAACAUUGUUGUGUACGCGUUUAAUUUAAUUCAUUUCACCCGUUGUCGACAAAGAGCCCCGGAAAUCCAUAUUCAGCAUUUUUUUUUCAUUCUCUAUAAUACCGUGAUAGUAUUAUCAGUAUCCAUUUAUAAUCGUGCAACCUAAAACAACAAACUACGCAGCGUAAUAUUUUUGUUAAAUAUAAUUUGUGUACGCAGUUCAAAGUAUAAAUCUGUAGUACGACUGUCAAGUAGAGCUCUUGCACAGUCCAGUCUUUUCUGAAAAAAGUCUGGAAAAAUUGCCAUACUGAUUGUAUAAUCAUAUCAUAAUGUGCCGGUGUCAACUUGACAAAUAUGAAAUACCUAUAUGGUUGAUAGUUUUACACUUAAAAUCAUAUUAUUACGCCCUGAGUGAAAUUGCAUGUAAAUCUUGUUGAACGUUUUUAUCUUGUGAUUCUUUGUUUUUUUUUCAAGAUGUAUACUUUAUCUAGUAAAUUGUACAUGGUGCAAUGAAAAUACUAAGAGAGACUGAUUAAAAAAUUAGUAGAAAUAAAUGUAAAUCAUAGAGAAUAAGUUGAAUCCAUAAUAAUAGUAAUAUGUCUGUUCUUCAUUAACGUCAUGAGAGCAUAUUUAAAAUCCUAUGUAAAGUAUUAAUAACUGUCCGUCCCAUUUCUUCCUUCUCUUAGCUCUAUGUACACAUAUAUUUAUGACGGAACAAACUUCUUAGGGAAAGGCUGUGCGUCAUGUACCGCGCCACUAAAUUCGUAUUAUAUAGACACCGAUCAAUACUUUUUUCUUUGAACUAGGAUACCUAUAAAUGAGUGUAAUUUUAAUCAAGGCCAAAUUCUAAACUGUUCAAAACGUAGAAAAAAAAGUCAGAAUUAGAUAAAGAUUUUCGAUCGUAAGACACACGCCCACAAACGAUUUGUAUACUAUAAUAGUAUGCUAUGUAAAAUAGAAUAUAUUUGGUUAUGAUACAAUAUAUUAUUAAAUCGAAAAUCGAAUCGUUAAAUCGUUUUAAAUCGAUGAAAAUUUAUAUUGUGUUCAAAUAAUCGUUAAAGUGAAUAUAAAUAAUACAUAUAUAUAUAUAUUUACAAUAAUAUAUUAUUGUAGUAAAUAUUACCCGAAACGGAUGAAAAUCACGUGUUCUUUCGACAAAGGACAAUUUAUAAAAUAGUAUACAAUCUAUCAAGGGAGACAAUAACGUCACUGUGACUAACGGUCUAUCUCCUUCAACCCCUCUUCUCUCCCCCCCCUUUAACCACAGAUAUUUCUUUUUUCUGACGGCCAUGCUGACAGUUACAGGGUAUUAUUAAUUCAACAAUUCAAAAUAUAUUUAAUUACCCAGUAUAGUUCAAAAAUUAUGUGCAAUAAAUCGUUACAAAUUUACGAUUUUUUUUUAAAUGUAAAGUAAAAAAAAAAAAAAAAGCAAAACAUUCUUUGCUCCAUUGGUGGGCCAUUGUUACAGGUUUAAAAUUGGAAAGAUAGAACAAAAUAUAUUAUAACGCGAUUUAUUAGUAUAUAUCUGUACGAAACGAUAACAUAUAAAUUAUUUCAAACGAUAAAGAUUCUACCGUUAUUGAAUACGUUUUUCCUCUUUCUCUGGUUUUUCUUAGUUAUUAAGAAAUUAAGAGAAAAUCAAAAAAAUAAUCUCUUAAAUACAUUAACUGGACAAAAUUUACGACCGGAAACUACCCUUGAUGAUUGAAACAAGAUUUCUAGAAAAAAAGUUGUAAACAGACAAAAAGAAAACAAAAAAAAAUUACAGUUAGAAUUUAAACAAAAAAUCAUACACGAUUGAUAAAAACCUGGAAUUAAAAAAUUCCGGAACGUAGAACCCAGAAUCACAAUAAUUCGGAACGUAAUAUUCCGGAAAGUAACUUUCAGGACAUAGAAUACGGAACAUAGAAUUACGGACGGAAAUAAUCCAAAAGGUAAAAUUCCGAAAUUAAGUUAAAAGUAAAUGGUUCCUAAAUCUUUCGAAUCAAUAACCUCGUUUUUUAAGUUAGAUAGCCUUCACACUUAUGAAAAUAUUUUAGAAACCAUUGAUAUUAUCUUUGGAAUAACGUUGCGGAUUAUUGUGGACAGGGAAAUUAUAAUAUUGAUUUUUUUUGUUUCGGAUUAUUACGUUCAGAAUAAUUAUAAUCCGGAUAAUUGCAUUAUUGCAUCCCGGGAUUUUACGUUAGAAAUUAGGAUUAUUGCAUUCUGGAACAUAACAUUCCAGAAUAUUACAUUCCGGAUUAUUGCAUUUCGGAUUUUAUAGCCCUAUAUAGUAUCCUAAUAUACAAUUUAAAUCCUCAUUAUAUUCAAAAUCUAAAAACGGAGGUUUAAAAAAAAAAAAAAUAAAUGGAAUAUUAAAUACCUAAUCGUUAAUUUUUUAAAUAUAAAAUUAUUAUUAUAACUUUUCACAACGAUGUUACCAUGAAACUAUCAUUAAAGAAGCAUUUGUGUUCUUUAAACAUUUUCAUAGUCGUCUUCAAAGUCAUCUUAAUUCCAUAGUCGAGGAUCUUUACACCCUACUCUUACAGAAAAUCCUUACCACAGACUUAAAAGCUUAUGUAAAACCGUUUUUUUUUUUUUAAAAAAUUCUUUUAGAGAGGUUUUGGAAUGAAAUAUGAAAUGAAAAAAUAUUAAGUACAAUAUAGUAUAAUUUCCAGUUAACUUAGAAAAAUAUUGUUUUAAAUGCAAUAUUCAUUACAACGUCUACUAUACUAUACCACAUCCGAAUAAGUACUUUCAAGGGAGUUAUAAAAUGUUAUAGAAUAUUGUACUGAACAAAAAAACAAACAAAUAUAAAUUGUAAAACUUCAUGAAAAUAUUUAUGUUUUAGUGCAAAUGGGUAACGUUAGCGUCAAUAUUGUAUACGCUGAAAAUACAAUAAUAUAAUUUAUUGCAUACAAACAAGUACUAACGCUUUUUUUUUUUCAUCAGCAUGUUUGUAAACAUUUCACAACUCGUAUAAUAUUAUUUGUUGUACAAUAAAUAAUACUAAUAUUAUAAUGUUCCGUCUUAAAGGACGUGCUAACUCUCGUAUUUAAAAGGUAACGUAUAGGCAGUUCUUAUCAAUUUCGAAGUUAUGGGAAAAUUAAAUUUUAUCAGCUUUUAUUCAAAUUUACUUUCAAAUCCGUUCACCUGUAAUCCCAUUAUCACUAGUAUUUAUUGUGUAAUCAUGAAAUACAUGUUUACGUAAAACCGUUCCGCGCUUGCAAAAACUAGAGUCAUUAACCAAAUGUUCAUCAUAAAACAAAGAGAACUUUCACUGCACAACGAUGGUUUAAGUUUAUCGAUAUUGCUAUUACGAAAUAAUUUAUUUAAGUUGGAAAAACUUUAGCCUAACAGGUUUUUAAACAAUAAUAGCUUUUUAUGUACUUGUAAUAUCGAAAAAAUAAAAUCAACGUACGUUAUACAUUACGCAUUUUCUUUUGUCUACAUUAAAAAUAUUAUCAUAUUUAGUCUUAAGAGAUUUCACAGUGAAAUUUGUCGUCUCAUUAGCGUUUUUAAUGGGCAACAUAACAAACAUGUUUUCAAAAAACGAGAAAUGCCUUAAAAACCGAUUUUAAGAGAUAAUACACUAUUAUAGAAUCUAUAAAUAAUACCAUUUUAGCGUAUAAAAAGUAGUAUUUUAUUAUUUUGUUUUUAUUUUUUUUAUACCACAGCCUUCUAUCUUUAUAUGGUAAAUAAUCUCCUGUAACUUAAAUAUAAAUUUCAUUUCAAAUUCCCCACGAUUUGAUACAUCUCCCUGAUAAUUUGUAUGGCUGUUGUUUACAUGUUUACCUAAAUUUAUCAGCGAAUCAGAACUUUUUUUAUGAAAUCAGUAAGCUCGAAUCGCCUCCCAAUGUCAACCGUAUCGUGUUUGGAAAAUAUUUACCUCGUACGAAUAAAUAUUUUUAUUUCGUUUUCCAGCAUUAACAAACUUCAUGUUCAACGUAGAAAUAACGAAAAAUUAUUAGACGAUUCUGUAAAAUUUUCGGGGCAAUGUGUCUAGUAAUGAAAAUAAUGAAACAGCCAACAUAUAAGUUUUGGAAAAUGUUAACCCCGCGCAACCAAAUAUGGUGAAAAAAAACACACAACCGAUUGAUUUAGGUAAUAAUAAUAAAGAAAACAAUAAAACGCUAGUGAGGUUGUUUUUAAAAUGUCAUAAUCUACAAAUUGUACGAGUAUUAAAGGUGUUGUGUGUCUAAAACCGAAAACAUGCUUUUUCAACAUUUUUGUUACAUUAACCAUUAGAGACAUUCAAGACAGCGAAUCUAACUGCAACGGCCUCUUACAUAUAAUGUUUAAUUUAUUUUAGUUUUGGUAUAGACGAUUAGAACUAAACAAAUGGUAAUUUUUAUUUUUAUUUGCGUUAAACAUUUUUUUACGAACACCUAUGGAUCGUGUUAUAUACAAAUCGUUGAAUGGAAAACUAAUUUGAUUUUACAUUUUAUAUAUUCCGUACUUACUGUGGAUAUUGGUUAACGAGAAAAAAAAACACAAUUAUGUAAGAAUAAUUUUAUUCGAUUUUAAUUAUAAUAAUAUUAUGCAAUGUAUAGUGUAUACGGGAAAACUGUAACAGCGAAAUAAAUGUAAACGGGUCUGUUGUUUAAUGGGUAAAGUUUGAUUUAUUUUCUUAUUUUAUUGUUCAAUAUAAGUAUUGCACACUAUUUUUCAUAUAAUAAUUAUAACAUCACAAAAGAACUGGGAAAAUCGUUAAACAGAAAUAAUAAUGUAAAAUACUAGUAUAGGUACAAACAGAAAACAAAUAAAAUAACAACUCUCAGUCUCAGUGGCGUAUUUGCGGUGUUACGAAACAUACGUAUAUUUUAAAACCCAAUUUAAUUUACAAUUAAUUGUAAUAAUUAAUAAUACAAGUUAAAUUUGAUGAUAAAUAAUAUUAUGCGUCUGUAGGUACUAGGUAAGUACCUAUUAAGGAGCGUUCACCCAAAUAAAUGGCCUUCUUCACCUUUUCACCCGUAGUUUCACGUUCAAUAUUUUGGGAACCAAUUAUGAAAAUUAAUUACCUAUGUUAGAUAUUAAUUUAUUAUAACUUACCAACAGUGGCGUAUGCAGGAUUUUCAAUGGGAGGAGGGGGAGACGUAAAAAUAAAUAAUGACUCUGUUGUCAAAAGAUUAAGUUUGAAAAACAAACUUGGUGCUUUCUUAGUUCUUAUUUAUAUUAAAAGUAAAAUAUUCACAAAAAAUAUGAAAACAAAAAAAUACAUUAAUAUUUAAGUAAUCAUAAAAAUAAUAGGUAAUGAAAUACAAUUUUACUUUUACUUUGUCCAUUCUAAGAACUGUAGACGUUUAGGUGAGUUUUUAAAAAUUGUUGAACUAUUUCAACUUCGGUAAAUUCGUUUAGCUUCUGAGCGGAGCGAGGAAUGUAUGAUUUUAAAAUGAUGUUUAUUUUGCUCCAAUUUUUAAAUGUAGUACUUUUUAUGAAAUAAAAUUUGACUGAGAUGGUACUUUAGGAAGGUCAUUUUUGAUUUUCUCAGGGGUUUUUUUAAUAAAUGGGAAAAACCGAAAAAAAAAAUAGAAAAAUUUACGAAACGUUUUAUUUUCAAACCAUACAUAUUACGACCUUUCAAAACAUAUAUAACCGAAGUCCGCUCAGAAUUGUUUUUCGUUAUCAAUGAUUUGCGUACAGAUAUACAUUCAAUUUCCCUUCUACCUUUCCAACUUCUCACCUACAACAGUGGCCUACCUAUCAUGCGAAGUAUGUUCACUAGUUUUUUUUAUUUAUGUUGGCUAUAGUUAAUUCAUUAAGACGUUCUUCCGUCAUAAUUGAUCAAUCAUAUCUAAGAUCAUAUGUAUGAUUUCAAACGUUUUAAUAUUAAAAAUAUUCUCUCUGGUGACACUGAAGUAAUUUGCAAUGUUGCAAACAGUCUUAACAGUACCUGAAUAUUUGGUAUAAAUGUAUACAAUGAAAUAGUGUAUCAAUAGCUGAUUGUUUUUUAUCAUCCCUGUCAUUCUGCUGACGUCUCCACAUAUGCAGUUCAGCUCUAGGACAUAAACUGUCAUUAUACGAAAGUUCUUCAUUAUAAAUGGUAGCUGUCUUUAAAAUAGAGUAACCAUCGUUAAAACUGUUGGAAUCAGUUUAUGCAGUGGCUUAGCAUCAAAUAUCCUAUCAUAAAAUCAUAUGCAGAGCUUAAAUUAUGAUAAUUAUGAAAAAUUAUAAACAAAAAAUUAUAAGUGCACAGACAUUCUAAAAUAAAUUUCUGGAUCUGUAACAUCUAUAAUUAUAUGAUGAUUUUCAAGCAUUUCUAUUUAGUUUAUUAAUUUGUAUCCAUAAAGUACCUACCAAAUAAAAAUUACGUAAAAAUCUUGCAAAAUUAAAAUGUCUAUAAAUAGCUUAAAUUUUUUGAGAAUUUUACCACGUCUAGAAAAAGUAAAUAUAAGUUUUCUAUCAAAAUUUCAAGUCUUUUAAACUGAAUUACAUUAAAAAUACAACAUUUAAAAUAAUAAAAGAAUAAUUAUUAUUUUUGUAAAUUUUCCCGUACUUUCUGCAUAUUUUUCGGGUUUACCGGUAUAUAUACAAUAAGGAAAAAACCUCUCGGAGAGGAUAUGCAACCUCUGUGGAAUUUAAUUCACUACUAAGAAGUGCACUACGCCCCAAGAACUAUGGGUAAAGGGAAUGGUUUAUGCUACGAUCGCGUAGUUUCAAAGGUAUAAUUUAUAGUGAAGUAUAAUAUAUUAGUUAUUGUUUAAUACUUGAUUUUCUAUAGGACCUAAUAUUCAAAUUGUAUACGAUAUAUCUCAAGAAUAAUUUUUGUUUUGUGUUUUUGCUAAUUGUACUAGUGUUCAAGGCUGGAUCAAGGGUUCAGUGGGCCUUUUACGUCGAAUUUUGAUGGGCCACUCUUUAUAUAAAAUAUACAUGUCUGUAUUACAAAAAUGUUUAAUGAACAUUUUCAUGUUCUUACAUAAACGUGGCUCCUGUUCUCUUUUUUCGGGUUUACCAGUGGUGAUGCCGGUGUUUCAAUUAUAGGUAGGUAAUCUAAUUUUACAAUUUCUACAGUUCCAAUAUCAAUCGUUUCAAUCCACCAAUGAAUACUUCAUUGCUGAGUCUUGAUCAGUGGCGUUUUCAAGAAUUUCCAAUGGUGGGGGAGGGGUUGUGAAUAAUUCCUAGAAAAAUGUAUAAGGAGCUAUUGGCACACACCCCUCUAGUUAUGAUGUUUAGUAUUAUUUUUAAUAAUUAUAAAAUAAUAAUACAAAAUUUAAUGCACUUUUUAUUUUUUAUAAUAUAAAAUCUAAUAUCCAAGGGUUUUUUGCCAGAUCAUCUACCACUUCCUCAGCUGUUAAUGGAACCCUUCCAUGAAUGGGUAAUGGCUAACAUUGUAAGCUCAAUGAGCAGGGUCUAAAACAAUUAAACAGAUACACUUUAGUACUAUAGUUACCAAUAAAUUCAAAAGAGGUUCCUUUGUCAUUGUACUCACAAAUAACUUUUGAGUCGAUUAGGACAUGAAAAAGUUCUCUUCGGAGUUGCAGUAGAAACUGGUAGUGUAUACAGCAUUUUUAACAGGCGAUAGAUAUUUGGGAACAUCUCUUCAUUACAUAGUCGUAACGUUUCUAAUGCAUUUUUCGUAUGUUCCUUAUUUCGAUCUAAUUGUUUAUGCCAUAAUUAUAAUUCAGAUUUUACAAUUUUAUCAAAUUCUUCAGAGUAUAUUUUAGAAAUUAAACACCUGAAUCCUUGGAAAGAAAACGACCAAUGAAGCGGGUGGAGGUUGAACCCCAUAAACACCCUCUGUGAGUAAGCCCAUUGUCCUAACACAAAUGGAAAUCUAUAAUAGAUUUGAUAAAACGGAUGUGACGUUUUAUUGGGAUUAAUUAACGGCGUCGAAUCAGGAAAUUUUAUAAAAAUGAUUAUUACCGUUUGAAAAUAUAUACAUAGAUUAAAUAAUAUGUUGUAAAUUUAGCUACACACAAGUUCUUUGAUAUCCAAAAUUUUUCAUAGUGUGUUAAAAUGUUAGAGGCUCGUCUCCAGUCCUUUUUAUUGCCAUGUUUUCACGAAACAAGAUCGAGACACUGUCGUCGACGCCGAGUUGAUAUUCGUUUGUGGCCAUAUUAUAAUAUAGGAACGAUCCGAAGGCAAAAAAAAAAAUCGGGUUACCGAAUUUGUAAAAUAUUCCACGAUGGGUUAAAUUCGUUUAUAUACUAUGGAACGCAAUCAUUAAGAUUAUUGGUUGUAAGAUUAACAAGAUUUAAUGUGAUAUAAAUUCGUUUUUACUGUAAUAUAGAAGUAUAAUAUAUUAUAUUAUACUAUUAUAUACUCUAGAGUAAAUAUUUCGUAAAAUGUUGAUACCUAUCGAUUUCAACGCACAUUAUAUUAUUAUUAUUACUAAACAAAAUGUAAAAGUUUUAACGAAAGUUGUUUCUUUUAUAUUAUAAUAUUUUAAGCGUCUCUUAUUUUGUUCUCGUUCUCUGAGAAAAAAAAAAAAGAACCAAUCAAAACUUUAUUAUUCACUCACAUUCUCUAUGCGGGCAACAGACAAUUAUAAAACUUAUAAGUAGGCAUAUUUGUAAUAAUAAUAAAUCGCAAAAUAAAAAAAAAAAAUCAAUAAUUAAACCAACGGGUUUGACAAAAGUGGAUCUAGAAUUUAAUAAAAUAAAUUUUAUUCAAUACUAAAAAAUAAAUAUAUUUAAAAAUUAAAAUUAAAAAUAUUUAUCUAUAAAAAUUGUAAGAAUAGUUAUUGUAAACGAUUAGGGACGCUUAGAUAGAUCUAUUUAAUAACAAUUUAAUGUUUUAUAUAUUGUUACUUAUAAAUUUUUAACCUGGACGUUAGGUCAAUAAAGGAAGGUUUCAUUCUUAUGAUUGCUAUUACGGAUUUUAAACUUUGAGUAAAACUUUAUGACCCGUGAUACUACAUCAAAUUAUUUACUAACGGACAGAUGAUCAACGCGUAAAAUAUAUUAAUAGAUUAAGAUAUCAAGAUAUCCUUUGCUCCAUGAGUCCAGACGCCACCAAUCCUGAACUUUUUCAAAGUAAUAAAACUGCACUAUAUCAAAUUAAACGGGCAAAACAAAUGAAGGUCUAUAAAUCGGUCGAUAAAAAAAAAUUGGUUUCUACAAAUGUAAUUUUCAUAUUUUAAGGAUUCAGUUCAUGUGUAAGCCCCAUCUGGGGGGGGUUAAAUUUCCUAUUUAACACCCUUGGAUGUUGGAACUAACCGUGAAAUUUUCACCGAACUCGAUCGAGUAGUUUUUAAGUCUAUAUUAUAUUAUAAAUAAUUGUGGUUACUUGUACGAAUGAUAAGAAAUAAUACAAAUAUAACAAUCGUUUGGUGAUCGAUUUGAUAGGUUAGAUAUUUCAAAAUGAAUUGUAUAAGGUUUGGGGAGGUGUUCAAAUGAAAAAUUCAUUAUAACAAAUCUAUAUAAAUGAAAUAAAAAUAUUUCUGACAUAGUGUUUGAGUCGAAUAUGCGGAUGCUAGUGUGACGGAGCUUCUUCGAUACACUCAGAGUCUAUAAAUAAAUUAUUGUUUAUCGAGUACCUACCAUGUGACACGUGUCUAUGCGAAAUGAAAAUAAUAUUAAUUUUGAACUCUAUAAUAAUAAUGUUAACGAUUUUUACGUGCAUAUAUACUGAUAUAACUACGACUUACCUACGUCAUGACGAUAUUUAAAAAUAAAAAAAAGUCGCAAUAGAAAUGAUAAAAGCGGCCUUGUUUAUUUAGGUGUCUGUUUAUCGUGGGACUCAAGGGGAAAAGCAAACACUCUAUUUAGAGUUAUAUUUUGCGAAACCGACAGACUUGCGUUUAGUGCCAAUACACAACGCGACAGCAAAGGUUCAAUGUUAAACCAGAAAAAAAAAAAACGAAUAAAAAUUAAAUUAUUUCAUUAAACUUUUUUUCGCCAGUUAUUAAUUCGCGACCCGUAGAAUUCCAUUUGUUUUUAUUCUGCGUGAGAAUCGCAAGUUAUUUGUAUAGUUUUUUUUUUUUUUUUAUGGCUUAUCCAAACCAUUUUUUUUUCGAUGACGUUUUUAGAAUUAAAUAAUUAUACCGUCGAUGUUGCAAAAAAAAAAAAAAAAAAUACCAUUACUGAAAGGUACAUUUGAUAUAUCCAUUCAGUUCUUUUAAAUUUAUACGCGUUUUAUUUUUUGGUUUUUGUUCAGUUUUUUUAUUUUUUUUGGUUUUUUAUUGUACGGCCACUCGUACGAAUAUAAUAAUAGACAAUAGUGAAUGUACUUUUAGAGCAACGCGUGAUGUGUUUGCUAUAAGAAUUAUACGGGCCAGCUCCCAGUAUUUUUGUUCGAUUGUAAGGUUUUUUUUUUGUUUGUUUUUUAAUUAGAUUUAUGGUAAUUUACUUUCCAAUGUUUUUACGUAUAUAAUAUAUGUAUAAUAAAAGCACCCGAUUUAGAACACGACCGCAGGAACAGAAUUCGGUUAGGGUUCUAUAUUAUAUUAAUAUAUGCGGAAUCAAAACAAAGUUUUGAAAGUGUCGAAAAACCUGCGAGAAACAAAAUAGCACAAUAUAGGUAUAUUGAGGUAGUUUUGGGACAACACGAAUACCGUGGACAUUUUGAUUAUACAUUAAAAUGUCACUUCAAGGUUACUUCACUCGCUGAAAAACGAAAAUACUGUUUCUGUUAAUAAACGAUUUUCAUCAUGGCAUCGGUGAGAUGAAGGGUUAUGUGAAGGGGUUUGUAUUGUUUAUUUAUUAUUAUUUUUAGUUUAUGUUUGUACAAUAUUUAUAAUUUCGGUAAAAAAUAUGACUAGGACAGUCCCAGUCAAAAAGGGAUUUUUUUCUAAUAGUAAAAAUGCUCCUAAUUGUUCUCAUCGUACCUCAAAAGAAGCGGCAUUUUUUGACCGGGGGUACUUUAUUUGAUUACAUUCUCAGCAGUUUUUCUGGAAAACUAAAAAACAGUCAUCAAAUGACGAUACAUAAGUUUUAGCUUUGAGUCAUACAUUGGCUAUAAAGGCAAAAACACGACUAAUAACCUUAUGUUCUACAAUACAAUCUUAACAGUUUAUUAAGUUCUACAUUCCACUCAAAAUUGGUUUUUUGAUUUUAAUAAUUAAGUUACCUUCAGUAUAUAAAAUAAAUAUAUUCUAUGUAUGUAUUAUACGUUCCAAACUUUCAACCUUUAAUAUUAUGCCUGCCCUACUAUCUAUACUAUGCUAGAUCCUAGAUAAACCUAUCGAUUUUCUGUAUGGACGCAGCUGAUGUUCCUAAAACUAAAAAUAUUACAUUUUAAAAGAUUUAAAUUGCAUUAUUAUAAUAAAAACAACAUUGGGAAGGUAGAAUACAUAAAGUUAUUUAAUUUCUAUCUGUACGCAACGAUAAACCUUUGCAAACGAAAAACGAUUCCAACUAUUCUGAGUGAGAUGAGGGUAAUAUACAUGUUUUGACGAUUUUCAUCAAAACAUAAAUAGCUAUAAAUAGCUCAAAAAAUACCAGAACAUUUUAAAAAUUUGACUGCGUCUAUAAAAAUUUAUUAUCAGCAUGUAAUCUGUGAAAAUUAUGUGGCUCUGUGAUUAUUUUUAAUCGAAUUAUAACAAAAAACAAAAUCGAAUAUAGUGAAACCGUUAUUGCUGUAAAUGUUGCCGUUUUUCAUAAUAAUGCCAAGAAACCUCGCGGGUGACAUCGAGAAAUACCCGAGUAUUCCCUAACUGAGCAGAAGCACGAAUGUCCUUCUCCAGUUAUGGUUCGUACUUCAUAUUACCUUGACAGUACUCCGUACCUAAAUUGUCACGCAAAAUAUAAAUUAAAAACAUAGCAGCUCUGAAUUUUCUACAAACAGAAUAGUCCGGAAAUAGUACGCUACGCCACUAGCUAUUUUCCACCUCCUUCAACCUAACCAAAUCCGUGGAACAUGUCGCGCACCCGUCGGGGCUUUUCUGGCCCGCUGUCAAGGUACGUGUCCAGGAAGUAAUCGACAUCCGGCUCCACCUCGGUGGCCUCGCCCGGGCUGUCGGCACCUGCUGCUCGACUGACCAACUUGCCAUUGGCGGCGCCAAUGGAUUUUCUAACACGCUCUUAUUUUAACGUCGUAUACUUUUCUGUGCGACGUGGCCAUACACAACACUUCUAUAGAAACGACAACAACAAAAUAUGCGUUAGAUUGAAAAGAAUUUAACGUAUACGUACUUAUUAUUGUUAUUAUUAUUAUUGUUAUAUUAUUGUCUAAUCCGGGAUGUCUGACACAAAACAGAUAAGACAAAACAUUAAUCGAUAAGCACUCCAUGGUCGAUUUUUUUUUUUGAUUUUUCUAUUUUCUAAUUGAUAUUCUGUCCGGUAGGAUAAAAAUUACACGGCCCUAAGUGAUCAUUUUUAUAAAAAAAAAAAAAAAAAAAAAAAAAUUGUCAGACGCAACUUCUGCUCGUAUUUAUGAUAAUAUAUAAUUAUAAUUGAAACGUACUAAAUAUUUAAUUAUUUUAAUAAUUCGCAGCAGUACGGAUAGCUCUCAGGGGUAGAGCACAUGCGGAAUGGCAGGUAUUGGUCAGUGGAGAUCGUUCUGCGGUCAAGGAUGAUCAAUAUUUCAUCGACAACCGUUCUCUAAUCUUCGGAAAAGGUAAUAAAAACGACACGACGUUAAUUAUUAAUUACCUUAACUAUAAUAGUAUUAACUAGGUUUUUAAAUUUAUUUAUAGUUGUUAUAUACACGACGAAUGUUCAUAAUCAUUACGUGCUUACUUGUGUAAAUAAAACGAUACAUACAGGGUCUUCCAAAUUUUAUGUUACAGUCAAAUUUUCCGUGAAAUAAUUAUUUUCAAAAAAAAAAAAGAUUUAUGUAAAAACUCUUUGAAAUAAUAUGUCCUAAAAUGUUAUGUUUUCCCCGUUUUUUCACCUUUAUUCGCCGUUUAAAUUACUACCUACCCGCUUUUGAUUUUCAAAUAUUAACCGAAAUUAAAAAUUCCAUAAACAAAUAAAGUUUUAGUUUAAAUACAUUUUGAUGUUAAAAUGUUUAAUUAACGCCACGUGCCGCAACCAUAAUAGAAAUUGAGUUUUUUUUAAAGAAAAAAAGGAAAAAAAAAUGUUUUGAAAAAUGAAAAACAUUUCAGAAUAUAUUAUUAUUCCAAACAAUUUUUACAAGCCAUUUUUUUUUUUUUAAAUAAUUAUUUCAUAGAAUAUUUGAUUGUAAUAUCGAAUCUGGAAGACUCUGUGUUUAAUGCAAUAUGAUAAUAAUAUCUCAUAUUUUGGUUAAAAACAAAAUUAAUUUGCUCUAAUAGAUCGACAAGAAUGCAAAGCACAUAUUUUGCCUCGCGGAUUCCAUCACUUCCCGUUCAAAUUUCAACUGCCCCAGAGCUCGUUGCCAUGUUCGUUUGAAAGCAAACCCGGUUACGUUAGAUACUACAUCAAGGUAUAUACGUAUAUAAUAAUAAAUUAUACGUGUUUACAUUUUUUUUUUUUUCAUCACUCAACUUUCCUGCAGGUGACCCUCGACAUUCCGUACGCAUCGCCACCCCAAGGGAUGAAAUACUUCACCAUCAUUGGACCGCACAUAGACUGCAUGGACGAUCAAUAUCUGGUAACACGUUAUUUUUAACGAAAACAUUUUAUCGAAAAAUUGCAGUAAUUUUAACUUGGGUAUUCGAAAAUGUAAUGGUCAAGAUACUUGAAAAAAGUAUCUAGAUACAAGUUACCGGAAAAUAGAUACAACAAUUUUUACCUCCAAAUACAAUAUUAUAGAAAUAUAAUACAUUCAACAUUUAUCAAAGAGACACUGUAUAGCAGAGGUUCCCAACAUUUUUUGACUCACGGCACCCUUAAUUAUUUUCUAUAAACCCGGAGGCACCCUAUGGCCUAUAUGGCCUAUACUGAAUACGCAAUAGUAAUAUAUCGUGUAUUUAAAUGUAUAUUUUGUAACUUCGGUUUUAUUUAGCUAAGUGCCUUAGUAUAAACAAAAUUAGUAGGUAUUGGGUAUAUACCCAAUACCACAUAUAUGGCAUAUAUGGCCAACACAUAUGGCAUUUUACAAAACAAAUUAUUACAUUGAACAUUAACUAUAGCAAUGGAUAGCAAUCGAACCAGUAUGGAAAUUAAAAUAGAUCGCAGUAUCACUAUGUACAAACUAUAUGUAUUAUAUAAAUAAUAUAUUAAAUUAUAUUUUACAUAAUUAAUUAUAAACAAUAAUCUGUAUACUAUAGAGUUUAGUACUAUAGUCUGUUUUAUUACUCACAGUGCUAUAUUUUUCAAGAAGUCGUCUUUUUGAAAAAAAAAUAUAUUUCAAAUAAUUUCGCGGCACCCUAAGUUUAAGUUCGUGGCAUCCUGGGGUCCCGCGGCACCCUGGUUGGGAGCCACUUCUAUAUUGAAUAUAGAUACUAGAUAUAUUUUGUUUUACCUUGAGAUGCAAUAGAUACGCUGUAUCUAAGAUACAAUAAAAACAAAAUGUAAAAUAUUUCGAUAAAAAUUAUUUUAUAAAAAAUACACGAUAAUAUUAUAUUAGAUUAAGGAAAUGCCAUAAAGUAGAACAAAAAACUGACUUUAAAUGUAUUAAGUAACUAUAGUAUCUUUACAUAAGAAAAAUUAAAAUAUACAAGAAACAAAUAUACCUAUCUAAAAUACGUACCUUACAACCUUAAAUAUAAGUACCUAAGACACUGUCCGUCCCUGUUUUUAAAUAUGAAAUUACGAAAUUUAUAAAUAAAUUCACCCACAAUUGUGAUACCUUUUUCGUUAGGUAUACUUCUACAUAUUUACUGUUCUUUUUUUUUCGUCCGUUCUUGAAUGCAUCGGGCGGAGCACAUCAUGUACGCCCCGUGUUUUAGCAAACGAACAUGAAUGAUGGAUGAGAGUAGAUCGAUGAAAUCGGCAGACGGUAUCUCUCGUAUUUUAAUUUUCUAAAGAACAGAAAUUUCGCGUACCUAUGCAUUUAAUACAGAGAAGAUAAUAUAUGUAAUUUGUUUUUUUGGCAUUACGUUUUAUUAUAAUAUGUCGUACCUAUAUAAACUAUAAUAAACUGUAGAAUACUAAUACGAUAAAUAUUAACUCACGUGUAGUCGCGCACACUAUGAAUAUAAUAAUAUUAUAAAACUGAUUAUUUCCUAUUGACAAAUUUCGAUUUUGUCAAUUUUACGGAAUUUGCACAGUUAGCGUUCAAAAUACAGCAAAACAUCUCAAUACGGUUUUUCGGUAUCUCUGAUAUACAAGUAUAAUAUAUUAAAUUAAGUUUGUAAAAUAGAGGAACAGAUAUAACCGAAUGCGACGUUUUAUACACUCGUACUGUAUAUCAGCGACUAUCUUAAAAUAAUAUAGGCAUGUGUCUUUAAAAUACAGUACGACCGGCUAUAGCUAUAUUUCCCAUUCAAAAACUAAACGCAAAAAGGAAAACGGUAUAUCCGUAGAAAAUUGAUGUCAGCAAUUUAUAAAGUCAAUAGUAACAAUAUAUCAGUUAGGAUAUUUCUAUUUAUUUUUUUUUCUGUUCUUGUUUAUUCGGGAUUUUCAUAAAUUUUUUCCGAACCGCACGUGUAUACAAACAAAAAUGUCCGCGUAACGGCCUUGGGUAACUACAUACACAACUCAAAUAACAAUUUUACAAUAAAUGUUCUUUUUGGGCUAAGGACUGGAAGUCGCCGAUUUUAAAUUUUACACCUACUCAAAGGUAUACUUAAUCGGUAAAUCCCUAUAUAUGUUAUUAUGCUCUAGAAAUUAAUGAUGCGGCGUGGAAUAUUUUUUUUUUUAAUUAAAUGUUUCAAAAUAUCAAUAAUAUUAUUAUUAUAGUAUUGUGUAUAACUACGGUAUCUAAAAAACAAAAAAACAAAAAUGAUAAUAACAACGAACUUACGAUCAAAAAACCAAAUUAAUAUCCAAGUAAAAUAUAAACUAUGAUUACUACCGUAAUGUCCGUAAUUAAUAUUACCUACUUAACCCGUUUUCGGAUAAUAGUACACGUCAUGUCGUAUCGAUUGAUUGAUUUAUGAAAUAACGUCGCAUUAAUAUCAAUUAAUCAAAAUAGUAUAAUAUAUCAAGGUGCAUUGAAACAUACUAUUAAUCCACCUUGGUACAUAAACCGCGUUGUAAAACUUGUAAUGAUUUUCCUGGAUUCCCGAAAUGGUCUAAACAUCACUUAUAUAUAAUAAACAAAUCACUUAGUGUGUUUACCCAAAUUUGUUGGUUAGAUUUUGCAUACAUUCAAAUUCUGAUAUUCGGAAUUUUUACAUGUAAUUUACACCGGAUAUUUUAAAAUACUUAGACAUUUAAGGAGUAUUCUGUGGCGAUACUAGCUUUGGUUUUUCAAACGAGAACCUAUAUCGAAAAUUCCAUAAAUAUACGGAGUGUUACUUAAAAUAAAGUUUAAUUUCCGACAACCCGUUGACGAGAUAUUUCACUUUUAAGUUUUGUUAGGGGGAGAGUAGUGGAGUAUCAUUUGUGUGGCGGCAUGGCACGUGAUGUUUUAUUACUAGUCCACUAAAUCUCAUUUAAAAAACCAAAGUCAGUAUCGCCAAAGAAUACUUCUUAAAUGAUGUGAAAAAUCUAAGAAUCCGAAAAUAUCGGUUUUAACUAUACACUUAAAAAUCAGAAUUUGAAUACGAGCAAAUUUUAACCAAAAAAAUUGGAUGAGCGCACUUAGUGAAUCAUCCUGCAAAUUUAUUAUAUUAAAAUAUUUUAAAUAUAUUAUCGAUAUAUUUACAGAAACAUAGGUGAACAACGGGCCAAUAUUAUGUAAUAAAAAAAAUCAUUAUGUAAGUAUGCGUGUACACGUAUGCAUUUUUGUGACGUUUCGUUCAUGAGACUUUUAAACUACCUACCUAUACACAGACCAUGCAUAAUAUAUAUUAUAAACAAACGUGCAGUAUGAUAAUUUGAAACAAAAAAAUAACAAUAUAUCAUCUACAGGUUUAUUCGGGAUAUUAUAAAAAAUCGAUUAUACAAAAUAAAAUGUAAAACCCGGGACAAAAAGAGAGGUUAGGUUAGGUUAAUCCAACCAACUCUAUACUCUGACUUCUUGGAUAUUUUUAGCAUUUAAAAUGCGAAAUAGCGUUGUUGGAGAUAUUUCUUUUUUGUCUAAAAGAAUCAAUACUUAUUUGGUGGACAAUUUUUAAAAGUAGUUGGAACCUUGAAAUGUAAAAAUGUAUUUUCUUUUUUUCUUAUCUAUACACGUUUAUAUGGAAACUUGUGAUGUUGGAGAAAUUAUUUUUUUGAGCAAAAUUAUUAUAUUAAGUUUAUUGAGCUUUUUAUUUGAGAUUUUUGUGGAAUAACCUGCACAAUUUUGUUCCAUUUAAUCGUGAUAUGGUGCAGGCACGUACGCAGGGAGUGUUUUGGGUGUUCAAACGACCCCUAAAUCUAAAACGUCACAAUACGUUAUAAAUAAAAAAUAAAAUUAAAAUAAUUUACAUAAUGCAGUCAUAUUUUAUGUACCUAUUUUAUGUAUUCCUAACAUAUCGGUUACAUCCGAGUUUGGGUUCCAGACCUUAGUGGUUUUGACAAGUAAUUGGGUUCAAAUGGAUUUUGGUAUUAUAAAUAAGGGUCUACUAUUGUUGGGUCUCGGAUUUCUUCAACUAAUACUCAUAUACUAGUUGAGACCUAACGUUUGCCGAAAGCAUCCCCUCCUUAUUUACGUUACAUUACUUAAGUAACAUCUUAAAAUGGUUUUUAUAAAAGUUGUAGUUAUUCAGGAGUGCAUGAGUAAACGCCACAAUUCGGCCAUCCGUUAAUCAACAGGUGUUAGAAUUGCGGUUUUCCCCUGUAUUUAUUAGAAGGGUAAAGAAUUUGAAAGUUCCCUCAUCUUAGAUUCAAGGAAAAGAAAAAUCCAACAAAUAUUAUUAAAGAAAAUAUUUAAUGCACAAUUAUUUUACUAUAAUAUAACAUAUUACUUGUGGACAAAACAACACUAUCACUGAACUCCGCUCAGAAUCGUAUUUUUGUUGGCAUUGGUUAUCGUUGCCUAUAGAGACACACAUUAUAUUCCCGUCUGUAUCCUACCUUUCCAACUUCCCACCUAGAAUAGUGGCUGCACGUCAUGGGGACGGCCAUUAUUCUGGGACAAAUUUUUUUCAUGUCUUCCAUAAGUUUAUUUGUUUAUUGUUUGGAAAAUGUACACACAUAUGAUAAAAUUAAAAUACACAUUGUAGAUAUGGAAAAAACAACGAAAAUAAUUGGUUUGGCUAUCUCUGUUUCUAUAAAUAAUUUAUCUACUUUGCUAUUUUAUUAUUUUUACAAGUAUCAGAACAUUUUUAUUAUUAUUAUAAACUUCUAAAUAGAUUCUUUUGAACAUUUUGUCUAAGUGAUACUUUAAGGAUGUCAUUUUUUGAUAUUUCAAACGGUUUUCAUGAUAAUUGGGAAACAACGUAGAAAAAAUGUACGAUUGUAUAUAUAUAUUGUAUAUUGUAAUAAAAUUGUACAAAAUAUAUUUAAUAAAUAUACAUUAUAUCUUAUAACUCGAUGCUAAGAGGACGCUACACUGGUAUAACAGGCUAUUUUUACCCACUUAAUAUAUUUACCCUUUCCUGUUGAAAAUAUGCUAGGAUAUUCUUACUCCCAGUAAAAUUAUCCUGAAUUAUAGUAACCCCUCCCCCUAAUAUUUCAAGGGGUUAACAAUAUACUGGUUAAUUAUUACCCCUCACACUUUAUUUGCUACGUCCAAUCAUUUAUAAUAUUGUAUUAACAUUUUGUUCAGCAGAACCAUAUUCUAUUCUUAGUUCACCAAACAUUUUUGUUUUUCCAUUAUGUAAAAUUAACAUAGAAAUGUUUACGCCCUCUCGUCCAUUUUAUUCGUGUACGUAAGAAUAAUGUACUAUGCAUUUACCUCCAUUAAUCAAUUUUAUCGGGAAGGUUACAACAAUGUAGGAAAUACUUAACCUCUUUUAUGCAUUUUUACUAUUACGUAGGGUUAAGUUAGAUUAGGUUAAUUAGGUAAAAACCUAAGAAAAACGGGUAAAUUUACGAAAUUUAUUAUUUUCAAAUCGUAAAUAUGUAAAUAUUACUCGUUUAUGAUCAUGAAUUAAUUAAUAAUAAUAAAACUGAAAAAAGUACGUGGUUUUGGAAAAUUUUAUGUAUUUUAAAGGGAUCACUAUUAAUUUAUGUCUCGUUUUUAGACGAUAUUUUAUUUAAAUUAUAGAGAAGAGAGAGAAAAAAUAAGAGGAUUGCACAGUAGAAUUUUUCAAACCUAUGUCAAUUGGUCGUGGUAUACAUUUAUCGUGGGUAUAAUAUACGACAAAUUUUUUUUUUUGGGGUCGCCAAAAUAUUUAAAAAUUUUGAUUUCAAGUUUUGGCACUUGACUUGAGAAAGAUUCGCCACUUCUAUAGUACACUCUUGGUCGCAUUGUUAACUGGUCGUAGUAUAAAUUUGCCGUAUGAUUAAUAAGUCUCAGACCUUUUCGUCGCGAAAUAUUAACAUUGGUUUAUGUAACAGUAUACAAAUGGCUAAAAAUAAUUAUUACCUAUGUAUUUAUUUAUUUAUUUAUUCACUUAAAUUUAUUACCUAGUCAAUUUCAGUACUUUAUCUUUAUUAUUAUUAUAGGUAUUAAAUUAAAUGAAUUAUACUAAUAUAAUUCUUAUAAAAAUCGAAAAGCAUUCUAAAAUUAAUUGGAUUUUCACAAAACUGAUAAACUCCGAUUUCGAAAACUCAUCAUCAACUCAUAGAUUAUAUAUUAGUCGAAUGUAUUAGUUUUUCCUAUAUAGUGCAUCCACAUUUCAGUUAUCCGUAAUAGACUGUGUGUAGUGCAGAUAUGUAGACUAGUGUUAUACUGUAUAGAAGUAGUUACUAAAAAAAUAAUAUAACUCUAGAUUUAAUAAAAAGUGAAAGAGGUGAAGAUAUAUGUGUGAGGGUUUUUUAUAUCGUUAUGAGAUCUACAAAAUGAAGAAAUGCUAAACCGUCGAAAAAUGAUUCAAUUGUGCUGGAGUAGAAAACGAAAUAAAUAUAAUGAUACCGUUGAGCCGCUGAGAGAAUAACCAAAAUAUGCCAACGAUUUAUUAAAAAAACAUUCGAUGAAUAUACGAGUAUGUCAGGGAUAGCUCAUGAAAUAUAAAUAUAAAUAUUAUUUUUUCAAAAUUUAUAAUAUUUUUAAGACAAACGACAACGGUAUUGUUUUUACACAAUUUACAUAUUAAUUUAUUCAUAUUUAAUAUUAGUUUACAAUAUUAUGUUGUAUUACAACAUAAUAAUUUUGUAUACCUGUUUGUGGAGUUGCUCACGAAAACUUUUUUAUUUGACGCCAAUAAUUUCAAAAAUUACCAAUUUAUCAAACGGCUAAUUAACCGAACGACCAAUUUUACCACGACCUACAAUCGACUGUACCCCGAAUUUGUCAUCUCUGAAGUUCAUAUCUCAUUAAUAAAUUUUGAACUUGAUGUUUGUUAACUUCGCAUUUACAACAAUGACCUACUUAUUAUACUAACUGCAAUAUAUCGAGUAAGAGGAACAUAGUAUAGCGACGAUAUAUUAUUUAACACCCGCAAUGGACUAAAUGGCAAAUGCUUUGAUGACGUAUAGGCAAAGAAAUUAUUUUAAAAUGUCACCUAAAUUACUCCAAAUCGUUCAUAAAGUCGGAGAAUUGGAUCAGGUUUUAAAUGCGUAUCCAGAAAACAAAAGGUUACGCCGUCACAAAAUAUAAAAAUGUCUUCGGAAUAAGAGUAAACAAAACAAUAUACUAUGCAAACAAAUAGACGCAUUGAUAUUCGAUUCCAAGAUAUUGUAUAAUUUAGUGUCCGACCAUAUUAUAAUAUAAACUGUGAAAUAUAAAAAAAAUAGCUGGUCCUCGAUAGAAAGAAAAAUAAAUAACUUGUUCAAAUAAAUAUUUAAAAAAACAAUCUAAUAAGAUGUAAUAAACUAAAUAAAUUGAAACUUUAGUACUAUAGCAUCCCUCUUAGCGCUAAUUUUUUUUUUUCGUUUGUGUUGUUUUUUUUCUAUGUUAUUUUUUUUUAUACUCAGUAAAAAAACGAUUGAAUUAUCUAAUAAAACAUCCCGUUUGUUUUGAAAUAGCCAAAAUACAAUAAAAGCAAACAGCGUAUUAAUUUUAUUUUUUAAACCGACAUUCGAGAGUAUGAAACUUUUUAGAUAUAUUUUUUACAAUGCUUUCAAAAUUGUCAUUAUAUAUAUGUAUACAAAACAUAAUUCUUCCGAGUGAAGGAAUUAAAAUUUAAACGAGUUAUUAAAGUUACCUACGUCGUAGUAUAUUUAUUUUUUCAUAUGGAUUUACACAAUUUCCAAAGCAUCGAAUUGGAAAAUUAAAAAAAUAAAUCAUCUUUUCGCGAUCAAUAUUGGAAAUAUUUCGUAAAACUUUUCGAAUAUAUUUACUGUCCGAAAUUGUGACAUCGCUGUAAAACCAUUUGCUCCGUCAUCCAAUUGCUCGUGUAAUUUAAAAUGCUCCAUAUAUAUUUUCUUUUAGUUCAGAAUUCGUUAAAUAAACCGCAAAAUCACAAAAUAGUAUUGCCUAUAUGAUUCAUAUAUGUAUGUUAUAUUUAAAACAUAUCUGUGACCCUUUUCCUCCAAAAAUAUGAUAAAACUGUUUGCCACCACUUUAUAACAAACUAAAUCUAGGUCAUACUCCUUCAUCAAAAAUAAUAAAAUGUUCUUUACUAUAGACAGAUAAUGUUUAUAGAUAAAUUUUAAUAUGCAAAACGAUAUAUUUCAUUUUAUUAUAUACAAGUAAAAUUGAUUUUGGUUUUUAGUUUGAUUGGUUUUAUUUUUUUUUUUGAUCUUAUUCAAAUUAUGUUCAAAAUAUCACCCUUAUUCCGCAUGUACACUAUAAACACUUAUCAAAUAACAUUUGAAUAUAACAAUUAUAAUAAAAAUCAAACCGAAUUUAAAAACAAAACGUUUUUCCAAAAUUUUAAUAAAAAUUGGAAAAAUGCACUAAAAUAAUUAAAAUAUUACUAUAAAAUCAAAAAAUUCAAAAUAAAAUUUCUUAUUCGAAAAUACAUAAAACAAAUUUCAGCUAUAUCCCGUAACACGGUUAAGUUAUUCUCUAAAUAAUAUAGAUUUUCACACCAAUUAGUAGAAUUUAAAACGACUGUUACUUAGAAACUAUUCAUCGGUUAUAAAUGUGUGAUACAUUAAAAUUUUCAGAAAAAUAAUUUUUAUAGAAUGACUAUCUUAACAUUUUCCGAAAAUAAUAAAAUAAAAAGUUAUUUUCUUUAAUUUUUUCAAUAAAAAAAAAAAUUAAUUAAAAUAUAAUUAUUUAUAGUCCUCUUCCUUGUAAGUAAUAUAUAUAUAAAAAAAAAAACAGAAUUUGAUUAUCUUUUUUAUUUCCGAAGAUAUUCAAGGGAUGUAUCUUCGUGGGACAGCCUGUAUAACGCAGCAACAUUGGAUUUAACAUCAUCCUAUUGCAUCGGUCUACAUUUUAAAACUGUUCUAAACUUAUAACUCAAACACGAAAUACAUAUCCGAUAUAAAUGUUAGAUGUAACAACAUUUUUAGAAAUAAAUUCCUGUUUCGAAUUUGUAUGUUGAAAGGAGGUGAUUGAGCUUUAAAAAGCAAAAGUUAAUCAUUAAAAUUGUAACGAGUAUGUGUACAAAACGUAAAAAUAUCGCGUUGAAAAUAAAGCUUCAACAUUAGCAUUUCAAUAACGAUUGAAAAAAUUAAGAAAUCAGUAAUAAAAUUGACUUAAUAUCCUCCGAGAAAAUCGCUGGAUCAUGAUGAUAAAAUAAUCAUCCAUUAGCUGUAUAGAAUAAUACAAAGGAAAUUGUUAGAACAGUCAAGUUAAAAUAUUCCUCGCGUCGUGUCGAAAAGCGCCGUUUGAACGAUUUUGAAUUAAAACCACUCGCAUUUUAUACACGUUGGGACCUCCGAAGAAACGAUAUUGAAAUACAAUCGAAUAUAUUAUAUAUUAUACUGCAUCUAACUAAUAACACAGUUUCGCGAAAUACACGUGAACGCUUUUGAUCGCAACAAAGGGAACGCACGUAUUUUAAUUAAUUAGUUAUUUAUUUCCAUGUUAUAAACGACAUUUCUACUUUGUUACUUUGUGUGUUUGUUUGUGUCUGUAUAUUAUACUAUACAGUAAGUAUUAGUUUGAAGUUUUGAUUCAAUUGAUAAACUUACGGGUUAUAGGUUACAGUAUAUCUCGACGCAUAAAACAAUUUUAACUAGAAAAAGGCUGUGACAGUUUGGUGGUGUUCUGCUGUUUUAGAAGGGAUAUCAGAAAGGAAUAUAUGUAUUUAUAUAUAUAUACAUAGAGCGAGAGAGAUAGAGAGACAGAGAAAGAGUAAUUUAACUUAUAUUUUACACAAUAAUAAACCAUUUCUAAUUCGUUUCUGAAUAGAGGAUUAUUAAUAUUUUAUUUAGAAAAUUGUGUAAAGUUAUUUUUUAUUUUUAGAAACUAAUAAAUGAAUAUAAAAAUAAGAUUUUUCUUUAUGCAGACAAUCUUCUUAAGAUAAAAGCAGAUAGAAAAAAAAUUGAAUAUCAAACGCUCUAGAUAAGUCUGUCAAACGCGGUUGGACGAUUGCUUUUAAAACAGUUAAUAUGCUUCAUAUGGUUUUUAAUUUUUUCUAAUAUUUUCAUUUAAAAUUUCAGUGUAGGACGAAUAAUGGAAUUGAAAGACAUUUUAGUCUACAUGGUUCAUUAAGGACAGAGCAAUUUUGUUUGAUCACGCCUAUUCACUUUCGUUUAUAAUUUCUAAAUCUUUAUGGAGAUAAAAUAGUAUAUAGUUUCGAAUCAAAGAUUAGAUUUCAAGAAAUUUGAUAGGACAUAAAAUUGUUAUAUUUGACAAAUUGGGAUCUUUGAGUUAAACAUGAGUUGAGUCGUGAGUGGUGAAAAUAAAAGGUCGGCAGAUCCAAAUUUUUGGAUGCAUCAGAACCUAUACCAGUUUUAAUUCGUACGCUUUCUUAUUCUUGAAAAACAUAAAUUAUUUAUAGCAACGGGAAUAUUUUCUUUUUACAAGUAGAUACAAAAUGCUGGGUAAAAAUAUUAAUGAUGUUUUGGCCACCAUUGGUGGUUCUAAAAACAAAAAUUAAUCGACUCCUCUGGAAACACACAAAAUAAUGAAAACUGUUAAAAAAAUGGAUAGCAACAAGGUAUUUUAGUAAUAUAUAAUAUACUGUAUAGUAUAGAUGUAUACUCUAUAGUAGAUGAACUAAAUUGCUCUAUAUACACCUUCCAACUACCCACCUGCAUCAGUGACCUACCCGUGAGCAGUAUCAACUUUUUUUAAUUUAUCAAUUUGCACUUGCUCAACCAUAAUAAUAAUUUGCCGGUGGCCGUGGUGAUUGCAGUUUAUUGUAAUUUACAGCGCUACCUACUAUAUUAAUAUAUUAUAAUAUAUAGGUGCGUGCAGCAUUUUAAUAAAUCAACGCGUACAGACGAGAUUAUAUAAUAAUAAUAAUAACCCGGAGCUUGUGUAAAUUAAAAAAAAAAAAAAAAAAAAGCCGUUUGGAAUUUCGUUAACUUUUAAGUUUUAAUUUAUGAUUGUUGUAGUUUAUAUUGUAAUUAUUAAUAACUUUUUUUUUUUUUUUUAACGCGAUAAUUGGGUCACCGCGUGUGUUAUAUUAUUAUAAAUUCGGUAUCCGACGAGAAAGGCAGUGUCACAUCAUCGCAUAUAUACAUUUUUUACUAUGUGGUUAUUUUUUUUUUUUUUUCAUUCACUCGGCGGCUUGAACGUAUACAUAAUAUAAUUAUAUUAUGUAAACUGCAUUUUCGUAGAUUGAUAGACCCCACUGAAUAAUAUAUAAUGUAUAUUCGUGUUUUUUUUUUUUUUUUUUUCAUGAUUGCAUACAUUUAAAUUCUCUUCUGCGUAUAUUAAUCGAUUUCAAAAAAAAAAAAAUUUUAAAAAUGUGCACGUGUAGGAUGAAUAUAAUAAUAAUAAAAAUAAUAAAAAAAAGUAAGUAAUAAUAAUGGCAAUGAUAACCCUAAACGAAUAUGCGACGCAGGGUCCCGUGAACUCGUAGUCGUAUACACGCACGGAAACCAUUUUGUAGUAUGUAAAAAACUCGAUACAGUUAAUUUUUUAUUUUAAAUCUAACAUAUGAGGAAUUUUUACGCGUGGUGUUUUACGGGUAAUUUAUAUUCCGACGUGCUAAUCAGAAAUCAGAAUCUAAUAUUAAUAUAUUAUGCGUGAAAAAAAAAAUAAGUAAUCAGCGUCAGUCUUCAAUAAUAUACACCGCUUUAUAGCAAUAAUUAAUAAUUACUAUAAAACUUUAUAAACUUAGAACAAACGAUUCUAUAAUUUUUUUGGGAAUUAUACGAUCGCGUGGAUCGUUUGAAUUUUAGGCGUUACGUUUCUUGAGUAUCGUCUGGCCGUUGCGUAUUAUAUAUUACAUAUUAGUCAUGACCUGCAAUCAAAGCGCUAAUCGAAAUCCAAAUAAUUUAUUUGAUUUGAUUUAUUUUUGCCAUUUUCGUAAAUUUUUGUUUUCGCCCAUCGCGCGUCGAGUAGUCUUACUAUAAAAUUAUAUGCGCUUUUUCCGUGUCAGCGAACAAGUUUUCGACCAAUUGACUUGCUCUAAUCGGCAACUUCAGGGGUGAUUUCUGGUGCUGAAUAUCGUAUAGUACGAGUUGUUGACGAGUCUGGGCGGUAAUCUGUCUUUCAUUGUUGUACACAACGAUUUCAGUUCAUUUCGAUUGUGUUAUUUUGUUGUAGUUCAUUGAAAAAUAAUCGUAUAAGACCAGAAAAUUUCACAGAAUACUUAGCAACUUUUAAACGCGGUGCAAUUUUCAAAACAUUCUAGGCUUUUUGUAUAGCUGACUAUCGCUAUUUGAAAUUGUCGAGUUUUUCUUUUUUUUUGGUUUUUUGUGGGUAACAUAUUUUUGAUGUUUAUCUGUAGCCAUCAGUUAUUUUAAUAACAAGUAUUUGAAAAGAUCAUAUUAAUACGAGUGUGUCGACGAAAACAAUAAAUACACGGCAUUUUCCUUACCCAUUAGGAACUUAACUAUUCUUAUAAAUACACGCUUUCCGUUCAUGUUGAAUUAAGUUGAAAGUCAUAUUAUAUCUUACUUUCAUAAACGUUUUAAAUUUAAAUGAAUGAUAAAAUAUUUGUCAAAAAUAGUUGUAAUCUAUUUAUUUUUUCACAAAUUAAUAUACAGUUUUAAAUAUAUAUGUUUGAAACAAUAUUUAACAAAAUGAAAAGUUUUAGCUCAUCUAUUCAGAUUAUCAUCGUUUUUCGUUAGCAUUAAUGAUUUAUGAAAUAUACUAUACACUUUACAGUGCGCAAUAAAAAACGAUUUUGAGCGGAGUAUCGAAAAUAGUACAGUAUUAGUUGUGUUAUUUUACUUGUUACUAAGGUAAUCUAGCAGAAACCAACAAAAAUCUAAAAAAUAACCAAAAAGAGUCUAAGGAGUAAGAGAUAAAAACUGAAAAAUGUCGAUAAAUGUUUCAAAUUAUGUACCGUACCUAUCCUACCGGGUAGAAUUUCCGUAUAUUUUGAAGUACCAACUGAAUGGAAAAAAUUUGAACAUUAGUCUAACUAAAAAAAAAACCAUAAAAAGCAAUUAUUAAAAAGAACAUUGGGAAUUUUUAAAAAUGUUUCCAUUAAAAUACCACCAGUCAAACAAUGUAAAUUUUUUGAGGUAUAAUAAAAAUGUGUUUCUACUAUUACUAAUAGUUCUAACUUCAUCAUCGUACUUGAAUCUAAAACCGGCAUGUCAUAUUUUCGUCAGAUUUUUACAUUUUUUAAGAAAAAUCGUAGAAAGUCUAGAGACAUAAUAUUUUUCAAAUAAGUAUAUACAGUGAUAGGUGAAAAAUCUGUAUCUUUUAAGAUAGGAGAACAAUUUAGAUUAUUUGUAUUUAUCGAAAGUGUUUUCCGAGAGAAAAAAAAUUACAUCUAAGUAAAACUCAUAAAGCUUUUCGCUGCACUCGUAGUCUAACAACGAUAAUACGCCGCUAAAAAUAUUACCCUGUAUAUUGUAAAAAAAAAAAUGAAUUACAAUAAUUAAAUUGCAUAUAACUAUACGCUAAUGACUCGGGAACUCGGCGAUGCCUAAUUUUAAUCAAAAUGAAAUUAUAAUGUGGUUAUUAUAUGUUUCCGAGGUUUGGCUGCUGCAAAUUAGUACGGUCUAAUACAAUUUGUUUACAUAAUAUAUAACCUAACCAAAUGCAUAAUAUUAUGAAAACGAGAUAGUAUUUGUUGUUUUUUUUUUUUUUUUUGUGGUAUUCAAAUUAUUGUGUACAGCGAUAGUCACAGUAAAAAAAUAAUAAUCGAUUGAUUUUAUAUAACAUAUACCUAAAUACCUGUAUAUAGUAAUGUAUUGAGUUUUAAUGUAUUAUCUAAACGCGUACAAAUAAAGAAAAACCAGAUGAAUUACAUAUAUUAUACACAGGUACAUUUUAAAUAACAGAAUUUUAAUUCACUCGCGUAUACAUACAUUUCAAGUCAUAAAUAAUAAAUGUAUAAUAGCAGGUAUAAUAAAUAUAUAGUAUUAUACAAAUUUUACUAUAAAAUGUCGUUUUGUCUAAAAUUCCCUUUCGAAACCCCGAGAAAGUAAUUUAUUGCACAUAAAUAUGUCUGCUAUAUAAUAUGGAUAAUUGAACCAUACUAAGUUGGUUCACUAAAAACGGGUAAGUAUAUAUAUAUAUAUAUUUAUAAUAAAUAUUAUUUAAAAUAAAGGAUAAAAACCGUAUAAGAUGGGCGGGAAUUUUGGAUUUAUGUGGGUUAAAAUGAUGACGACUAAACCGUAGCGAGGGUCAAAAUAGAACAAAACGUUUAACAUAUUUUACGGGUGAUAAAAACUUGACAUCCGGUUGCGUAUUUACAGACCCUAUUCGAAAGGAUAUUUUAUAGAAUUUUCACUAGGCGCAACAUUGCGAAAUAAAAUUGAAAUCUAAACGAUAAUUGAACCCAAAAUGAUUAUUUUUUGUAAACAAAUAAUAAUAAUAAUAAGUGAAUAUUUUUAUCGACUCUUUUCGUAACAGAACAGUCAUUAAAAACAAUAAUUACUAGACAAAUUUGUGUCACUUAGUGAACUAAGAGAAAAUGUCCACAGUAGAGUACUGACAAGUAGGUUAAGUUUUGUAAAACUCUCGAAACUCUUAAAACUAACUCGAAUACGUUUCUGCUUAGACCGAACUCAGAUAAGGUCUGUAAAUACGCGACGCUGUCUGUAUACAAAAGUAUAUUUGAAACAUCUAAAAUAGGAAAAAAACGGGACAUUACAACUAAGUCAUUCAAAUUUGAUUCCAUUUUGAAAUCGGUGAUAAUGUUUUGUAGAAACCAAUUGGUGCGCUGGAGAAACGGACAAAAUGCUUUUUGUGUUGCAAAAGCAAUCUAGUGGUAUUGCAGUGUUUACUGGAGAGGUCGGCGUACGUGUGCGGCGAGGCGUUAAGAUUAAAGGCCAACAUAAAAAAUCAAAACCAAAAGGACAUUAGGCUUAAAAUCAGAUUAUUCCAGGUAAUUUUUUGUUUUAUUAUUAAACUAAACAUUUCACAUAUACUAACCACACAUUAUUAUCUUUGUUUGUUUAUUUUUGUUUUUUACAAAACUUUAAUAAUACCUAUCUUUAAUUAAUUAAAGAGCAUUUUUUAUUUGUGUUAAAUUUAAAAUGAAAUAUCGUUACGCGACGACAAACAUACAAAACAAAUAAUGUUACAGAUAAUAAAUACGUAUUUAUUUCAAAUAUGGUCAAACUCGAGUCUAACAAAAAUGUUAAAAAUAUACUAGCACAUAUACAGUGUGUCACAUCGUGAUCGACGGAUUUUUGUUGCGCUGUUAAUAUAACAUUUUUUUGAUUUUUUUUUUUUUUUUGUUCAAUCGGUUUGUCUUCAAAGGGACGUUAAUUUGAAAAAAAAUGUUUAUUUCCAUCCACUGAAGACAAAAAAAAAGGAAUUUUAUUUAUUCACUUUAGAAAAUUUUCAAAAGAGCCAUUUUGUAAAAAAUAUUAUUCAAUCAAUUUUAAUCACACAUUCAUAUUCGAUGAAUAAUUUCUUAGGUAUAGCCGUUUUAAUUAGGCGUGAAAACAUUAAAAAUAUUCAAUAAAAUAACACGUUAUGCGAUAAGGAAUUACAAUCAGCACGAUAAUUCUUAACCUUCUAUUGAAAUUAAAAUGGCUAUGAUUUGGAAACUAUUAAUCGAAUAUGAAUGCAUGGUACAUUAAAAUUUGUAGAAUAAUAUUUUUUACAAAAUAGCUAUUUUGAAAAUUUUGUGAAGUGAAUAAGUAAAGUUAUUAUUUUUUUUUAUGUUUAGGGGAUGAAAAUAAAAAAUUAAUUAUUCUCCAAAUUGAUGUUCCCUCGAAGAAAAACCUAUUGAAAAAAAAUUGAAGAAAAAUCGCCCAAGAAAAAUCCAUCGAACACAAUGAGGCACAUUGUAUACUGUUCGUAAACAUUUAUACUAAUAUUAUGAAGACAUAAUAAUUGUUUUGUAUGUUUGUAAAUGAUAAGCUCAAAAACUACUUAACCGAUUAUUUACCGAUUUUUUCUGUAUAUUUGAAUUAAACAAUUUAUAAAUAUUUUGUAUAAUAAGUUAAAAUGUUAAAAUUAAAGUUACAGAGAAAAACUGCGAUACAGUAUUGUUUUUCUUUUCUAGAGCUGAGGCGAUUGAGUUUGUUAUACGGACACACGGUAUACUUGAUGAAUUGUGGAAUGACGGUUUCGAAAGUUAAAUUGCGUGUUAGGAAUAGUUUCCGAAUUAUUUAUAAUUGGGCUAAUUCUUUUAAGAACUAAUUUUUCGACAACCUUCGAGAAAAGAGGUAGAAGACUUAUUGAUCUAUACAAAAAGGGGAUACCAGAGGGUUGCCAGGUUUUGAUACAACUUUUAUAAUUGAGAAUUUCCACUGAUGCAGAAAGUAGGAUAAACGGAUAAUUACAUUAAAAAUGUACGUGAGGAAUAUUAUAGCUUUCUUUGGAAGGUGUUAAGUUACUUUGUAUGUUAUGAAAUCAAAGUCAGGAUCCUCCUUUUUUGAGAAUGUAACGAGCAAUAUAGGACUUCAGCUGCUGAAGGUAAUGCUUUGGGACUAUAGUCAUUUGCAAGGGGGAAGACAAGAAGUUUUCAAUUUCGUUGGAGAAUGCAGGGUUGUUAAUAUGUCUAUGAGGUUUAAACACUUCGGUUAAGUAAGUUUUAAAGAGUUCUCCUUUUUCUAAGUCAUCAAUAGCGCUCGUCUUGUUGAGUUGUUUUAGAGGAGAAUAUGAAGAUUUUUCUUUAAAGACUUUUUUUAUGCUUUCCAGAUUAAUCCAUCUUGGGUGGAUAGUGAGACCUAUUGAUAGUUCGUGAAUGAUUCAUUUCUUCAAUUAAUUAAACAGCAUUUUCUAUUUUUGUUAAAUUUAAAACUGAGUGACAACAAACAUACCAAACAAAUAAUGUUAUGCAUAAGUACAUAUUUAUUUCAAAUGUGGUCAAACUCGAAUCUAACAAAAAUUAUUAAAAUAUACUAACACUAUACUUUCGUAAACAUUCUAUACUAAUAUUUUAUGAUACCUUUAUAAUUAAAUCAAUAUAAUAAUGUCAUAUUUUUAUACUUUGAAAGCGUACAGCAAAAACUAUAAAGUAUACUACUCUAAAGUACCCACACUUUCGAUCUAUUUAAUUAAAAUAACAAGAUUUUCCUCAUUAUCUCGAAUACUAAUAAGAAUUUCAAAAAAAUAACCUCUUUAAAGUACCAUACAGAGAACAUUUCCUUUCAGAAAAAGUGCUAUACUUGAUAACUGGAGAAAGCUUCCUGGUAGAAAAAGUGUUCACAUAAAAAAAAAUAAUACAAAGUAAACAUCAUUGUACAACCAAUAAAUUUCUCGCUCAGAAUCUAAAAUCUAUUCAAAAUUAUGAAAAACAUAUGUCGUAAACACAUUUUAGAUUCUAAGUUUGGCGAAGAAUGUAUUGGUUUUACAAAAAUGUUUAUUAUUAUUUAUUUAAAUUAUCUUUUUAUGUGAACACUUUUUCUACAAAAAGCUUACUCCGAUUAUCAAGUAUAGCACUUUUUCUGAAAUAAAAUGUUCUCUGUGUGGUACUUUAAAAAGGUAAUUUUCUAAAAUUAUCAUUAAUAUUCUAGAUAAUGAGAAAAUUCUGGUUCUUUAGAUUAAAACAGAUCGAAAGAUUAAUAAUAAAUUUAUCAUUAGCAACCGUUUUUAUUUUUUUUUGUUAUUAUUAUAUUUACAUUACUUUAAUCAUUGUUGUCAUGGAAACGCACAUUUUUGUAAACAUUUUACCAUAAUAUGACAUAUAUAUUGUUAGCAAAGCAACACUAUCAACUGAAUCCCGCUCAGAAUCGUUUUUUCGUUAUAGCAUUGAUUAUAGAAUAUUCUAAAAUCAAUGGUUAUAGCAAUGAUUUAUCGUUGCUUACAGAUAUACAUUAAAUUCCCAUAUGUAUCCUACCUUCUCAACUUCCCACCUACAACAGUGGCUGUACCCACGUGCGAAGUAUGUCCGUCUUUUUUAAUAGGUAUUUUUCAUUACAAUAAUAUAUCAUUAAUUUUCACGUAUAUACUUUAUACCAUCGCGUCAAUAAGGUUUCAUAAGGGUCGGUUAAAAUACAUUUAUUUGCGCACCAAACAAACUCGUAUAAUGGGGAAGAAAAAGGUUUUCGGUUGUUUUUUUUUAUUUUUUCAUUCUAUACGUUUCAGAAAAAGUACUAAAAAUUCGAAUUCUACGAUAAGUGAACCAAAAUUGAAGUACGGCCCCAUAUAUAUCCUCGCCGGUAUCCCAUAGGGAUUUACCAUUUUAAAGUGGUUAAUCUAAUCUAUAAAAUAUAUUGUAUACAUAAUAUUUACUUCUAGGACUUUUUUAGAUAAUGUAAAUUAAUGUAACAUUGUAGCUGAUAAUUAAAUUAAAACUAUUGUAAUAUAACAAUAAACCGAUGUAGCAUAUGUACGAAAUACAAAAUGUAUGUACACAUUGACGCAACCAGAAUUCAGGAGUAUUCAUCAUAUUGAUACUUUUUAUGAAUUUCAAACAAAUUUCUCGUCAGGUUUUUGAGAUAAUUAAAUACUAAAUAGAUGAAGUGAACGACAUCUACGUAUUCAAAAUUAUAAGGGAUCCCUAAUGUCCGUAAUUUCAAUAAGAAUUAUGCAACUAUACGUAUGAAUUACAUAGAAUUUGAAAAAAUCUUAAAUUUCGGGGAAGAGGAGGGUUAUAAUCCCUCUGGUUGCAACACUAUAUUAACGAAUUAAAACUCGUGUUAAUUUGAUAAUAUUUUAUUCAAAUUGGGUCAGGGUUGGUGGUUUUAAAUUAAAUCUCAAGUACGUAGCUUAUUAUUAUGUCGAUGCGACCAUCGUCCGUAUUAAAACGUCAUUUACCUCCCAUCGGACACAUAAUAUUAUAUUGUACAAUAAUUCGUUCGCAUUAUUCACUUGAAUUAACCGUUCGUAACCUACAUUCAUCAAAAUGUAAAGGACAUCUUAUAAAUAAUAAUAUUAUAUUAUCGUAUUAAAUAGGAACCUAUAUUUCCCCAGAGUGGACCAAACGAAAUUGAACUAACACACCCCCGCCACCACUCUUCCUUGGAAUCCUAUUAUUAUAGUUCGUUUGAAUAUUCUGUAGAUAACACAACACAAAUCGAUUGGUGCCAUUAUCAAAGAUCCGAUCUGAAAUAUAUCGCGUAAAUAUUAAAUAAUAAAUAUAACUCUUCAGAGUAUUUACGGUUGUUUUUAGGUAUCUGCAAAUGAUAUAGUGUGUAAAAAAAAAAUUUUAUCGCUUUGCUCGCCAACCUUUUGUUAAUUAAAUAACGCUUUUAUUUUAAAAUCUUAAGCCUUGACUGAAUGGCCUUUAAUAAUUUAUUAGCGUCAUCAGCCCCCUGCUAAACUCCAUUUUGAACAAGCCGACCGAAAUAUUAAUAUCACCUGGGCGUCACUCAUUUGUACUCGAAUACCUUUUUUUUUUUUUACUUUUAAAUAACCAUUGGUCACUUAAAAACGUUUUAUUUUGGACAAUAUAUGAUAUAGUAGGUAUUAUACCUACGCUGCAUACCUAUAUGAUACGGUACUUUCGUAGGUAUAUUGUCCGGACUACCCGCUUUGGAUCGAAAACCUUACCUAUAGCUAUUUUUCCCCCAGGUUUUGCCAACUAUUAAAAAGACAACAAGGAAUAUAAAAAAAUAACCUCUUCAAUGUUUGGUGCAAGACGAUAUUUGCUACCAGAAAUUACCCCUUGAUGUUGAUGAUUAUACUCAAUCAUUACAUACUUAUUAUAGUAGCCAUUUCUAAAAGUGGUACAAUUUUCAAAACAUUCUAGCGGUUACUAGCGAUUUGAGGUAUCUAGGUAUUUAAAAAUGUUCUUGAUUUUUUAUUUUUUAUUUGGUGUAAUGUGUGGUGGAUAUUAUUUUUUGGAAGAAAUGGUUAAAUAUUCAACAUGGGAUUUUUCGUAAGUUGUAUAUAAUACAAUAUAGCGAUAAAAAAAAAAACCGAGCGUAAUAUAAACGUUUUAAGUUCUCAGAAUUGUUUUUCGACAUCAAUGAUUUAAAUCAUUGCGAACACAUGUAUUUAUAAAUUUAAAUUUAAAUAACUCUAUAGGUAUAUCCCAUGUAUCCUAACCGUCCGAAUUCGCUCUUGUGUAUCUUUUUUGUUUCAGAACGUUCACUAUUCGGUGGACCGCGGCAUGUUGGGCGUGAAUCAAAAGGUCGUCCAGCACUCGGUGUUGGAGUAUGUUGGCGAACCAAUACACACCGGGUGCGAGUCGCAAUGGGAUUCCGCCGAGGGCCUGGUCUUGCCGGUCAUGCCGCCGACAUUGAUCGGCAACUGCCGGCUGUUACAAAUAUAUUACGUGCUCAAGGUGAGAUGAAACGUGAAACCCUAAACAAUUCGUUUUCUUGUCAUCGAAUUUCCCAUCUCCGCCACACUGUAGCGUGUCGUCGUUCGUUUCACAGGAUUUUGUUGUUCUUACUUACCUAUAUUCGCGCCAGCACAAAUAAAUUGAAAAAAUCGUGUCCGCGAUUAAUACACGUCCCGACCGAACACAGGAGUGAAAUUAUUUGGUGGGCGGGAGGGCAACGAUGGGGACGCGUGCGCAAAAACUAAUAGGUUAUGUAUACAAACUAUAAUGUUCAUAGAGUAUAAACACAGUUAACGCGCGUUUAAAGCGUGUAAAGUUUAAACAUUUUUGGUUUGUAUACGGGUUUUUUAUUUUCUUAAUCAAUUUUAACAUUUUGAACACGUCCGUAAUCUCUUCGAUAAUAUUUCACUGAUAAUAAUACAAUAAUAUCGGUACAUAUUCUUGAAUCGCCUAAAAAUAUUAUAUUCGACGAUAUUUUGGUAAAGUUUAUCAAAUUUCACUUUUUUUUCAGAAAGCCAAAAAAAUAGUAAAACAGUUUUUAAUGAUGUUUAUUGCAAGAUAUACAUGCAUUAAAUGUGGAAUACGCCCUUUUAAUAAAACACCAUCAAAUUAUACUAGACACAUUCUAGUGCAUGUACAAACUAUUUACAUUUUUACCUAUGUCCCAUGGUCUAAAACUAUGGAGAGCACCAGAUUAAUUAAGAUAAUUAAAAAAAAAAACAAUUACCUAUAAUAUUUCACUUUAAUUCGUCCAAUGUUAUCCUGAACUUAGCGGAAAUAUUGCCAUUAUGAAAAUUAAGAAAAUUAGGAAAAAGUUCAUAAUACCAGCUGAAUGAAAAAUGUUGGGGCCAACCAAGGAUGAUAGGAUAGUGUUGAGUGGAGACGAAGGAGGAAGAAUUUAGACGCCCUAUUCCAAAGUACAAUAACAAAACACAUAAUUAUUGAACGUUCUAAAACACGAAACAAAAUGUUCAGUCUAGUUAGUCAACUUUCAUGAUCCGAAUAUUGGUUUAGUUUGCACUGGCAGUCCUGGUCCACUAAAUUUAAUUGAAUCAUCAGUCCGAUUCAGUCUAAACAAAAAACUUAACAGUCGUCAGUUCGGUGUAACUACGAUAUUUUGUCUGACCCGGUACCUAAAAUAAUGAAAAGUGCAAAACGCUUUUAGAGUUUGAUAGAGAAAGCCAGAGAAAAAAGAAAAGCACGUACUUAUUCGUUGAAACGUUUUCAAACAAAUUUGAAUUUAAUGGAUUAUCGAGUUCCGUGCGUUAAAUGUAUUACCUACCUAGACUUUAGGGUAUGUACAUUAAAUGACACGACUUGAUCAGUAAUAUAAGUAAUUUAAUUAUUUUCUGGCGUAAAUCAAUUUACACUAUACAACAAUAUUAUGACAUUACAGAACCUACACAAACUAAUUUCUCGAGUUCCGCGUGUUUAGAUAUGCAAGUUGUGUAAUCAUUUUCUUUGUUUCGUGAAACGUUUACAUACCUAUAAAAGAGGAAUUUCAAAAACUGCACUUUCAUUAAAAUCAAUUAAAAUCCUAUUUAAAUAUUGUAUAAAUAUAUGUGUCUAAAAAAAUAACCGAUAUAUUUGUAGAUUAGGUUAAGUUAAUAAAUAAUUUGAAAACUAUACUUAGAUACCAGAUAAUUUAUAAUAAAAAAUACAAAAAAAAGCAACUCCAAAGAUUAUACGAAAAAAGAAAGAAUUUUUUAAGUUUAUAAGAUUUAAAAAAAACCAUUAUUGGACAGUAAUUAGUCUAAAUAAGUAAUAAUUGAAGCAUAGUAAAUACAUACAAAAGUACAAAUAGUGUGUUUAAUUUCUAAAAACUAGAGAAACUUAUUGUUGUUAUCCACCACAGACUUAAUAAAUUAAGUGUCCAAAAUCUGAAAUAUUGAGAUUGUGUAGAAAAUAUAUUUUUCAAACUGUGUUAUAAGUUAUUUUUAUUUUGCACGAUGCAUUCUUUAAAAAUAAAUUGAAAAAAAUAUACUAAAAUAAUGGAGAUGGGUGUAGCCACUGUUAUAGUAGAUAAUUAAAUGUAUACCUGUAAGCAAAAAAAAAAAACGAUUCUGAGCGGAGUUCAAUUGAUAGUAAUGCUUUGUCAACAAUACAUAUGUCAUUUUAUAGUAGAAUAACUAAACAGGCUUUAUAUAUUUUCUUUAAUAAUAUUUGUUUCAUAUUGUAGCGGUUUUCCCCCGUAUUCCUACGUUUUUCUCGGUUUUCUCAUGUUUUAUCCCGGUUUUUCAUAUUUGCUGGGAACUCUUGAGGAAAUCUAAAAAUGACCUCUCUUAAAUACCUCUCCACGCCAAUUCCCUUUCAGAAAAGGUGCUACACGUAGAAAUCCGAGUAAGUCUUGUGGUAGAAAAGUUGCACACAAAUAAAAAAAAAAACCAAAUAAACACCAAAUUUUAAUUUGGAUAAAAAUUUGAAUAAAAACCAAAUUUUAGAGAAUACUAUUCAAUCGGGAGUGGAUUUAAAUAGCUAUAAACCUUCCCCAGACAAUGUGAAACAACUUCCCAAAGUUUUAUGGCAAUCACACGAAUGGUGUAGUAAUGCAUAAAGGACAAUCAGACAUAUAGAAGAAGAUUGCUAUCUCAAAAAUACGAGACAAUUUGAAGAAACUAAUUAUUAGUAUUAUUUUAAUUCAGCAUUCUCAAAUUAAUCAAUAUUUAUUCAAAAAACCUUGGCAACAAAAAUGUAUUUUAUUUUUUUAUUAAUCAGAGUAACGUUUUAAUAUAAAAUUAAACAAAAAUUAUCCGGUUUUAUUACAAACAUUUUAGAUUCCGAGAAAAAUAGAGGGUCUAUUGGUUUUAUGAUGGUUUAUGAUGUGUGCUUUUUUUUUACUGUCUAUAACCAACUAUUAUACCAGAAAUCUUGCUCCGAUAUAUCAUAUUACCUUAGCUAUAAAGGAAAUUUUGUCUAGCUGGUGUAUAAAGAAGUUAUUUUUUAAUUUUCCAAAGGGUUUUCGAAAUAAUUAGGAAAAACCUGAAAGAAAAUUAUAGAUAAAACACAAAUAUUUACGGCACGAUGCGACAUUACCGAUUUCAUUGUUUUUAAUAUUUGAAACUUUACAACUUGUUUUCUACCAGAAAUAUUGCUCCAAUCGAAAAUGAUUAAAUAUCUAUAUUAUUCUUUUUAACAUACAGCCACUGAAAACUGUCAGUUUUUGAUAUUUAAAGUACUUUUUAUCAAGAUGGAAAAACAGUGUCAAAGACGACGUGGAGAAAGUGAAAUGAGGGGUGGAAUGGAAAAAGUAAUCAUUGGAUAACUUUUAGAGACAAAUUUGUUGGACGGCAUUAUCUUAAAGGCCGGAGUCGCAAAAGAAGAAAGUAUUUUUAAUAACCAAUGGGAAAAACCAAAAAAGAAUAAGACGAUUUUUUUCAAACUACGAGGCAACGAUUUUAAUAUUUAAAAUGUUUAGGGCUAAUGUUUUCUAUCAUAAAUAUUGCUCCAUAAAAAAACGAUCAAAAUCUUUUUUAUUGCAUUUUUAAUCUAGUUAGUGAGUAUGAAAAUCGUUUUUUUGAUUUUUCUUUGUUGUUUGAAAACUAUACAUUUGAUAAAAUAAAUUGUUUUUACAAAAUUGUUUAAAAUAGAUACUGAUGGAUGCAAAAUAUAACUUAGAUACGUUGUGCGCAAAUUAUUAUUAUAGGUACCUAUUAUUAGAGCGUCGAAAAUACUUUGAUACAGUUCACUAAAAUACUGAUAACCGUGGACGAAAUUUACUAUCGCUGGAUUUAAGGAUAAUACAGGUUGUAUAAGUUUAGCGAAUUUAUAAGUUGCCCAUGUUCAUUCUUAAAUUUUAUACCGACUCGUACCAUGGGUACCUAUGAGAGGGGGCAAGUCUAACAACUUGCCCCUGUCUGGAAAAAUAAUAUAAACUAAUAAUUUGGAUAAAUUGAAGUUCAAGCAGUCAUCUAGCAUACAUUUUGAGAAUCCUUUUUAUUUUGACCUACAACUGAAAUUUCAACCUAUGGGCGCCUGCGACUAUCGUACAUAGAAAAUGGAAAAAAACGUAUGAAUUUAUUUUUAAUUUUUUUUUUUUUUCUUUGCACUGCGUUACACGGUGAUAAUGUAUUGAUAUUCAAUCAACCACUAUCUAAUCUAUUCGAAUAAUAAUAUGGCUGUUAUACGCGUAUUAUAUAAAUGAUUAUCUUUAUUAAUUAUGUUUAAGUUUGGUUUGCUCAUUUUUUUGCCCCCGAGUUGGACAACUGAUUUAUUAUUAAUGCCUGAGCAACGCCGGAUAAUGGCAGCUAAAGUUGUAUGUGUACAAAGAACAUAAAUAUAUAAAAUAAUAUAGGUACCUACCACCACGGUAAUUCUAUUUUCGAAGUGAUCUCGUCUUGCAGCGAACAACCAGAAAAUAAGAAUAAAUAAACUCUAACAACAGUCAAUACACGACUUAUCAAUACAGGACUUAUCAAUUUUCGUGUAAGCACCAGAAAAAUAAUUUUUUAUUAGUAAUAACAAUAUUUAUGCUGUACCAUGACCAAAAGUGACAUAAAAAUACAAAAAACAUUUACACAUUUUAGAUUCCGAGUGAAGCGAAGAACUUAUGAUAUCAGAAAGAUGUUUUUUUUUUUUUUUUUGCGCAACUUUUCUACCAGAAAUCUUGUUCCGAUUUACAACGAUGGCACUUUUUCUGAAAGAAAAUCGGACUAGGGGGUACUUUAAGGUGGUAAUUUUUCAAAUUUCUCAGGAUUUUUCUCAAUAUAUUGGAAAAACCCGAAAAAAAGAGAACGGAAAGAUAGGUACAAUAUUGAACGAAUAUUAUUAAGGAAAAUGUUUAAUGCAUAUAUAAUCAUUUACCAUAAUAUGACAUAUGAAGGCUAAUCAAAACUUCCAUACUGGAAGUAUCACUUGAAAACGGAGCAUCGAAGAGCAGUAGGAUUGGUAUCAAUUGCUUCUAUGACUUUUUCUGAGUACAUUUGUUUUUAUUGAAUCCCUAUAAACUUCUUCGGUUUGAUUUCACCGAUAUUUGUGUAAAAUAUAUUUUUCCAGUUUGGCGAUUUUGUAAUGAAUCCAAAAAAGAACGUCAUUUGACAGUUUCGGAGAUUUUAGAAAAUUCGUCUGCAUAUUUUUUUCAGUUUUAGAGAAAUGCAACAUUUGAACGUUUAUACCAAUAAAUAUGGCAGAUGCGCCGUCGAGUGGCAGCAAGUUUCGCUUCUUUUGGAUUCAUUACAAAAUCGCCAAACGUGAAAAAUGAAUUUUAGAAAAAUUUCGUCGAAUCAAAACGAAAAAGUUUAUAGAGAUUCUUUAAGAAUAGAUGUACUCAGUAGAAGUCGUAGAAGCCAAAGUUCCAAUCGGUUUGCUCUUCAACGCUCGGUUUCCGAGUAAUAUUAUCAGUCUCGAUACUUUUUGAUUAACCCUCGUAUGUAUCGUGGAAAAAGCAACACUAUCAACUGAACUCCACUCAGAAUCUUUUUUUCGUUAAUAAUGGUUUAUCAAUGGCUGCUCACAGGUAUACUUUAAAUUCCCGUCUGUAUCCCAACUUUCCACCUAAAACAGUGGCUGCAUCCACGUGCAAAGUAUGUUCGUCUUUUUAACAUCUUUUGUUCGAUAAGUAUUAUACCGUGGUCAAAUUUUAGAUUUUCCUAUUUUUCGACCGCGAUUCUCGCGCCUUUUAGAAACGAUUUUUUUAUCUUUUAAAAUAAAAUUUAAACGUAAAGAAAAUAUGUUCAGCUACAGUCUAUUUUUUUAAGAGUUUAUAUUCAAAUGUGAAAUACACCUAUUAAAUAAAAGAACGAGUUCCAGCGAAAUGAGACAAUUUUUUUUUUUUGAUAAAUCACUCCUUUUCACGUCGGUGGGGAAAUUCGCUAAGUUCAAUUUAUCAAAUAUUUAAAUGACGUCACUGUAUUUAAACAGCGUUCUUGUCACAACGACGACGUUCGAAUAAUAAAUCAUAUCUGCAAAAAACAUUACGUUUGCCGAUAAAAAAAAAACUCCAAUAAUAUACAUAAUCACUUACAAAAAUAAUAAUUCACCAAAUAGUAUCUCACCUGCUUAGAGACGAAAUUUUUAUUUUAUUUUUUCCAAAGAAGUGUAUACCUCUCAUGUAUAUAUCUAUAUAUCAUAUAGGUAGGUGCAGUAAUUGGUUUAACGAAUUUUGACAACCGUCGUAUUUUUCAAUAUAAGAUAAGAAUAACCCAAUAUUAUAAUACAUUACUUUUAUUAAAAUUCCGGUUAUAUUGUUGAAUAUUUUAAAAGUGUACAGAAAAAGAUGGAUAUGAAAAUUCGAUGAGGAACUUAGGACCGAAUCCCCCGUAUCCGACCCCCCGGCUAUCCGGAACUGCAUCGAUAUUAUAUACACGCACCAUGCUGUAAUCAUUUAUCAUAUUAAAUUAUUUUAUAUUUUAUAGGUCUGUGUGGAUUUGGGUAAAGGAGACGAAGACCUGAACAUAACUUUUCCGAUAACAAUAGGCACUGUACCGUUCAGAAUACCGAAUUGCAACAAAACUCCAAACAUUUUUUACAGUGAGUACUAAUCUAUUACAUAAAUGUAUACAUUAGCGGUGCAGUAGCGUAUGGAAGAGAAAAAGAAAAUUAGUUGGGUAAGUAAUUUAAUUCAUACACUGUACGCAGCAAUAAAUCAUUGCAAGCGAAAAACGACUUCGAGCAAAUUUAAAAAAAAAAAAAACAGAUUUCCAAAAUCUAAAAAAAUAUUAUCGAUUUUUGCAAACGAAACCAAAAUCGAAAGAAAACAAAACCAAUAUUCAAAAUCGACAUUUUUUUUUUUUUUUUGGUUUCGAUCCCUGUUAAAAAAUAUAACCUAACGUGCGAAUGCUUAAUUAUAGGGAUCAAUCUAUCGUAAAACACUAAUCAUCUCGGAAAAUAUUCACUUCCGGAAUUUGUUUUCUAGAAUAUUUAAGAAACAGUAGCUGUUCUACAAUUUCAUGUUUAUGUUUUUUUGGGAGUAAAACCACUACCCACUUUUGAUUUUCAAAUGGCAACCUAUAUUAAAAAUUCCAUAAAUAAAAAUGAAGUAGGUAUUAGCUAAAAUAAAUUUUGAAGUUGAAAUUAAUUCGCGAUACCCACACAUGAGUGAUACGCAAAAAACAGUUUGAUAACCUCUGCUCCAGAGUGAUCUGCUGAAAUGCAAUUUAUCAAAACUUACCAAAUUAUUUCAUAAAUUAAAUUAAAUCAAAUCACACAACUAAACAUUAUAUUAGUACAUAAAUUCUAGUAAUAAUAAUGUAUUUAUUUUAUUAUUAAUUUGAAUAUUUAACUGUGUAAUACACUGAUACCUUUUAUUAAUAUUUAUCGUUUAUCAUAGCAAGAAAUAUAUUAGUUUUAUUUAUUUAUUCAUUGAAAUAUUCAAUGAGUUAGGUUAGAUUGGUCCCAUGUGUAAAAUUAGUAUACUAUUAACUACCUACUUUACUAUGAUGUGUAUCUGAAUUUUUUUUUUUUCUAUUCCUAUAAUUUAUUGACCAGAAAUCUCGCUCCAAUCAAAAAUAACGCAUUUUUCACGUAGUCGAUGUAUUGCAGGGAGGGCAUUUUUUAAUAUUCAGUAUAUUUUCCGUAAUAAUUGAGAAUACCCGGAAAAACGAAGGAAAAAUCGGAUAGUUUACGACAUUCACGAUUUCAUUAUUUCGAUUUUGUUUUUUUUUUUUUUUUGUAAUUUGGUUUAGAUGAUAGAGACCUGAGAUUUUCAUAGAAUACUUGUAUUAGACUUUAAAAUCAAAAUUAGAUAGAUACAAUUGUCAUACUCAUAUCAAAAUAUUCUGGCGAUUUAUGAUUUAUUUAUAAGAAUUAAACAUUUUAGACCUUUUUUUUUAGUAUUUGAUUUUACGUGGACAAAAUUGUUUAGCUUAACAGAAAUGUUUGGAUACUUAACACGAGGUUCAUUAAAAGUUAAACUUGAUGAUCAAAAAAAAAAAAGUUGAGUAAAUUUAGUAGUUUUUUAUUCAUAACGAAACCACUAUUUGCGUACAUUUUCCCGUUUUUCUUACGUUUUUUUCCAGUUAUUAAGAAAACUGCCUACAAAAUAUCAAAACAAUUUUUAAUUGGAGGAAGUUUUCUUUUUUUUUGUUCAAUUGAAUUUUUGGUCUAAAAGGCCAUAUACUUACAUAACAAUAACAAUAACAUUUCCACCCCUUGAAUUACUCGAAGAAAAUGUGUUAUCUGUUCACUUUUAAAAAUAGCCACUGCCGCCACUUAUUUUAUAAUAAAUAUUAUUCUAAAAAUUGAAGUCUGACAUACGUAGUACAUUAUGUACAUAUACAUGUCCGAUAAAUAUUUUGUAGCCUUAAAUUAUCACGACUACUUUUUAAAAGAGAUAAUCAAUUUAUUUUAUUUUCUGAAUUUUUAAUCAAAAUGCUUUAUUAAACUCAAAAAUUACUUAUUAUACAAAAUAAUAAAGAACUUAUAAAUUUUUAAAUGAAUAAAUAAACAAAUUGAACACUAUAUUUUUGAUUAUUUUAAUAAUUUAUGAAGACAAAUCUGAACGAUAAUUAGAAACUAUGAUCCAUAAUAAAAAGUAAAAUUUCAUAUUUCAUUACAUGAAACCAAUGAUAAUUUAUACGUACUAUAAUUUAACCAGCUUCAAUGUACUCAAAUCGUUGCUGCGCUUUGAUAACUGUCCAUUUCGCCAACCUCUACAUGUACGGCACUGUUCACUUUAUAGUUCUAGCUUCUAGUCGACAAAAAAAAUUUGUGCAUCGCCGAACAUAAAGCGAUUCGGUUGUGCUCAUUCCAGGGCCAAAUUUAGGGGGUCCAAAGAACGUUCAGAAGAACUUGGAAUGGAAAGAUUAGAGAUACUUACACUAUUUAGUAGUAAAUUUCUUUUGCGAAUUUUAAUAAGAAUUUGUUUUUGUACAUUUUACCUCUACUCUGUUUACCAACGAAGGCCUCUGGUAUCUGGUGGUCCUUCCCGUUACACAUUAUAUCAUUAUAUAUUAUUUGCGCAUAUCCAUAACUAUAAUUUUGCGUUGCGCCUGUGCUACGCUGUACAUUAACUAUUGUUGUUAUGCGUGCGCAAAGGUGUGGCGUGCGAUCACGUGGAGGGCGGUAAGUACAUCGGACCGGAGUUUCUGCUCGGCGGUCACGUUUACGACGGGACGCAGACCGAACAGAUCGUCCUGUACCGGCCGGUAUACGUGAGCGUCCGCGAACCGAGUAGCCCGACGGCCGAGACCGCGACACCCGCGUAAACACACACGCCGUCAACCAGGCGCCGCAUUCUCGUCAACAUCAGCAGAGUUCGCGGCUGCCCCGUCAACGUCUCGCCGGCAUCUUCAGCAGGCCGCUGAAAAAAAAAAAAAAAAAAACAAACACAUAAUUACAAUAAUGUUAUCGUCUGUUAUCGUUAAUUUCUUUAAUUGCAUUUAAAAUUAUACCUACUACUUAUCUAUAUUCAAUCAAUUACGAAAAAUGAACCACAUCAUAUACCCCGCAAAGUAUGCAUUUCGAAAAUACGGCCAAUUGGAAAAGGGGAGGGGGGGGGCGCAUGACCCAGUGAUCACCCUGGCUACGCCGCUACAGAGUUAGAUUAUAGGCAAACAUUGAAACACUCGUCUACCGAAAAACGUUUUCAAUGUAGCGAUUAUUUUAUUAUAUUGUGAUCCGGCGAUUAUCUAACGGUGGUUUUGUGCAAAAUUGAUUUUGGUUAGAUAUUUCCAGUCAUUACGUGGAGUAUCGUACGACGAUCUUAAUGUUCACAACAUAUUAUAUUAUACUCAAUUUCACUCUUAUUAUUCCGUAUCUACGAGUACGCCAUAAACACUUAGGUAGGUUAGGUAGGUUAGGUUAUUAUACUCAAUAUAAGUCCGUCGAUUCUGUACAAUACGCUCUGACGAGCAACGCCAUUGAAAAAAUUCAAAUUCGCAGUGAAAAUCCAUUAGAAAUUGGUGGUGUAGAAAUUAGAAACAAUCGACACGAACGU